AUGGACGGCACUGCCAUGUGCUGGAGCAAGGCCAGUGUCAUCAGCUUUAUCAAGGGCCUGGGUAGGUGCUGGGCUGGGUUGGGCUGGGUAGGUGUUAUGUUAGUUCUGGGCUUGGCUGGGUAGUUGUUGGGCUGUACUGGGCUGGUUAGGUACUGAGUUAGGCUGAGCUGGGUAGGUGCUGGGCUGGGGAGGGGCUGGGCUGGGUAGGGGUUGGGCUCUGCUUAGUAGGUGCUGGACUGAAUAGGUGCUGGGCUUGGUAAGUGCUGGGCUGGGUAGGUGCUGGGCUGGGUAGGUGCUGGGCUGGAUAAGUUCUGGGCUGUAGGGGCCUGGGAAGGGGCUGAGCUCAGUUGGACUGGAUAGGCACAUGGGAAGGUGCUGGGGUGGGUUGGGUAGGAGCCUGAUAAGGUGCUUGGCUGUUCUAGGUUGGUGUUGGUAGGGGUAUGGGAAGGUGAUGGGUUGGGCACGGUCCAGGGUAGGUGCUUGGUUGGGUUGGUUAGGAGCCUGAGAAGGUGCUCGGCUGUUCUAGGUUGGUGUUGGUAAAGGUAUGAGAAGGUGAUGGGUUGGGCACGGUCCAGGGUAGGUGCUGGGGUGUGUUGGGUAGGAGCCUGAGAAGGUGCUCGGCUGUUCUAGGUUGGUGUUGGUAGGGGUAUGGGAAGAUGAUGUGUUGGGCACGGUCCAGGGUAGGUGGCUAGAGCCUAGCUUUGGUGGGCAUGAGGAUGAGUGUGCUGUAAGCUGUGCCAUGAGGAUGAGUGUGCUGUAAGCCGUGCCAUGAGGAUGAGUGUGCUGUAAGCCGUGCCAUGAGGAUGAAUGUGCUGUAAGCCGUGCCAGACAGGCACACAUGCUUGGCAUUCCUGGCAGAUAAAAGAACAUAUCAGAAUGCUCCAUGUGGUUGAGUGAAGCAGAGGCAUGGACGACAUGUCUACAGUUGCCAGCCCCACUCUCUGGCCCCUUCUGACACUCCGCUUGCUGCAAUACUGUAACAGAAUUCUCCACUAUCUAACUGUGAACUGAGAGAUAUUUAGGAAUAUUUAGGUUGUCAAAACUAAUUUGGUGCUAUGUCGCUGUUUUCGCUAUUUUCAAACCUUCUUCUUCUUCAAGAAUUGAAUCUUAGUUCAGUGUCCACUGGAUUCCUACAGGGAUCACAUUUCUAAAAUGUAUGCACUCACUGUACUGUAAGUUUCUUUGGAUAAGGCAUUGACGUAAACAUGUUGUUGUUUGAAGAGAAGCUUCUCUAUCUGUUCUACUUAAUCAUACUACUGUUGUCAACCCUCUGACCUGUGAACGAACUGAUCUUUCUUCUGACAAUCACUCACAUGGCAGCAUGCAGGGGGUCGUUAACUUAAGUUAGCACACAUCUCAUUCCGGUGUUCGAUACUGUCAGGUGAGGCCAAGGCCUAGAGAAAAUGGUGAACUCAAGUGUAACGAGACUUCCAGUAGCCAUGAUAUGAAUAAGCUUUUAUAUUCAUAUUUACCACUGUAGCAGUUCAAAGUUACAUUUUAAACAAAUAAGAUAAUAGUUAAAUGAGUAUUAUUUAGAGCACCCACAAGGUUGGACUUUUGUUGCAUUUAAGGGGGCUCAUCUCUCAUUCAGGGGGUUUGAGCCCCCUUUGUCCUCUCUGUAAUUCGUACUCUGCACAUAUUUAUCUUCUGGUAAGACUUUAUAAUAACUUUCUUGAAUAAGUGUUACUAAAAUAUUUAUAUAUUAUAUACAUACUAUACAUAUUUUAUCAUGUAAACAAUUCAUAAACACUUUGUUAUUUAUAAAGCAUUUAUAGCAUGUAUAAUGGCUUGUUCAUUAUAGUGUAACCUCUUGUCCUUUCAUACACACAGAUGCAACCUCUGGUUUACUCUAGAUGAUUAACCAGAGCAAAUCCAUACUACAAACAAGUCUCAUCAAGUUCUAUAAGGUUACUUGAUACUCAGUUCCAAGAUUUGCACGUAGCCUACAGGAGCGUUAUGUUUUUAUCAAUGUGUAUAGGUUAUUAUUGUCCUGCUGUGCCUUCAAAAUUAUUUUGUGCCAAUCGGAGAUGGAAAGGAGUUUGAUUAAGUUAGGUCCUAGGUCAUGUGUACUUGUAAAACCAUCUGCCACCCAAUUCUCUACCCUUCUAAGUGUGCAACUGUUCACUUCCCUUCUUUGAUUUUAUAAAGUAAAUGACUGGUAUAAGAUGUAGUAUACAUGCUGUCUAGUCCAUGCUUAGACCAAUCCAAUGCUUUUAAAUCAAUGGGAGGAGUGCACACUUUAGGAAAAAGAUCAGAAUUGGCACGCAGAGAAUGUCUUUCUCCCUUGGCAGACAGAUUGCACGUAGCACGUCUGCAGAAAGUGUAGCUGUUAUGUUGUUUCCACAGACGCCAGCUGUAGGAAUAUGGCUGCCCAGUCUGUAGUGAGAAAAACAGGCUGAAGUCAGUGUCAUGCAUAUCAAAUAGUAUUUGAACCCAGGUCUGAUAUGCAUAACACUAUGACUUCAUCAUUUUCAUUAGCCUGCCUAGAAUGCUAGGUGGGCAGGUUUUGCCAUUUUGACACUUUUCUAUUGGUUCCAUUGGAACAGGCAAGCUCAACCAAGCACACAUGGUAUUUGAAAUUAUUUCACAUAGCAUUUGAACCCAGGUCUGGUGCACAUAGAGGAGUCCAUUAUGCAAUAGCCAGCUAGUACCAUUCAACAGAUACAACUGGGAGUGCUGAGACAUUUCUGUUUGUGAUACUCUUGUGUGGAGGUAUGUCAUGCACCAAGCGAACUGAAGGUAUUUUUUCAAACAUAGCUCACCUUGGAAUUUUACCUUUCCUGAACUCACAACACCCCUAACAUGAUUUAAUGCAUGUUCGUCCCAUUUUUAUCUUUCUGUAGCUUAGUAACCAAAACGUCCAAGAAAGACGGGAUGGUUUGUUCUGCAUAGUGUUCUAUGAAUCAAGGAAAUUUAAGAGGUCUUGUACACUGUAAAAAUGUAAAGUCUCAAAACGCCAUGAUUGUGUAAUGAAACCAUGAAAAGUAGUGCACCUAAGCUGAGAUCUGGUGUUUGGUGGGUGUUUGAAUGUAAACCCAAUGUAAGUGUUUUAAUACACAGAAUGUGUAUCUAUCAUGAGGAUAACCAAAGAGUCUUCAGUUUUAAUCUCCUUGCAUUUCCUAUCACGCCAUGUGUUUUUAGAGAAUUGUGGGUAAUUCCAUUUUUUUUAUUGACUUUAUGAUUCUUUCACACAAUGUUGUAUGCAUAAUAUAUUUCUAUAUUAGUAUUAAGCUUGUUGUGCCAUGAGGUGUAAUGGAUCAUGAUGAACGGAUAUCAAAACCGUCAGGCAAAUUGACGUUCAAUGAGGACAGCACCCAUUCCUACAUUCAUGAUUGUCAAUUAGCGACACAACAUUAAGGGGGAAAAGCAACAGAAGUUGGUGGAUAAUGGAGGGAAGAUUGACGUCGGUGGUAAAAUAGUGGACAGGGAAAAAUUUGGAAAGUGGAACAUACUGUAUUAUGAGAAAAUAUGGAGUGGGGGAAUGCACAAGCCUUCUGGAAGAUCUGAUGGAAAAGAUGGAGUGGGGGAAUGCACAAGCCUUCUGGAAGAUCUGAUGGAAAAUAUGGAGUGGGGGAAUGCACAAGCCUUCUGGAAGAUCUGAUGGAAAAGAUGGAGUGGGGGAAUGCACAAGGCUUCUGGAAGAUCUGAUGGAAAAGAUGGAGUGGGGGAAUGCACAAGCAUUCUGGAGGAUCUGAUGGAAAAGAUGGCGGACAAGAAAAAAAUGAGAAAAGUGGAACAUGUUUUGGGUGAAUAUGAAAUGGUGGAUCACACAACUUUUGGAAGAGCUACAGAAGGAAAUUGAACGUGACAAGAGUGAGGAUGAAUUAACUGCAGUGGCAGGUGCAGUGAUGACCGCCGAGAAGGAGCUGAGUGUAGAGGGAAGCGGUGUGAUGAGGACGGUUGGCGUCAAGUGCAAAAAGAGGGAUACCUGCUCCAGUAGCUCAGAGAUGGAACCUGAAGAGAGUGAGGAGGAAGUACCUGCGGGGGCAGGUGCGGUGAGGACUGCAGAGUUUGAGCCUCUUCCAGAUGAUGACAAGAAUGAUUUUGGCCCAGUGGGAGUGAGAUUUGUGGAGAGAAUGGAUCUUUGUAUUCUGGCUGAUCCAUAUGUGGUGUCAGGUUGGGUAGAGAAGAGGUUGGGGACGUUGAGUUGGUGAAAGUAACUCGAAGUCGACUUGUGGUGAUGUAUUAUGUUUCUUCCGUCCAGAGGGAGUGGGCGCUCCGGACCAUGCGACUAGGGACAAGAACUGUGACUUGCUUUGCUCUUCGGAGCAGGGCGCAGUUGAAAUGAGUGAUAAUGGGGGUGGCAUUAAGUGUUUAGAAGGAUCAGCUGAAAUGGAAGAUUCCUGGUAUCUGUGACCCCCACCGUUUGGUGCGACGCAGAUCCGGUGGAGAGCGUGGUGAACCGGAGAAGACAUUGUCUGUCCUGCUGAUUUUUGAUGCAGUCCUUGCCCGACAAGGUCAAGUUAGGAUGUCAGUUAUCCCGUGAGAGCUUUUGGUCCGAAAUACUACGGUGUUUUAGGUGCCAAGCUUAUGGUCAUGUUGCACAGUGUUGCAGCAGUGUGUAGGAGGGCAUGAGAUGAAGGAAUGUGUAGUAUCGGUGGAGAAAGUUGUGGGGGUGCCCAUGGGGCUGGAGAUCGGAAGUGUCCGGUGAGAGAAAGGCAGGUUGAGAUUGCCAGGUUCAGAGUAGUACAGAAAGUGUUGUUUGCUGAAGCAGUGAAGAGCGUGGUAGAGGAAGAUGGGUACAGGGUGAGUAAUCCUGAGAGGAUUCCUGUGAGUAGGCAGAGACCAAUAGAGUGAUGGGAAUAAUAUGUGCUUCAGUAAGGUGGGUUUCUUAGCAUUCAUAGCCGUGGUUGUCAACUGUACUGCAGAAAUGGAACGUAAAUUACAGGAAAUAGAGGUUGUGGUGGCAGCUGCAGAGAAGUACUUGGGAUUGCGAGGUUUUACUGCUGAAGAGUUGCAGGGGGUGUUGAGUGGUAAUGUUCUGUCCUUCCAGACCGUUGGCCUGGAGUAAGAUUAGAUAGGGUUAAAUAGUGGAAUGGGGGGGUGUUUUUUUAAUGAGGGCUAAUAGUUGACAGGGUCAUUUUUAUUUACCUAUUACCCAGUUUAGUAUUUUUAUUUAAUUUUAAUAUAGAUCUUCUUUUUUUAGGGGGUUUUGUAUUACUGUAUCUUGUUGUAUAAUGGAUUGUACAGUAGGUGGCAGCAAUACACCAAUAGGUGUAGUCUGCCAUUAAACCUUAAAAAAGAAGAAGAAGAAGAAGAAGAAGAAGAAGAAGAAGAAGAAGAAGAUUGUCAAUGGAAGAGGAAAGUUCAGAAUCCUCAGUUCUUGAAGUUCAACCUCCAGCUACUGCUAGUGGUUUGAAUACUGUGCUUGACAAUGCCUGCGAAAACUGUAUAUAAUGGCAAAUGAUGAAUCCAUAAAACAAUGUUAAACAUCAAGACACUUCAGAAAAAGUUAUCUAAUUCUGCACUAAACAGGACUAGAAACACCAAAAUAGCUUCUUUAUCCUUUUCUGUUAGUGAUCCCAGUCCCUGGCAAGGUUUUGCAGAACACUUGAUUAAGCGGUGUUACAACACACCAUGUAAUGUUUCAAAACAUCUCAGAAUGACGUGUUUCAAUACUUAAGGUUAAGGUUUCGUCUCCAAGUUGGUGGCAGCUCAGUUGCCACUAGUUUUGGUGUUACAAAGCACUUCAUUUUAACAGUGUAAUGCAUAUUUCUGGGGGAGUAUUCUGGGGUUGAAAUCUUACUUUAUCUCAGAGUGAGAUUGUUACAAAGUAGCAAUGGCACAUUGAGGUCAAUGUUGGGGUCAAGGUUGAGAUAAUGUUGGUGGUGGUUUUGUGUUUGCUGGGAGUCUUCAUCGGCCUGAGGCCAUGGAGAAGGCUUUUGUUGCCAACGAGAGAGCCUGGGAUUUGAUAUGUGACUUUAAUGGCCCCUGACACUCACAGUAAAGACCGUGCAGUAAGGCUGCCACUGAUGGCCUGCUAGCUGUCCACUCUUAUCUAUCACACACAGGCAAGCAUAUAGACACACACACACAGUGCUGCAGCUGAGAGAAGAUGAGACAGCCAAAUUUGUCCAGUUUUGCUGUUAGUCUCCCUGUCCCUGAAUAUUUUACCCAGCAGAUUUACCCCAGUUCACUGAGCUAGUACAAUUCUGGGUUGAGGCAAUCCACGCUAAGUGAACAUUUCACACCCCUAAUUAGGAGAUAGCACACGGCAUUUGGCUAUUUUUAGCAACAUUCUCUGUUUAUGGGGAGUUGAAGUGAAACGGUGAGUUAAAGUCCAACUAACGUGCCAGUUGUUUAGGUGUUUUAUGCGCCAUGCCAUCAGUGAUUAAACUCAGGUCUGCAUCACAGCGUUGGCAGAAUGAUGGUCACAUGCAAGGGAUUUCUUUCCUCAAAGGGCGUCUUGAACAGCAGAUGAACACACCAGCUGCUAGCAGCUAGCCAGGGUGUUUUCAUUUCCCUAGCCAGCCACAGAUAAGGUCAGAUCAGCUGGAGCAUUAGGAGGAAUUUCCCACAUGUUGGGAACUUUAAAUAAAAGCACUUUUCAAAACCAGAAAGUGGAGGCACAGAAUCCAAGACUAAAUGCUGCAGCAAAUGCAUGAUUUGUUUUCCCAUUGUACCCAGAGGGCAAAAUUUGGCAUAUGACAUCAUAACCAGAUUACAACCAACUGGUCUCUUUUAGAUAUAUUUUUCAUGACGGCAUCAAAAUGUAAUGGGAACUACGUCAUAUUUUGGUUAUUAUCUGGUCAUAUACAACCAGAUAAAAACGAAUGUAUCUUGUUGCUGAAAAGACAUUAACAAAACAUAAAGACGGAGUACACUACUAGCAACAGUACGUUGCUGCUCUUACACAAUGACAGGCAGAAUAUGUCAAAUGUACGUUGUUUCCUAACCCUGCCUGUGUGUUGUGUGUCCCCAGCGUCUCCAGUGGGGAACGGAUAUAUUAAGCCGCCCAUCCCUCCAGUGCUGAGUCCCCAAGGGGACAAGGGUCUUCCAGCCAUGAUGCCCAUUAGCAUCGACCCGGAGAGCCGGCCGGGGGAGUAUGUCCUCAAGAGCCUGUUUGCAAACUUCACCACGCUGUCCGAGCGCAAGAUAUGCAUCAUCAUGGCCGAUCCGCUGGUGAGUCAGCAAGUUUUCCCUGUCUGUUCGUCCGUACAUCAAUCUGUCCGCCCGUGUCUGUCUGUGUCCGUCUGUCUGUCCGUGUUGCCGGACUGUUUUUUUUUUUAAGGGAACUUCUAAGCUUUUCCUGACCUUGCUGUGACAUGAGGAGAAACCAUAUUACAAGGGCCCUAGUUAUAAGCUGUUUACUUGACGACACAAUAGGAGAGAGAGUAUUCCAUUAUUGAUUGAUGGUUUGUAUAUCUCAUAUUCUGCUCCUGAGGUGGAAGAGGCAUUAUCGUGCCCUCUUCACGACUGUGUUGGUGUGUUUGGACCAUGAUACUGUAACUCGUUGGUGAUAAGGACACCAUGGAAGUUGAAGCUCUCGACCCGCUCGACAUGGGUCUUUAGACAUAGGCUCUGACAUGGGUCUUUAGACAUAGGCUCUGACAUGGGUCUUUAGACAUAGGCUCUGACAUGGGUCUUUAGACAUAGGCUCUGACAUGGGUCUUUAGACAUAGGCUCUGACAUGGGUCUUUAGACAUAGGCUCUGACAUGGGUCUUUAGACAUAGGCUCUGACAUGGGUCUUUAGACAUAGGCUCUGACAUGGGUCUUUAGACAUAGGCUCUGACAUGGAUAAGGAAGUAAAGCGGUAAAGACAUUAGUACAACUACAGAGGAACAGCCCUGGGAUACAGUGGGGUAAAGCGGUAAAGGUGGUCCCUUUCCCACCACAUUAGUACAACUACAGAGGAACAGCCCUGGGAUACAGUGGGGUAAAGCGGUAAAUGUGGUCCCUUUCCCACCACUUUAGUACAACUACAGAGGAACAGCCCUGGGAUACAGUGGGAAUUGUAGAGCUACCGUAUAUGCUUCACCUGGCCUUCCCUGACAAUACAGCUGUACAUAAUUAUGAUCAGCAUUCCUACUCUGAGACGCUUUAUGAAUAUGGGUCCUGGAUGGUGUACCAGGCAAUUGUACCUGUGGAUGUAUUUCAAGGACUACCUUCAAACUCAGUACUUUGCUUGACAUCAUUGGAAAAUCAAAAGAAAUCAGCCAAGACCUCCACAAGUCUGGUUCAUCCUUGGGAGCAAUUUCCAAACGCCUGAAGGUACCACGUUCAUCUGUACAAACAAUGGUACGCAAGUAUAAACACCAUGGGACCACGCAGCCGUCAUACCGCUCUGGAAGAAGACACGUUCUGUCUCCUAGAGAUGAACGUACUUUGGUGCGAAAAGUGCAAAUCAAUCCCAGAGGACCUUGUGAAGAUGCUGGAGGAAACAGGUACAAAAGUAUCUAUAUCCACAGUAAAACUAGUCCUAUAUCGACAUAACCUGAAAGGCCGCUCAACAAGGAAGAAGCUACUGCUCCAAAACCACCAUAAAAAAGCCAGACUACAGUUUGCAAAUGCCCAUGGGGACAAAUAUUGUGUAGCUCAGUUGGUAGAGCAUGGUGUUUGCAAUGCCAGGGUUGUGGGUUCGAUUCCCACGGGGGGCCAGUAUGAAAAAUGUAUGCACUCACUAACUGUAAGUCGCUCUAGAUAAGAGCGUCUGCUAAAAUGACCCAAAAAAAAAAAAGUCCUCUGGUCUGAUGAAACAAAAAUAGAACUGUUUGGCCAUAAUGACCAUCGUUAUGUUUGGAGGAAAAAGGGGGGACGCUUGCAAGCCAAAGAACACCAUCCCAACUGUGAAGCAUGGGGGUGGCAGCAUCAUGCUGUGGCUGUGCUUUGCUGCAGGAGGGGCUGGUUCACUUCACAAAAUAGAUGGCAUCAUGAGGAAGGAAAAUGAUGUUGAUAUAUUGAAGCAACAUCUCAAGACAUCAGUCAGGAAGUUAAAGCUUGGUCGCAAAUAGGUCUUCCAAAUGGAUAAUGACUCCAAGCAUACUUCCAAAGUUGUGGCAAAAUGGCUCAAGGACAACAAAGUCAAGGUAUUGGAGUGGCCAUCACAAAGCCCUGACCUCAAUCCAAUAGAAGAUUUGUGGGCAGAACUGAAAAAGUGUGCAAGCAAGGAGGCCUACAAACCUGACUCCGUUACACCAGCUCUGUCAGGAGGAAUGGGCCAAAAUUCACCCAACUUAUUGUGGGAAGCUUGUGGAAGGCUACCCGAAACAUUUGACCCAAGUUAAACAAUUUAAAGGCAAUGCUACCAAAUACUAAUUGAGUGUAUGUAAACUUCUGACCCACUGGGAAUGUGAUUAAAGAAAUAAAAGCUGAAAUAAAUAAUUCUCUCUACUAUAAUUCUGACAUUUCACAUUCACUUAAAAUAAAGUGGUGAUCCUAACUGACCAAAGACAGGACAUUUUUACUAGGAUUAAAUGUCAGGAAUUAUGAAAAACUGAGUUUAAAUGUAUUUGUCUAAGGUGUAUGUAAACUUCCGACUUCAACUGUGUAUACACUGAGAUUUAUACCAUUCCAAAACCCUGACUAAGUGAACUGAUUGAGACCCCAUUUACAUUUGGUAUAAACAUGAGCUUUCUGUUAUCUGGUUCCCUGAUCUGGAUCCAGGUCGCAUUUUUGUGUCAAUUGGGUCUGAGAGUGACACUUGAAUACUUUAUCCACAUAAAGUAUGAUGGAAAAAAGUUUUGGAAUACUUAAACAAUUUAAUUAUGGGCAGGAUUAAUUCAACUCCAUCUUUCAUUGAAUCAGAUUAGUCAUUAAUCACAAAACCUUUUGAUGUUGCCAAUUACUUUAAUGACUAUUUCAUUGUCAAAGUAAGCAAAUUUAGGCAUGCAUAAAAUACUUAAUAAUGAAGGGAAAGCAUUGUAAUUUUUUAUUUUGUAACAUUAGUGUGGGUGAGGUGGAAAAAAUUGUUGUCCAUCAAUAAUGAGAAACCUCCUGGUAUUGGCAACUUAAAUGGAAAGCUACUGAGGAUGGUAGCUGACUAUAUUGCCACUCCUACUGUCAUAUCUUUAAUCUGAGUAUGGAGAAUAUUUUUUGUCCUCAGACCUGGAGGGAAGCCAAAGAAUGGUAAAGCACCCUUUACUGGUUCUAACAGCCGACCAAUCAGCCUGCUGCCGACUCAUAUCAAACUUUUGACCAGAUACAAUGCUAUUUCUCUGUAAACAAAUGAACAAGACUUUCAGCAUGCUUAUAGGGAAGGGUUCUCUGGAUGCACUGCACUGACACAAAUGACUGAUGAUUGGUUGAAAGAAAUUGAUAAUAAGACCAUUGUGGGAGCUGUACUGUUGGAUUUCAGUGCAGCCUUUGAUAUUAAUCAAAUCAAAUCAAAUCAAAUUUUAUUGGUCACAUGCGCCGAAUACAACAGGUGCAGACAUUACAGUGAAAUGCUUACUUACAGCCCUUAACCAACAGUGCAUUUAUUUUAAACAAAAAAGUAAGAAUAAAACAACAACAAAAAAGUGUUGAGAAAAAAAGAGCAGAAGUAAAAAUAAAGUGACAGUAGGGAGGCUAUAUAUACAAUAGAAUAAAGUGACAGUAGGGAGGCUAUAUAUACAGUGGGGUACCGUUGCAUAGUCAAUGUGCGGGGGCACCGGCUAGUUGAGGUAGUUGAGGUAAUAUGUACAUGUGGGUAGAGUUAAAGUGACUAUGCAUAAAUACUUAACAGAGUAGCAGCAGCGUAAAAAGUAUGGGGUGGGGGGGCAGUGCAAAUAGUCCGGGUAGCCAUGAUUAGCUGUUCAGGAGUCUUAUGGCUUGGGGGUAGAAGCUGUUGAGAAGUCUUUUGGACCUAGACUUGGCACUCCGGUACCGCUUGCCGUGCGGUAGCAGAGAGAACAGUCUAUGACUAGGGUGACUGGAGUCUUUGACAAUUUUGAGGGCCUUCCUCUGACACCGCCUGGUAUAGAGGUCCUGGAUGGCAGGGAGCUUUGCCCCUGUGAUGUACUGGGCCGUACGCACUACCCUCUGUAGUGCCUUGCGGUCAGAGGCCAAGCAGUUGCCAUACCAGGCGGUGAUGCAACCAGUCAGGAUGCUCUCGAUGGUGCAGCUGUAGAAUUUUUUGAGGAUCUGAGGACCCAUGCCAAAUCUUUUUAGUCUCCUGAGGGGGAAUAGGCUUUGUCGUGCCCUCUUCACGACUGUCUUGGUGUGUUUGGACCAUGAUAGUUCGUUGGUGAUGUGGACACCAAGGAACUUGAAGCUCUCAACCUGUUCCACUACAGCCCCGUCGAUGAGAAUGGGGGCGUGCUCAGUCCUCUUUUUUUUCCUGUAGUCCACAAUCAUCUCCUUUGUCUUGGUCACGUUGAGGGAGAGGUUGUUGUCCUGGCACCACACGGCCAGAUCUCUGACCUCCUCCCUAUAGGCUGUCUCAUCGUUGUCGGUGAUCAGGCCUACCACUGUUGUGUCGUCGGCAAACUUAAUGAUGGUGUUGGAGUCGUGCCUGGCCAUGCAGUCAUGGGUGAACAGAGAGUACAGGAGGGGACUGAGCACGCACCCCUGAGGGGCCCCCGUGUUGAGGAUCAGUGUGGCAGAUGUGUUGUUACCUACCCUUACCACCUGGGGGCGGCCCGUCAGGAAGUCCAGGAUCCAGUUGCAGAGGGAGGUGUUUAGUCCCAGGAUCCUUAGCUUAGUGAUGAGCUUUGAGGGCACUAUGGUGUUGAAUGCUGAGCUGUAGUCAAUGAAUAGCAUUCUCACGUAGGUGUUCCUCUUGUCCAGGUGGGAAAGGGCAGUGUGGAGUGCGAUAGAGAUUGCAUCAUCUGUGGAUCUGUUGGGGCGGUAUGCAAAUUGGAGUGGGUCUAGGGUUUCUGGGAUUAUGCUGUUGAUGUGAGCCAUGACCAGUCUUUCAAAGCACUUCAUGGCUACAGACGUCAGUGCCACGGGUCGGUAGUCAUUUAGGCAGGUUAUCUUAGAGUUCUUGGGCACGGGGACUAUGGUGGUCUGCUUGAAACAUGUUGGUAUUACAGACUCAGUCAGGGACAUGUUGAAAAUGUCAGUGAAGACACUUGCCAGUUGGUCAGCACAUGCUCGGAGUACACGUCCUGGUAAUCCGUCUGGCCCUGCGGCCUUGUGAAUGUUGACCUGCUUAAAAGUCUUACUCACAUCGGCUACGGAGAGCGUGAUCACAUAGUCGUCCGGAACAGCUGGUGCUCUCAUGCAUGCUUCAGUGUUGCUUGCCUCGAAGCGAGCAUAGAAGUGGUUUAGCUCGUCUGGUAGGCUUGUGUCACUGGGCAGCUCGCGGCUGUGCUUCCCUUUGUAGUCUGUAAUAGUUUUCAAGCCCUGCCACAUCCGACGAGCGUCAGAGCCAGUGUAGUAUGAUUCAAUCUUAGACCUGUAUUGACUCUUUGCCUGUUUGAUGGUUCGUCGGAGGUCAUAGCGGGAUUUCUUAUAAGCGUCCGGGUUAGAGUCCCGUUCCUUGAAAGCGGCAGCUCUACCCUUUAGCUCAGUGCGGAUGUUUCCUGUAAUCCAUGGCUUCUGGUUGGGGUAUGUACGUACGGUCACUGUGGGGACGACAUCAUCGAUGCACUUAUUGAUGAAGCCAGUGACUGAUGUGGUGUACUCCUCAAUGCUGUCUGAAGAAUCCCGGAACAUGUUCCAGUCUGUGCUAGCAAAACAGUCCUGUAGCUUAGCAUCUGCGUCAUCUGACCACUUUUUUAUUAGCCGAAUCACUGGUGCUUCCUGCUUCAGUUUUUGCUUAUAAGCAGGAAUCAGGAGGAUAGAGUUAUGGUCAGAUUUGCCAAAUGGAGGGCGAGGGAGAGCUUUGUAUGCGUCUCUGUGUGUGGAGUAAAGGUGGUCUAGAGUUUUUUCCCCUCUGGUUGCACAUUUAACAUGCUGGUAGAAAUUAGGUAGAACGGAUUUAAGUUUCCCUGCAUUAAAGUCCCCUGCUACUAGGAGCGCUGCAUCUGGAUGAGCGUUUUCCUGUUGAUUAAUGGCCUUGUACAACUCAUUCAGUGCAAUCUUAAUGCCAGCAUUGGUUUGUGGUGGUAAAUAGACAGCUAUGAAAAAUAUAGAUGAAAACUCUCUUGGUAAAUAGUGUGGUCUGCAGCUUAUCAUAAGAUACUCUACCUCAGGCGAGCAAAACCUUGAGACUUCCUUAGUAUUUGAUUUUGUGCACCAGCUGUUGUUUACAAAUAUACAGAGACCGCCACCCCUCGUCUUACCCGAGUCUGCCGUUCUGUCCUGCCGAUGUAGCGUAUAGCCUGCUAGCUGAAUGUUAUCAUUGUCGUCGUUCAGCCACGACUCCGUGAAACAUAAGAUAUUACAGUUUUUAAUGUCCCGUUGGUAGGAUAACCGUAAUCUUAAAUCGUCCAUUUUAUUCUCCAAAGCUUGAACGUUGGCUAAUAGGAUUGAUGGGAGAGGCAGUUUACUCGUUCGCCGUCGGAUCCUUACAAGGCACCCGGAUCUGCGUCCACGAUAUCUCCGUCUCUUCCUCACGCGAAUGACGGGGAUCUGGGCCUUGUCGGGAGUCUGUAGAAUAUCCUUCGCGAACGCCUCGUUGAAGAAAAAGUGUUCGUCCAACGCGAGGUGAGUAAUCGCUGUCCUGAUAUCCAGAAGCUCUCUUUGGUUAUAAGAGACGAUGGCAGAAACAUUAUGUACAAAAUAAAUUACAAAUAACGCGGAAAAACACACAUAAUAGUACAAUUGGUUAGAGGGCUGUAAAACGGCAGCCAUCUUCUUCCGGCGCUGUUCUUCCAUAUUAUUGACCAGAAACGUGUGUGUUAUGGCUUUAUCUAAUAGAACAGAGGGUUUUGUUUAAUGGAAGCUUCUCUAAAGUUAAACAUGUAAAGUGUGGUGUACCGCAGGGCCUGUGUUUCUAUGUAUGCUGAUGAUUCAAUCUUGUACGCGUCGGCAACCACAGCUAGUGAAAACAUCCCUAAGUUCUACACCUCAGCUGAAUCUGGUAAUGAAUGGUGUGGCUGUUGAGCAAGUUGAGGAGACUAAAUUACUUGGUGUUACCUUAGAUUGUAAACUGUCAUGGUCAAAACAUAUUGUAAUGGUUGUAAAGACACCACACACCACAAAGCAAUUCCUGCAGGCUCUAGUUUUAUCUUAUCUUGAUCAUUGUCCAGUCAUAUGGUCAGGUGCUGCAAAGAAUGACCUAGUUAAGCUGCAGCUGUCCCAGAACAUAGAAAAACGUUUUGUUCUUCACUGUAAUCAGAGGGCUAAUAUCAAUACUAGACUGACAGAAUCACUUCUUGUUUUUAUAAGAAACAUUAAUGUGUUGAAAAUUCAAAAUUGUUUGCAUAGUCAACUUACACACAGCACUGACACACACACACUUACCCCACCAGACAUGCCACCAGGGGUCUUUUCAGAACAAAUUCAAGGAAACAUACAGUAUUAUACAGAGCCAUGAUUCUAUCUCAUAUAGCGCAAGUGAACAGCAAACCGGAUUUCAAAACACAAAUAAAGCAACACCUCAUGGCACAACACCUCUCCCCCAUGUGACCUACUUUUUGUGUGCAUGUACUGACAUGUGUGUGUAACUGAUAUAUGCGCACACACACAUGAACACACAUGCGCGCACUCUAACGCAAACUCUACACACACCCACACAUUAUUAUUUAGUUGUAUUGUUGAUUUUAUUAAAUUUGUGUAUUUUUAUUGAAGAUAUAUCUAUCUAUAUGUGUGUGUGUAUAUAUAUGUAUGUAUAUAUAUGUGUGUGUGUGUGUGUGUGUGUGUGUGUGUGUGUGUGUGUGUGUAUGUGUAUAUACAGUGGGGGAAAAAAGUAUUUAGUCAGCCACCAAUUGUGCAAGUUCUCCCACUUAAAAAGAUGAGAGAGGCCUGUAAUUUUCAUCAUAGGUACACGUCAACUAUGACUGACAAAUUGAGAAGAAAAAAAAUCCAGAAAAUCACAUUGUAGGAUUUUUAAUGAAUUAAUUUGCAAAUUAUGGUGGAAAAUAAGUAUUUGGUCACCUACAAACAAGCAAGAUUUCUGGCUCUCACAGACCUGUAACUUCUUCUUUAAGAGGCUCCUCUGUCCUCCACUCAUUACCUGUAUUAAUGGCACCUGUUUGAACUUGUUAUCAGUAUAAAAGACACCUGUCCACAACCUCAAACAGUCACACUCCAAACUCCACUAUGGCCAAGACCAAAGAGCUGUCAAAGGACACCAGAAACAAAAUUGUAGACCUGCACCAGGCUGGGAAGACUGAAUCUGCAAUAGGUAAGCAGCUUGGUUUGAAGAAAUCAACUGUGGGAGCAAUUAUUAGGAAAUGGAAGACAUACAAGACCACUGAUAAUAUCCCUCGAUCUGGGGCUCCACGCAAGAUCUCACCCCGGGGGGUCAAAAUGAUCACAAGAACGGUGAGCAAAAAUCCCAGAACCACACGGGGGGACCUAGUGAAUGACCUGCAGAGAGCUGGGACCAAAGUAACAAAGCCUACCAUCAGUAACACACUACGCCGCCAGGGACUCAAAUCCUGCAGUGCCAGACGUGUCCCCCUGCUUAAGCCAGUACAUGUCCAGGCCCGUCUGAAGUUUGCUAGAGUGCAUUUGGAUGAUCCAGAAGAGGAUUGGGAGAAUGUCAUAUGGUCAGAUGAAACCAAAAUAUAACUUUUUGGUAAAAACUCAACUCGUCGUGUUUGGAGGACAAAGAAUGCUGAGUUGCAUCCAAAGAACACCAUACCUACUGUGAAGCAUGGGGGUGGAAACAUCAUGCUUUGGGGCUGUUUUUCUGCAAAGGGACCAGGACGACUGAUCCGUGUAAAGAAAAGAAUGAAUGGGGCCAUGUAUCGUGAGAUUUUGAGUGAAAACCUCCUUCCAUCAGCAAGGGCAUUGAAGAUGAAACGUGGCUGGGUCUUUCAGCAUGACAAUGAUCCUAAACACACCGCCCGAGCAACGAAGGAGUGGCUUCGUAAGAAGCAUUUCAAGGUCCUGGAGUGGCCUAGUCAGUCUCCAGAUCUCAACCCCAUAGAAAAUCUUUGGAGGGAGUUGAAAGUCCGUGUUGCCCAGCGACAGCCCCAAAACAUCACUGCUCUAGAGGAGAUCUGCAUGGAGGAAUGGGCCAAAAUACCAGCAACAGUGUGUGAAAACCUUGUGAAGACUUACAGAAAACGUUUGACCUGUGUCAUUGCCAACAAAGGGUAUAUAACAAAGUAUUGAGAAACUUUUGUUAUUGACCAAAUACUUAUUUUCCACCAUAAUUUGCACAUAAAUUCAUUUAAAAUCCUACAAUGUGAUUUUCUGGAAAAAAAAUUCUCAUUUUGUCUGUCAUAGUUGACGUGUACCUAUGAUGAAAAUUACAGGCCUCUCUCAUUUUUUUAAGUGGGAGAACUUGCACAAUUGGUGGCUGACUAAAUAAAUUUUUUCCCCACUGUAUAUAUGUAUGUGUGUGUAUAUAUGUGUGUGUAUAUGUAUAUGUGUGCGUGUAUAUAUGUGUGUGUAUAUAUGUAUAUGUGUGUGUAUAUAUAUGUGUAUGUAUAUAUAUAUAUUGUGUGUGUGUAUAUGUGUAUACAUACAUACAUACAUACAUACAUACAUACAUACAUACAUACAUACAUACAUACAUACAUACAUACAUACAUACAUACAUGUGAAAUCCAUAGAUCUAUUGCAAGUGACAGAUUUUCAUUAUAUGAAGUGUAACUCAGUAAAAUUGUUGAAAUUGUUGCAUGUUGCGUUUUUAUAUAUUUUUGUUCAGUAAUAUUUAACCUUGAUUUUGAGUCAAUGCUGACACCAAGGUCUCUUUUACAGAUGAGCCCUGUUUAGCACAACAAUACAAAUCAAAAGACAAUAUACACAUUAAACUACACAUCCAUAUACACAUUAAAAUACACUUUAUUAUACAUAACAAUACAUGAAAAGCAAAACACAAUCAUAAACCAACACAUUCUUCAGUAAAAAGGACCCCUAACAGCCGUUUGAAAUGCCCUAGAGGCAUCAAUUCCUCAAAUGUUUUACGUGCGUUGGAGAUCAUUCCACAUGUAAGGUGCAAAAAAUCAUGUCCAGAGUUAGCGAGACCGGGUCUGGUAUCUUGUACGUCCAUAAGUUAGCAAUUAAGUAAUUUAUGCAGGAGGGUAUAAACUUCACCCUUGUGAUUUCAAUCACUUCAAUGGUUUCUAGAUUCAGACUGUAUGUAGCUACAUGAACAAUCUAAGAGUAUGACUAGAUACAUUGGAAUGUACCACCAUGUCGCGAAGAACACUGGCACAGAGUUAAGAGGAAAGGCUUCCCCCGGGGCCAUGAGAGAGGUAGGUCUGUCCUGGGGCCUCAAAUAGAAUUUGUUUAGUUUUAUACUAAAUUUCUGCGUACGUUCAGUUUUUAAAACGAAGGGAAACACACAUCCUAAAAAGGUAUAUGCAUUAAACACAAGCGUGUGUAAAUCACUUUAUAAGUACGUUUCAUACAUUUCUUACCUACAAAUAAAUUGCCCAUUUUUAGAUUUUCACAUCAAGGUCAAGAGGAAUCAUUUACCACCUUUGUGUGUGGACAACAUCAAUAGCCUAUGACAUCAACGCACAGCACGCACAAUUUAUGGUCAAAUCUGAGCGCAAGACUAUUUUGAUAAAUGAGACCCCAGGGCAGUAACAAGGUGAGGGGCAUUAUGGGCAUUAUCCAGCUGAGUAAAGACUAAUGAGGCACCUCAUUAAUGUCGCAACUGUCCUGUCCGUCUGACAGAAGCUGCCCAGACCUCCAACUGACUGAAUGCUUUUCUCAUUAACUCUGAGCGCUGUGUCCCAAAUGGCACCCUGUUCCCUAUAUAGAGCAAUAUGACCAAAGCCCUAUGGUUCUUGGUCAAAAGUAAUGCACUAUAUAGGGAAUGGGGUUCAUUUGGAGCCUACCUUGGUAUGACACUUUUAGUGUCUGAAUGAAUUGAUCUAUUCUUAUUCUAUUGUUUUUACAGGAGAAACCCUUGACCAAGUCUCUGCAGAGGGGUGAGGAUCAGCAGUUUGACCAGGUAACAUUUUUUACAUUUACAUUUUUAGUCAUUUAGCAGACGCUCUUAUCCAGAGCGACUUACAUUUAGUGAAUACAUAUAUAUAUUUUUUUAUACUGGCCCCCCGUGGGAAGCGAACCCACAACCCUGGCAUUGCAAGCGCCAUGCUCUACCAACUGAGCUACACAGGACUGUUACUCUCUAAUAGACAGAGGAAUCAGUAAGGCAGGGUUGGGUUUGUCAAUACUAUGUUUCCCCGCUGAGCUCAAGCUAAUACAUUUUUGCUAGGGGAGCCAAAGCAGGUUUUCAGGUCUCAGACAACAUUACUCAACAAGUGAUACACAAGCUCGUUGUAUUGAGCAGUCCAUCAACGUUAGUGCUUGUUGGCUGGGUCUGCUCUAGGUGCCUGUAUAGUAGAAGGUCUGGGUGUGUGUGCGUUUGAUGGUAACUCAUUCCAGAGGCCAUUCAACAGUGUACAGAGGCAGGAUUCUUCUCCUGUCCGUGCUGAAUAAAGGCCCGCUGUGUUCCCCUGGUCUCACCAGACUCCCCUCCCUUCCUGUGUGCUAGUAGCCUGGCCCGAGCCGGCCAGACUCCCCUCCCUUCCUGUGUGCUAGUAGCCUGGCCCGAGCCGGCCAGACUCCCCUCCCUUCCUGUGUGCUAAUAGCCUGGUCCGAGCCGGCCAGACCCCUCCCUUCCUGUGUGCUAGUAGCCUGGCCCGAGCCGGCCAGACCUCUCCCUUCCUGUGUGCUAGUAGCCUGGCCUGAGCCGGCCAGACUACCCUCCCUUCCUGUGUGCUAGUAGCCUGGCCUGAGCCGGCCAGACCCCUCCCUUCCUGUGUGCUAGUAGCCUGGCCUAAGCCGGCCAGACCCCUCCCUUCCUGUGUGCUAGUAGCCUGGCCCGAGCCAGCCAGACUCCCCUCCCUUUCUGUGUGCUAGUAGCCUGGCCUGAGCCAGCCAGACUACCCUCCCUUCCUGUGUGCUAGUAGCCUGGCCUGAGCCGGCCAGACUCCCCUCCCUGUCUGUGUGCUAGUAGCCUGGCCCGAGCCGGCCAGACUCCCCUCCCUUCCUGUGUGCUAGUAGCCUGGCCCGAGCCGGCCAGACUCCCCUCCCUUCCUGUGUGCUAGUAGCCUGGCCCGAGCCGGCCAGACUCCCCUCCCUUUCUGUGUGCUAGUAGCCUGGCCUGAGCCGGCCAGACUCCCCUCCCUUCCUGUGUGCUAGUAGCCUGGCCCGAGCCGGCCAGACUCCCCUCCCUUCCUGUGUGCUUUUCCAUUCUCUCUCCUCUCCAGAUUCCUCUCCUCUCUCCUUUUUCCCUUGUCCCUCUCUCUCUUUUAUCUGCUCCCCUCCUCUAAUCCCCUCUCACUGCCUGCAGUUUCUGUCUUGUGGAGGACAUUGAGGGUUAAGACACAGUGAUGUCUGUAGUGCAUCUUCUUUUGAUUCAGCUAUAAAUUAACUGACCAAUAUGUACACACCAUUUGCAUUUAUUUGCUUGUUGUUUCAGGUAAUCACUGCUAUGAGUUCUCUGGCGGAGUACUGCCUCCCGUCCAUCCUGAGGACACUGUUUGACUGGUACAGGAGACAGAAUGGUCUAGAGGACCCAGAGUCACACGAAUACAGACCCAGAGCCAACAUCAAGUCAAGAAAGUAAGACGUAUGCACACACAUACACCUUUUGACUGGUACAGGAGACAGAACAGCCAGGAGGACUCAGAUUUCCAUGAACACCCUGUCACAUUUCAUGACCAGAAAUCAAACACAAAGAAAACACUGCACAGUAAAGUCUAAGACAUUGUGCCUGAAUUGAUUGACAUUAUCAUUGAACUGAAUUAUCAUUGAAUUGAUUGACAUUAUCAUUGAACUUAAUGCAUAACAGAUGGUUAUGGAAGCAUAUAGCUGCCGAAAUUCAAUUAGAAAUGCCAAUUGGUUAUGAUAAAUCAAUAUCAUUUUUGACCUUUCUUUUCCUAUUUACAUGUGCGUAAUCUGUGACAUAAUUGGUAACAGCAAGCUUGGUGCUCUAGUUUGAUAACUGCUCUAACUUGUCCAACCCUGUUGAUGUUUCACAGUGACGAACAGCAGAGAGAUUAUCUACUUGAAAGGAGGGAUCUGGCCAUCGACUUCAUCUUCUCUCUCGUACUUAUAGAAGUUUUAAAACAGGUGACUCAUUUCUAUACUCCACUCUAAAACACUAAACCCAGCUAGCAUAUUAGUUUCCCUCAAUGUUCUGGCAAGAACAAAAACCUUAAUUUCUUAAAGUGCAAGUUUGUGUUGUAUACUAAACACAAGUGCCACUUUGACCAAUGUUAGCAUUCACAUCGUCAUUAGAUAUGGCUCCCCUAAGGGAUACCUGACAGAACAACCGCUUCUUGGAUGCAUCCCAAAUAGCACCCUAUCCCCUAUAUAAUGCACUACUUUUCACCAGAGCCCCAUGGGCUUUUUGGGAAUAUGGUGCAAUUUGGGACGUAACCCUUAAAAGGCUGAUUUAUUCCUUUUGCUCAAUCUCAGACUCAUGACUGGAGUUUUCUGUUUGUAAAAGUGUGUCUUUCACCCUCUCACCCUCUCACUCUCUCACUCUAUGACCAGAUGCCACUCCACCCUGUCCUGGACAGUUUGGUCAGUGAAGUCAUUAACUUGGCCUUUAAGCACUUUAGACACAAAGAAGGGUACGUUUAGCUCUGCUUUCAUGACUUUCUGAGUAUACAGUAGUGUUUCUUUCUUUCCUUGUUUCCUAUUCUUACUCCUGUGUGUUUGUUUGCCAGGUACCAUGGUCCUAACACUGGUAACAUGCACAUUGUAGCAGACCUCUAUGCAGAAGUCAUUGGAGUUUUAGCCCAGGCCAAGUAAGUUCAUCAAGUCAUCUGUAAACAAUAAUCCAUACUGUAUGUAAUUCAUUCGUUUGUUUGUUCGUUCAUUCAUUCAUUCAUUCAUUCAUUCAUUCAUUCAUUCAUUCAUUCAUUCAUUCAUUCAUUCAUUCAUUCAUUCAUUCACUUAUUCAUUCAUAGGCUACUGUAUAGGUAGUGACUGAACAACACAAAUAAAGGCUCCUCGAUAGUAGGCUGUCAUUCUUUGGGCAGUAGUUGAACAUAUUUUAAUUAACCUACACUUGAGGAUACAGGACAGUAAUGUAUGCUGUUCAAAUGCUGUUCGGCUUUGUCCCAAAUGGCACCCUAUUCCCAAUAUAGUGCACUGUUUUUGACCAGGGCCCAUAGUAGUGCACUAUGUAGGGAAUAGGGUGCCACAUGUUUAAUGUUGCCAUUGGAGAUCACUAAUGACUGUUUAGCUUUUGUGGUCUGGUUGAGUUGUCACAAGGCUCUCUCCUGCUUCUCUUCUGUACACAUCUGCAUAAGAAUCUCCCUGGUUCAAAUAGAGAGCUAGACCUGAGUAAAUCACAAGACAUGUUUUGGACAAGUCCUUUGCCCUCCAUACUAGGACUGAAAAUCACUGUGUUUAUUGGAACGUUCCAGAUCAUCGUUACGAAGGAACAAAGCCCUUAAAAUAGAGCUAUGGUUGGGUAGUACUACCAUCUUAGGCCCGAAGAGUAGGAGUGCCUUUUAGAAUAUAAUGAAUGGCCCGGGGAUCCUGGUCCUAGAUCAGCAGUCCUACUCUGAGAAUAUAAUGAAUGGCCUGGGGAUCCUGAUCCUAGAUCAGCACUCCUACUCUGAGAAUAUAAUGAAUGGCCCGGGGAUCCUGAUCCUAGAUCAGCACUCCUACUCUGAGAAUAUAAUGAAUGGCCCGGGGAUCCUGAUCCUAGAUCAGCACUCCUACUCUGAGAAUAUAAUGAAUGGCCCGGGGAUCCUGAUCCUAGAUCAGCACUCCUACUCUAAGUACCUGGCUAAGCUUGUCAGAUGUGACGUGCCACCGUGGAGCUGCUAGGUCGUGUUCAUUAACGACCAAACGGAAGGAAACAGAAUCAGGGAGGGACUACCUCCUCCAAUAAGGAACCCUAAUUUCUGUUUUCCAUUGCAAAAUGUUUCAAAACAUUUGUCUGUUGCGUGCCCUAAUGAACACAGCCCUGUAAUAAAACUGGGACACCAGGUGUGUGCAUCUCCAGCCAAUCUGUAGCAUUCAUUGAUCAAUUAAGUACCAGGUGAGAACCAGAAACCAGUGGGAUGGGGGAAGUAGAGGGCCUGAGUUGUGCACCCCUGGUAUAACCCAACCAGCUUUGCAAGCUUGCAUGUUAGGUGAUGCGAGGAUAUUAGAUGAUUUUAUAGGUGGCAGGUAGCCUAGGGCCUAGCAGUUAAGAGCGCUGGGCCAGUAACCAAAAGGUUGUUGGUUCGAAUCCCCGAGCCGACUAGGUGACAAAUCUGUCUCUCUGGAUAAGAGUGUCUGCUAAAUAAGUAAAAUGUAAAAAUAGCAACCAUAAUUAUCAUAAUGUAAUCCUACCCGUGUAACCUUCUCUGUCUCUGUUCGAAUACUUUAAAAAAAUGCAUAUUUCCUUCCUUACUUCCUUGAAGUAAUCAGAAAUCUGGAUUGGUAAAAGUAAUAGGGCUUUAACCUUUCUUUCAACUUUUCAAUCACUUACUGUAGGGCCCGAUUCAGACUUAGCAAAAACACCUUUCCUAUGCACGCCUUUCCUAAGCACUUCUCAGUAGUUGGUAUUCAGACUUGCCUUAUGCAGGUGUGUAACGUGCUUUGCAGGCUCCCUUGUGUAUUAUUCAACUGCUGAAAACCCUCCCACUUGCUGGCCAACAGAUGUUUUAUUCAAUAGGGUUUUCUGUACAUUUAUCUAAAGCCAUCCCUUUAAAUUUGAUGUACCUUUUUUAAUUAUACUUUUCUCCACUGACUCACUAGAAUAUAUGGAGAGAACGGUUCAGAAUAUUAGGGAUCAAUGAAAGAAAGCAAAUAAAUAAAUACACGCAUAUCUGUCUUCUUUUCAGCACCAGUUGGUAGAUUUUAAAAUACUCUGAUCUUGUAUAUUAUUUAGGGUUAGGAAAGUAUUCAUAAAAACAAAAAAACUGGGUUGGAGAGCAAAAUAUAUUGGUGAAUCAAAAAUAGUGGUUUGAUUCAUCCUGAAAAUUGCCAUAUUCAAUUGUUCAUCCAUGAAAUAUUGGAAAGUGAGAAAACUGUGCAAUAGGGGUUGAAGAGAAGUCCUAUAAAUGUACCUUAAUAAUCCUCACUAAUGGAACUGUGACGACAAUGGUCCAGUCAUUGGGAACCGUGCGCCAAGCUCCAGGUUUAAAUUGCUAAGUAUGGUCUGCAUUCCAUAAUGAUUCAAAUAGGCUACAUGUCCCAAAUUAUUGCACAACUUGUAAAACGUUAGCCUAAUAUGAUCCACUAUUGCUAGCGAUCCUCAGGAACAACCACACAAAUGUGACAGAAAUAAAAUAUAUACUAAUAAUAUAAUGGAAUGAUGCAAAAUGUAAGGAAACUAACACAGUUCUAAAUAUAUGUGGGUAUAACUGAUGGUGGCUACCCCUAAUAUUUAACAAGAUACAAAUUGUUUUUAAAAAAUACUGUGAAAAGUCUGGGCAUUUAAUUAAAACAUUCUAGAAAUCAUAAAUCAACUCGGUACUGUAGGUUUGGCGCUAUACUGUCAUUUGCGCAUGGUCUCCUUCAAAUUUCAUCCCUGCAAGUUAUAAGGCCAGCAUUUCCUAAAGGUGACAUGUUGAUAUGCUUCAGUUUGCUGCCAUAUGACUGGUUUCACAUUUGUCUCCAGCGAUCAUACUGUAAAAAUCUAAAACAAUUGUCAUUUAUAUUUACAAUCCAAACAGUUUACUCAUUAACCACUUAUCAAUAGCUGUUAUCAAUUUGUAAACGAUAGUCUAUAGAGUGGUGUUAUUUCUAUAGAAAAAAUAAAGUAGAUGUUGUUCCACUUGGAAUGGACAGGUUGCUCGACCUUCAUCGUUUCAUUGUGCGUAAAGGUGGUGGAAUAAUGAGGGAAUUAAGUCAAGGUCAGAAUACGGUGUAUCUGUAGACACACCCCCGCCACACCUUCAUUUCUUUGAUCUCCACCCCAAACAAAUAGCGGGUGAAUAUCAUGCUAUUCUCAUGCUUAAAUUCAAGGUCAGAAUACGCAUAGAGAGAACAGUGGAUAAAAAGGGAAUUAUGUUCCAUUCACGCGCUUAACUAGGGUUGGAAGUCCCCCCCCCCCCAUAUAGAUCUGUUUUUACCUCAAUGAAACAAGGAAGGACUGAUGCAUUUCUAAAGUCUUCAAAAAAGGCUUUGUCUAUGUCUGGUGUUGUCCCAAAUGGCACCCUAUUCCCUACAAAGUGCAUUACUUUUGACCAGAACCCUGGUCAAAAGUAGUGUACCGUAUUUCCAACCCUCUGUCUCCUCCUCUCCUUCUCAGGUUUCCUGCUGUGAAGAAAAUGUUUCUGUCUGAGCUGAAGGAGCUGAGACAGAAGGAGCAGAGUCCCUACGUGGUCCAGAGCACCAUCAGCCUUAUCAUGGGUGUCAAGUUCUUCCGCAUCAAGAUGUAUCCAGUGGAGGACUUUGAAGCCUCCUUUCAGUUCAUGCAGGUACAGAAGUGAGCAGUGAGCUCUACAGUACAGACGUGAUGAUUAUAGGCCCACCUGUAUGCACUGUCUCAAACAAGUGUGUAAUCCUGCAUGGCUGAAAAGGAACAGUGAAUGCUAUAUGGGAUAGGAAUCAGUAUUUUCUGACCACUCACCUUUUCAUGUUGAAAUGGUCCUGAAAUGUUUAUUUCUAUAUUGGUCAAUUUCGAAGGACCCGGAUGCAUGACCUGUAUUGAGGCCAUAUAAUCUUCUUAGUAAACAAAUGAACUUGACUCAUGUCUCUGCCUUAUCCAUGUAGCUAACAAUGUAAUAAGUGUCAGAAGUGGGAUCUGAACCCACGAGUGAGAAUGGUCAUCUUUAACAGCAUUAAAAUCAGUCUAGAAUCACUUGAUUCCUCUUAUCUUUAGCUUGAAUUCCCCACUUUUGCAUUCUGUGUACUUUUCUCAUCCUAUGCCUCUAGUUUGGCUGAGUCCCAAUUCACCACCUUUUCCAGAAAUUCCCAUCAUGCAUUUAAAAGCAUAUGAUUGGUGUAAGCAUUGGCAGGAGUGAGUUUCCAUCAUUAUAAAAUCCAUGUGAGAAAGUGUGCAUGUGUACACUUUGUGAGAAGAGUGUAGUAUCGGGACUUAGUGUUGACCACCAUGUGACCUGACCUCAGUGGCCUGAAUGUAUGGUUUACAAUAUGUAAUCCUUAUGAUGAAAGGGCUGCUCUCCGUUACAGGACUGUGCCCAGUACUUCCUGGAAGUGAAGGACAAGGACAUUAAGCAUGCCUUGGCCGGCCUCUUCGUGGAGAUCCUAGUUCCUGUAGCGGCAGUAAGUUGGUUAUCUGACCAGAUGACAACCAGAAUAUGACGUCUUUUCCUUGACAUCUUGAUGUUGUCAUGAAAACGAUACCUUGUUGUUAAAGAGACCAGUUGGUUGUAACCAAAUAUGUAUAUAAACCCUGGAAUGCUGAUGCUAUGUACAGUUGAAGUCAGAGGUUUACAUACACCUUAGCCAAAUACAUUUAAACUCAGUUUUUCACAAUUCCUGACUUUUAAUCCUAGUAAAAAUUCCCUGUCUUAGGUCAGUUAGGAUCACCACUUUAUUUUAAGAAUGUGAAAUGUCAGAAUAAUAGUAGAGAGAAUGAUUUAUUUCAGCUUUUAUUUAUUUAAUCAUAUUCCCAGUGGGUCAGAAGUUUACAUACACUCAAUUACUAUUUGGUAGCAUUGCCUUUAAAUUGUUUAACUUGGGUCAAACAUUUCGGGUAGCCUUCCACAAGCUUCACACAAUAAGUUGGGUGAAUUUUGGCCCAUUCCUCCUGACAGAGCUGGUGUAACUGAGUCAGGUUUGUAGGCUUCCUUGCUCGCACAUGCUUUUUCAGUUCUGCCCACAAAUGUUCUAUAGGAUUGAGGUCAGGGCUUUGUGAUGGCCACUCCAAUACCUUGACUUUGUUGUCCUUAAGCCAUUUUGCCACAACUUUGGAAGUAUGCUUGGGGUCAUUGUCCAUUUGGAAGACCCAUUUGCGACCAAGCUUUAACUUCCUGACUGAUGUCUUGAGAUGUUGCUUCAAUAUAUCCACAUAAUUUUCCUUCCUCAUGAUGCUAUCUAUUUUGUGAAGUGCACCAGUGCCUCCUGCAGCAAAGCACCCCCACAGCAUGAUGCUGCCACCCCCGUGCUUCGCGGUUGGGAUGGUGUUCUUCAGCUUAAAAGCCUGCCCCGUUUUCCUCCAAACAUAACGAUGGUCAUUAUGGCCAAACAGUUAUAUUUUUGUUUCAUCAGACCAGAGGAAAUUUCUCCAAAAAGUACGAUCUUUGUCCCCAUGUGCAGUUGCAAACCGUAAUCUGGCUUUUUUAUGGCGGUUUUGGAGCAGUGGCUUCUUCCUUGCUGAGCGGCCUUUCAGGUUAUGUCGAUAUAGGACUCGUUUUACUGUGGAUAUAGAUACUUUUGUACCUGUUCACUCCAGCAUCUUCACAAGGUCCUUUGCUGUUGUUCUGGGAUUGAUUUGCACUUUUCGCACCAAAGUACGUUCAUCUCUAGGAGACAGAACGCGUCUCCUUCCUGAGCGGUAUGACAGCUGCGUGGUCCCAUGGUGUUUAUACUUGCGUACUAUUGUUUGUACAGAUGAACGUGGUACCUUCAGGCGUUUGGAAAUUGCUCCCAAGGAUGAACCAGACUUGUGGAGGUCUACCAUUUUUUUCUGAGGUCUUGGCUGAUUUCUUUUGAUUUUCCCAUGAUGUCAAGCAAAGAGGCACUGAGUUUGAAGGUAGGCCUUGAAAUACAUCCACAGGUACACCUCAAUUGACUCAAAUGAUGUCAAUUAAUCUAUCAGAAGCUUCUAAAGCCAUGACAUCAUUUUCUGGAAUUGUCCAAGCUGUUUAAAGGCACAGUCAACUUAGUGUAUGUAAACUUCUGACCCACUGGAAUUGUGAUACAGUGAAUUAUAAGUGAAAUAAUCUGUCUGUAAACAAUUGUUGGAAAAAUUACAGUGGGGAAAAAAAGUAUUUAGUCAGCCACCAAUUGUGCAUGUUCUCCCACUUAAAAAGAUGAGAGAGGCCUGUAAUUUUCAUCAUAGGUACACGUCAACUAUGACAGACAAAAUGAGGAAAAAAAAUCCAGAAAAUCACAUUGUAGUAUUUUUAAUGAAUUUAUUUGCAAAUUAUGGUGGAAAAUAAGUAUUUGGUCAAUAACAAAAGUUUCUCAAUACUUUGUUAUAUACCCUUUGUUAGCAAUGACACAGGUCAAACGUUUUCUGUAAGUCUUCACAAGGUUUUCACACACUGUUGCUGGUAUUUUGGCCCAUUCCUCCAUGCAGAUCUCCUCUAGAGCAGUGAUGUUUUGGGGCUGUCGCUGGGCAACACGGACUUUCAACUCCCUCCAAAGAUGUUCUAUGGGGUUGAGAUCUGGAGACUGGCUAGGCCACUCCAGGACCUUGAAAUGCUUCUUAUGAAUCCACUCCUUCGUUGCCCGGGCGGUGUGUUUGGGAUCAUUGUCAUGCUGAAAGACCCAGCCACGUUUCAUCUUCAAUGCCCUUGCUGAUGGAAGGAGGUUUUCACUCAAAAUCUCACGAUACAUGGCCCCAUUCAUUCUUUCCUUUACACGGAUCAGUCGUCCUGGUCCCUUUGCAGAAAAACAGCCCCAAAGCAUGAUGUUUCCACCCCCAUGCUUCACAGUAGGUAUGGUGUUCUUUGGAUGCAACUCAGCAUUCUUUGUCCUCCAAACACGACGAGUUGAGUUUUUACAAAAAAGUUCUAUUUUGGUUUCAUCUGACCAUAUGACAUUCUCCCAAUCCUCUUCUGGAUCAUCCAAAUGCACUCUAGCAAACUUCAGACGGGCCUGGACAUGUACUGGCUUAAGCAGGGGGACACGUCUGGCACUGCAGGAUUUGAGUCCCUGGAGGCGUAGUGUGUUACUGAUGGUAGGCUUUGUUACUUUGGUCCCAGCUCUCUGCAGGUCAUUCACUAGGUCCCUCCGUGUGGUUCUGGGAUUUUUGCUCACCGUUCUUGUGAUCAUUUUGACCCCACGGGGUGAGAUCUUGCGUGGAGCCCCAGAUCGAGGGAGAUUAUCAGUGGUCUUGUAUGUCUUCCAUUUCCUAAUAAUUGCUCCCACAGUUGAUUUCUUCAAACCAAGCUGCUUACCUAUUGCAUAUUCAGUCUUCCCAGCCUGGUGCAGGUCUACAAUUUUGUUUCUGGUGUCCUUUGACAGCUCUUUGGUCUUGGCCAUAGUGGAGUUUGGAGUGUGACUGUUUGAGGUUGUGGACAGGUGUCUUUUAUACUGAUAACAAGUUCAAACAGGUGCCAUUAAUACAGGUAACGAGUGGAGGACAGAGGAGCCUCUUAAAGAAGAAGUUACAGGUCUGUGAGAGCCAGAAAUCUUGCUUGUUUGUAGGUGACCAAAUACUUAUUUUCCACCAUAAUUUGCAAAUAAAUUCAUUAAAAAUCCUACAAUGUGAUUUUCUGGAUAUUUUUUCCUCAAUUUGUCUGUCAUAGUUGACGUGUACCUAUGAUGAAAAUUACAGGCCUCUCUUAUUUUUUUUUAAGUGGGAGAACAUGCACAAUUGGUGGCUGACUAAAUACUUUUUUCCCCACUGUACUUUACAUUGUUUGCAAGAUCAGACAUAAUAUCACUGUAAUCCGAGUUUUCCUUUUCGGAAGUUGCUUUCAUUUCAACGCAUCUAAUUUGUAAACAUUUCAGCUGUAUUAAAUCAUAACUUUUUUCAAUUACACAAAAAAAUCAACACCCACCAAAAUAAAGUUAUAUUUCUUUUUUGUGAUGUACAUGUCGAUACGGUGCGUUAAAUCCCCGACCAAGAUUUACCGUUCUUAUAGAUGCAACAGAAAGCCAAUGUAGUCCAUUGAGCCCAUUUCAGCCAAUACUAGAGCAAGUUUGACAGGUCAUUAAAGACGUUUCCACUGUCGAUACGUUAACGGGAAAAAAACGAAUGGCAGAAGCAUGAGUAGGAAAGAGUCACCAGAGUCAAAUGAAAUAAAUAAAUCCAGAGAGAUUUAAGUGACGAGUGGAUUUUGCACCCCUCAAACACAGGAAAUAGAUGGCUGAAAAGGAGAGAUCCUCAGGUGGGUGGGGCAUUCACGUUGCUAAUUAUGUUUAAGUGUGUGUGUGUGUGUGUGAUGCGUGUGAUGCUGAGUAUGUGUUCUCCGUUUCCAGGCUGUUAAGAACGAGGUGAACGUGCCGUGUCUAAGGAACUUUGUGGAGAGCCUGUAUGACACAACACUGGACCUCUCCUCCAGGAAAAAACACUCUCUGGUUAGUCACACACACACACACACACACACACACACACACACACACACACACACACACACACCCACACACACACACACACACACACACACACACACCAGAGUUGUUGAUGUUCUUCUCCCAAAGCCACAGUGACAGGCCAGUAUAAAACUGGUGCAUAGUGUACAUGGCUGUGGUUUCUGUCAAGCCUGACAGCAUUUCAAGGUCAAUCUUGUACAGUGGCUCUCUCCUUGUUGCUCUUCUAACUAACGAUGCACAAGGGAGGACAGGCAACCUCUUCAAAUCAAAGAGUAAACACUCAAUCGGAUUAUUGUGGACAGUAAAUGUGUGUAAGAUUUACAGUUCCUCGGUGUCCACAUCACUGAGGACUUAACACGGUCCUCUCACACCAGAACAGUCAGCACAGCAAUGCCUCUUCUCCCUCAGUAGGCUGAAAUGAUUUGGCAUGGCCCCUCAUAUCCUUUUACAGCUGCACCAUUGAGAGCCUCCUGACUGGUUGUAAUGCAACUGCACCGCCCACGACCGGAAGGCCUUACAGAAGGUGAUGCGGAUAGCCCAGCGCGUCACUGUGGGCAAGCUUGCAGCCGUCCAGGACAUACAUGCCAGGCGGUGUCUGAGAAAGGCCCGAGAAAAUUGCCAUAGACUGUUCUCCAUGCUCCCAUCCAGCAUCAAGGCUCAGACAAACAGACUCCUUAAACAGCUUCUAUCCCCUGGUCAUGGGACUGUUAAAUGGCUAACAACUACUGCUCUCCCUCUCCCACAGACUCUCCACACUGGCUCUAUGCCCAUCCACAGGUCUCCACCCACUCAGACACAACUUACGCUGCUGCUAAAAUUAUUAUUGAUUAGAUGCAUUACGCUGUUGUCCAUUGGUUAUUGAUUGCCAUUACCAUUAGUAUCUAUCUAUUUAUUCUGCUAUUGGUCACUUUUACUCCUGUUUACAUGUGUAUAUAUUUCCAUUAGUAUUUUACCAUAAGUAUUUAUGUUGUUGCUACCCGUCACUUUUCAGCCCUGUUUACAUGUAUAUCCUACUACCUGUCAUUUUUUAUGUCUAAACCCACCUCAACCACUCCAGUACCCCUGCACAUUGAAUAAGAUACUGACACUGACCUGUAUAUACAACCACUCCAGUACCCCUGCACAUUGAAUAAGGUACUGACACUGACCUGUAUAUACAACCACUCCAGUACCCCUCUACAUUGAAUAAGGUACUGACACUGACCUGUAUAUACAACCACUCCAGUACCCCUGCACAUUGAAUAAGGUACUGACACUGACCUGUAUAUACAACCACUCCAGUACCCCUGCACAUUUAAUAAGGUACUGACACUGACCUGUAUAUACAACCACUCCAGUACCCCUGCACAUUGAAUAAGGUACUGACACUGACCUGUAUAUACAACCACUCCAGUACCCCUGCACAUUGAAUAAGGUACUGACACUGACCUGUAUAUACAACCACUCCAGUACCCCUGCACAUUGAAUAAGGUACUGACACUGACCUGUAUAUACAACCACUCCAGUACCCCUGCACAUUGAAUAAGGUACUGACACUGACCUGUAUAUACAACCACUCCAGUACCACUGCACAUUGAAUACGGUACUGACCUGUAUAUACAACCACUCCAGUACCCCUGCACAUUGAAUAAGGUACUGACACUGACCUGUAUAUUCUUGCAUUCUCGUUUUCUUUAACUCUCAUCGUACUUCUUGUGUGGGUUUUAUUCCUACUUUAAUUUUAUAUUCUAUUUUCUAUUAUUAUCUAUAUUAUUAUAAGUGCAUUGUUGGGAAAAAGCUCUCAAGGUAAGAAUUUCACUUUACUGUUUUACACCUGUUGUAUCCUGUGCAUGUGGCGAAUAAACUUGAAACACACACCUCACUGAAGCAUAGGAAUGUUCUAUCUGAAGGUUUCAUAGACCUAAACACCUUGCAGGCUCUGUAUCCCUUAGUGACAUGUCUACUGUGUGUGUGUGUCCUAGGCUCUCUACCCGUUGGUGACCUGUCUGCUGUGUGUCAGCCAGAAGCAGUUCUUCCUCAACAAAUGGGCCGUCUUCCUCAACAACUGCCUCUCCAACGUCAAGGUACUGUACUGCAACCAGCGGGAAUCGAACCAACGAUCCUAAUGUUGCAAGCGCCAUGCUCUACCAACUGAGCCACACAGGACCAACCAGUAAUAACAUCAGUCUGUCUGUCUGUGUCUGCAGAGUAAGGACCCCAAGAUGGUGCGCGUAGCCCUGGAGUCUCUUUACCGCCUGCUGUGGGUCUACAUGAUCAGGAUCAAGUGUGAGAGCAACACUGCUACGCAAGGGUAAAUGUUUCUACGGCUGUGUUUACACAGGCAGACACAUUCUGAUAUUUGUUCCACUAAUUGGUCUUUUCAUCAUUCAGAUCAGCUCUGAAAAAUAUCUGAUGUGAAAAGUUUUUAUGUGAUUGGUCAAAAGACCAAUUAGUGAGGAAAAAAUCUGAAUUGGGCUGCCUGUGUAAACGCAGACAAUUUCACACAGCAAUUGCAAUGUUCGUGUUUUGUGGCACGCAAUUUCUUUUUCCACAAAAUACAGCUUGUUGCAUACAGCGCCACAUACACAUUGCAACUCAGGUGUACAUAUCUUGAUAAUGUUCAUCACUGCAACAACACAAGGGUAAAUGUCCUCAUUCAACCAUUCACUGCCCAGCUACGUGCCACAUAAUAUAGCCUACCAUGGCCACUCCUCUCCUCCAUGUUGAAGCCACAAGGGCUACGUUCCGAAUGGCAUCUUAAUCCCUACGUAGUGCACUACUUUUGACCAGGGCUCAUAGGGCCAGAGUAGUGCACUACUUUUGACCAGGGCUCAUAGGGCCAAAGUAGUGCUCUACUUUUGACCAGGUGUCAUAGGGCCAAAGUAGUGCUCUACUUUUGACCAGGGCUCAUAGGGCCAAAGUAGUGCUCUACUUUUGACCAGGGCUCAUAGGGCCAAAGUAGUGCACUAAAUAGUGCAUUUUAGGACACAGACAAGGACAAGGAGAAGAGGUGCUUGGCAGCACCCACAGGAAGCAAAGGCACGACCAUAGGAAGCUGUGUACAUAAUCUAGCCUGCUCAUGAAUAGUAUCUUUCUCUUGGUAGAACUUGAGAGCCAAAAACAUGUUUUUCUAUAUUGCAUUCCUCUCCAAAACACUUACACACACACACUUAUGCCUGCAGGCAUGCAAACACACACACACACGUGCAUGCACGAGCACACGUAUGCAUGCACAUACACACAAACAUACACACACACACACACUAACACACACAGUCGCCUCCCCUUCCUUGAUAUUGGGAGACUUGGCUGACUUGGCUCUUUACCUGUCAGAGUAGCAAGCACAGUCUGUAAACAGGCAGCCUGUUACACCAGGAGGGAUGGAGGAUGGUGGAAGUAGAAAAAAGGAGAGUGGGUGGGUGGGGGAGAGGGGAGGAAGUGGGUGGGUGGGGGAGAUGAGGUAGCUAGGUCAUCACACUAUAGGGAGUUGAAGCUCUUUCUCAUUGGAUGGGGGACUUUACUAUCAGAGCCAUACACACACACACACUAGUGUAGCAGGCAGUGGAUUAGGGCUCGACUCGUAGGUUAAGAUGAUACGCAUUACCAGGGCAGCGUCCCAAAUGCCACCCUAUUCCCUUUAUAGUGCACUACUUUUGACCAGGGCCCAUAGGGUGAAUAUGGUGCCAUUUGGGACGUAGCCCAGGCCACAGGAGGAAUCACAAACAGGUCAAGCCUUUAACACGUCGUAAUUAGCCCAGAAAUAAACCAGGCUUAAAAUAAAACACUUGUUAAGAAAUGGGACAACGGCAUACAGGCCAGCUAGCGUAAAGCAAUCUAAUUUUACAUUUUUAUCUAUGUCAGUUCUGAGUAACUGUGUGUACAUUUUUAUUAUCGGAAUGUGAUCCCUGUGUAUCUCAUUUGUUGAAUUCCCUGAAGCAUCCAUCCUUAAUGUCUCUCUCUCUCUCUCUCUGUCUCUCUCUCUGUCUCGCUCUCUCUCUCUCUCUCUGUCUCUGUCUCUCUGUCUCUCUCUCUGUCUCUCUCUCUCUCUGUCUCUGUCUCUGUCUCUGUCUCUGUCUCUCUCUCUCUCUCUCUCUCUCUCUCCUCUCUGUCUCUCUCUCCUCUGGUCUCUCUCUCCUCUGUCUCUCUCUCUCUGUCUCUCUCUCCUUCUCUCUCUCUCUCUCUUCUCUCUCUCUCUCUCGUCUCUCUCUCUCUCCUCUCUCUCUCUCUCUUCUCCUCUCUCUCUCUCUCUCUCUCUCUCUCUCUCUCUCUCUCUCUCUCUCUCUCCUGUUCUCCUGUUCUCCUGCAGGCGUCUCAACACCAUCAUUACAACACUGUUCCCCAAGGGCUCUCGCAGUGUGGUGCCCAGAGAUAUGCCCCUCAACAUCUUCGUCAAAAUCAUCCAGUUUAUUGCACAGGUAAACAGGAAGUUGCAUGCAAUCCGCUGUCAACAACAUUUUAAUACAAACAAGACAUGUUCUGGAAAAAACCUACAGUGUAUCCCCAGAGUCAAUGUUGAACUUUCAGUGUUGAACUUUCAAAUUAGCUCACUGACUACAGUAUUGACAAAUACUAUUGUAUUAAAGUAAUGUUAAUUGUUCCUGAAGCGUGCACAAUAAAAAAACAUGUAUAUAUUUUUUAUUUUUGUCAUUUAGCAGACUCUCUUAUCCAGAGCGACUUACAGUUAGUGCAUUCAUCUUAAGAUAGAUAGGUGGGACAACCAUAUAUCACAAUCAUAGUAAGUACAUUUUUCCUCAAUAAAGUAGCUAUCAGCAAAGUUAGAGCUAGUAAAGGGGGUGGGGGGGGAUUAUGUAAGAUACUAUUUGAAGAGGUAGGGUUUCAGAUGUUUUCGGAAGAUGGGCAGGGACUCUGCUGUCCUAGCUUCAGGGGGUGGGAGGGCCAAGAGACCAGAGGUGGCAGAACAGAAUGCUCGAGUUGGGGUGUAGGGUGUCGUGACGUGACUUACUUUAAUGUAUGACUGUUAUUUAUCGAAUCACCUAUCUAUGUUUAAUUGUCACUCGAUUUAAUUAAUCAUGUAACAAUUAACUCAUUAGGAAUUUGGGGCACCACGGAAGAAGUUGUUUAACGAGUUACCAUCUUAGAAGAACCAUCUUGGAGGUUCACUUAUUAAAUAAUUACCUCUUAUCAGUCUCAUUCUGAACGUCGCAUAAUCCUUGAACCUCCAAGAACCCUAACCUUAUUGAUGAAUCAGCAAUACACAAAUUGGCUUAAUUAUUUAUUUACUCACUAACUAAAUAAUAACACAAUACAAACAUACAUACACAUAGGUUAUUGAUUACUAACGUACUAAUGAAAACAGGUCCCUAGUGGACUGUACUAACAAUAGUGUGACUGCUUGGUUAGGGGAAGGAGGGUUGAGUAUGGAAGGGAGAGACAAAGAUUCAAACUAUCGUAGUUACUUUGGAGACUAUGCUCACAGUAAUCAUAAUACUUAUGCACCCUAAUAACGCUCAUUCGGAUUAGAAAUACAACAUGUAUUUACGUGUUGCUGUCCUCGAUAGUUGAGUUGAUGAUGUAGGACGUUGGUUUGCCCACCAGAGAUUCCAAUGUCCUUGGUAGAGUUUCUGGUCGUAGUAGUGGUUAGAAUGGAUACUUCAGAUGUACCAGCAGUUGUCUGAGAGGGAUUGUACUUCCCACUUCCUGUCUUUAGUGAAAGUUCUCUAGACGACUAUACAUGCCAGCUGCAGACUAAAAAUGAUAAGGUCUAGUGCAUUGUCUUCUUCUUCACCUCGUGUAGAGGUUGAGAGUUUCAGAGUUUCUCAACUUCAAACGUGUGGACUAACGUCUAACGUUUUCUGGUCUUUCUAGUCUAACCAUUUUGUAAUGUGUAGCUUCAGCUUCACGCUUCUUGGUGUUGUAGAGUGUCAACCAUUUGCAACAUUAGGCUCACGCUUCACGUCUGCUGGUCUAAAGGUUGGUUUGUUUUUCAAGGCUUUUUAUGCACUCGGGGUGAAAGGGGCGUUCCAUCAAGUUUGUGCUCAUCUGGGCGUGGCCACUGACUGAGAACAAAUCAAUAUUGAAAACAAUCAUCUCAUCUAGAAUGCUAAAAUCACAUUGUUAUCUUCACAAAAGUAUUAUUAUACUUAAUCAUUCGUUUUAUACAACAAAUAGAUGCAAACCUCAUUACUGGGAAGUGUCCCCCCCCAAGAGAUACAGUUAUGUUGUUCCACCGUCUUUAAUGACAUCACAACAUAGUAACGAAUUUGACAUGAUUGUUCUUUAAGUCCCCACCAACCAUUUCCCACAUACUUUUAAGUAGGAAUGUUGUUUCAUUAUCCACUUUUGGAUGUUGGAGUUUUGGCGGGAAGACUUCCUUUGUUAACAAAGGGGUCCUUUCUCCCAAUACUUCAUGGCAAGGAAGAGAAAGUCUCUGCAAGGAAUUUAUGACCGGUCAUAAAACUGGCCCCCAGGAAAGGGGGUGUUCAAACCUUUGCCUAGCAGGAAUCUUUGAUCCUCAGCCCAAGAGGGCAAGUCAUGACAAGGGUUUGAGCAUAGCCUGAAAGUAGGGAGGGGCAGUUCCUCUUGCUGCUCCAUAGGCAAGUAACGUGGUCUUGUAGUGGAUGCGAACUUCAACUGGAAGCCAGUGGUAUGUGCAGAGGAGCGGGAAGGUUGAACACCAGGGGGUCUGCAGCAUUAUGGAUAAGUUGCAGGGGUUUGAUGGCACAAGCGGAGUGCCCAGCCAACAGCAAGUUGCAGUAGUCCAGACAGGAGGUGACAAGUGCCUGGAUUAGGACCUGCGCCGCUUCCUGUGGGAGGUAGGGUCGUACUCCUAACGAGUCACUGCUUGCACAGAAUGACAGGGUGUUGUCCAGGUUCACACCAAGGUUCUUUGCACUCUGAGAGGGGGACACUGUGGAGUUCUCAACCAUGAUGGAGAGGUCUUGGAGCGGGCAAGCCUUCCCCGGGAGGAAGAGCAGCUCUGUCUUAUCAAUGCUGAGCUUGAGGUGGUGGGCCGACAUCCAAACUGAGAUAUCUGCCAGGCAUGCAGAGAUGCGUGUCGCCAUCUGGAAGUCAGAAGUGGUGAAGGAGAAAAGUAGUUGAGUGUCAUCCGUAUAGCAACGAUAGGAGAGACCAUGUGAGGAUGUGACAGAGCAGAGUGACUUGGUGUAUAGACAGAAGAGGAGAGGGUCUAGAAUUGAGUCCUGGGGGACACCAGUAGUGAGAGUAUGUGGUGCAGACACAGAUCCUCUCCACGUCACCUGGUAGGAGUGGCCUGCCAGGUAGGAUGCAAUCCAAGUGUGUUUAGAGCCUGAGACGCAGGACCAGCCCUUAGAAAGUGGAGAGGAGGAUUUGAUGGUUCAUGGUGUCGAAGGCAGCGGAUAGAUGUAGGAGGAUGAGAAACUCAGCUUUUGAGAGCCUCUGUGACAGAGAUGAGCAGUCUCGGUUGAGUGACCCAUCUUGUAGCCUGACUGGUUAGGGUCAAGAAGAUCGUUCUGAGAGCGAUAAUGAGAGAGUUGGUCAGAGACUGCAUACCGGUCUGUAGUUUUUGUUGUCAGAGGAGUCGAGUGUUGGUUUCUUGAGGAGGGGCGCGACUUGGGCCAUUGUGAAGUCAGAGGGUACUCAGCCAGUGGUCAGGGAUGAGCUGAUGAGGUAAGUGGGGAAUGGGAGAAGGGGAUAGUGUCAGGCAGCUGGACCUCUCUAGUCGCAGGAUUUCAUCUUGAGAGAGAGGAGAAAGAGGUCAAGGCGUUGGGUAGUUCUGUUUGUGUGGGACCAGUGGACUCAAUAGGCUGAGUGAAUGAGGAGCGGAUGUCGUCAACCUUAUUUUCAAAGUGGUUGACAGUGUCAUCCGCAGAGAGGGAGGGGGAGGGGUGGAGGAUUAAGGAGAGAGGAGAAGGUGGAAAAGAGAUUCUUAGGGUUAGAGGCAGAAACUUGAAAUGUAGAAUGAUAGAAAAGUGGCUUUAGCAGUGGAUACAGAGGAAGAGAAGGUAGAGAGGAGGGAGUGAAAGGAUGAUAGGUCCUCUGGAAGUUUAGUUUUCCUCCGUUUUCGCUCAGCUGCCUGCAGCCCUGUUCUAUUAGCUCGCAAGGAGUCACUCAGCCACGGAGCAGGAGGGGAGGGCCGAGCCAGCCAGGAGGAAAGGGGACAGUGUAAGUCAUAGGAAAGGGAGGAGAGUAGGGUGGAAGAGGCAGAAUGAGGAGACAGGUGGGAGAAGGAUUUAGUGGAAGGGAGAGAUGAUAUGAAGAGAAUAGUAGGAGAGAGAGAGCGAAGCUUGCGACGGCGCAUCAGCAUCUGGGUAGGGGCUGAGUGGCUAGGGUUCGAGGAAAGGGAGACAGAAAGGGAAACAAAUUAGUGAUCAGAGACCUAGAGGGGGGUUGCAGUGAGAUUAGUAGGCGUACAGCCUCUAGUAAAGAUGAGGUCAAGCGUAUUGCCUGCUUUGUGAGUAGAAUGGGACUGGGAAAUGGUGAGGUCAAAAGAGGCAAGGAGGGGAAAGAGAGAGUUGGAAAGAAAUGAAUCGAAGGCAGACGUCGGGAGGUUGAAGUCACCAAGUACGAAGAGCGGUGAGCCAUCGACAGGAAAUUAGCUUAUCAAGGUGUCAAGUUCAUUGAGGAACUCUCUAAGGGCACCUGGUGGGCGAUAGAUGACAACAAUAUUAAGCUUGACUGGGCAAGUGACAGUGACAGCAUGGAAUUCAAAUGAGGAGAUGGACAGGUGAGAGAUGGUGAAAAGAGAAAAUCUUCACUUAGGAGAAAUGAGUAGCCCUGUGCCACCACCUCGACGACCAGAUGCUCUCGGACUAUGAGAGAACGUAGUCAGAUGAAGAGAGAGCAGCUGGAGUUGCAGUGUUCUCUGGGGUGAUCCAUGUCUCCGUCAGGGCCAAAAAGUAAAGGGACUGAAGUGCAGCAUAGGAUGAGAUAAACUCUGCGUUCUUGGCCGCAGAAAGGCAGUUCCAAACGCUGCCGGAGACCAGGAAUUUCACAUGGGUUGUGCGCACAGGGUACACUAAAUUAGAAGGGUUGCAGCCAAGGGGUGGGGAGCGUCUACAGGGAGAGGAGCGAACAGGUAUAGAAAACACACACAUAGUUACAAAAGAGCAAAAUUAUAUCUGAAAAUAACUAGGAAAGAUACUCAAGUGAGAGAGUGGUGUGGAUCCUUCCUCUCUGAUGUGAAUGUGACGAUGUGAAAACAGCAACAAUAUUACAAAUCUGUUCUAAACCCUCUUCUUCCACCACAGGAACGACUGGACUUUGCCAUGAAAGAGAUCAUCUUUGACCUUCUGUGUGUUGGAAAACCAGCCAAAGCCUUUAGUCUUAACCCAGAGGUACAGUACACAAUUGGCUUUGAAUUCCAUAAUUCUUCAAUAUUCAUUAUAUAAAAUUCAACAACCUUAUUUAAUGUCACUAGAGACAUAUUCAUGCAGACAUGCCUUUGCAGUAAUCAUUUGGGGUUCACAGCAAAGCUGUGAAACCUAAUGUUUUUGUCUGAAUUCUUAUUAUUUAAAUGUUCCUUGACUUGGUCAAAUAGCUCAAGCAUAGAUUGGCCUAUAGGGGGCACUCUUAUAAGAAGUCUCACUUAAACCCUCACAUCUGUCGCCCCGUUUGACCUAGAGACUUGGAACUUUGUAUGUAGUUGUCUUUCCUCAUGCUGAACAAAUUUGCCUCAAGGACCUAUAAUGUCCGUCAGGAUAGAUUUUCCUCAAUUUUGGAAAUUAUUUACAUUUACAUUUACGUCAUUUAGCAGACGCUCUUAUCCAGAGCGACUUACAAAUUGGUGCAUUCACCCUAUAGCCAGUGGGUUAACCACUUUAAAAAAAAAAAAAUUUGUGGAAAACCUUUGAAAAAAGUAUUCUCAUUAACCAUACGAUCCAAAUAACAUUUGGUAUGUAGGCCCAUGGUACAUCUCUUAACUUAGUUUGAGAAAAGUUAAGGGAUUGGUUAAGAGAUGGUUGAGUUAUUGAGAAAUCAGGAAAUCAGAUUUUAGGUGUCCAUUUAAAUCCUUGUAAAUGCACUCCACAAUGACCUAUCAACUUGAAACGUUGUGGGGUUACCAAAGACAUUACCAUGAUGAAUGUCUUAAAAAAUAAGGAAACUAUUAACAAUUCACUUUUUUAUUAUGCAACACUAAUGCUUAAAAUAAUAAUACAAAGUCAGAUUCACUCCAGAUGUGGUCUUUGCACUCAUCACAAAAAUAAGGCUGAUGCAUUCAAAGGUGGCCACACUAUACCAGUAAAUGCAUUUUAACACAUACGCUAAUAUGCCAAAAUAUGCAAAAAAAUACUUAUUCUCAUGAAGCAUAAGACCAAAUUACACCAAUUCGGAAUGUAGGCCCAUGGUACAUCUCUUCACUUAGUUUUGAGAAAAGCUAAGGGAUUGGUCAAAAGAUGGCUGAGUUAUUGACGAGUCAAGAAUCUGAUUUUACGUGUCCAUUUAAACCAAGCCUAUCAACUUGGAACUUGUCAUUGCUGUCAUGGACGUCCCUAAAAUGAACCACACUGAAUUUCGUAUUGAUAUAAAAAAAAACAAGGAAACUAUUAACAACUUAUUCUUGGCAUAUAACGCUAAUGCUCAAAAUCAUCUGCAAUUAUCUUCUCCUAAUGAACCAUAUGUCAGAAUGUGUAUUUACAUCAGUCUAAUGGUUGUUGCAUUCAAAUAUGGCCGCUCUGUUCCAAUAGAUACUAAAUAAAUCUUCUUCUCAAGAACCAUCAGUCAGAUUGACACCAGAUGUAGUAUAUAGACUCAAUUAAUUAGUCUCUAAUGAAUUUGAGAAUGAUUAGUUGCUGCAUUCAAAGUCUGCCACACUACACCGCUAGAUUGCACCAUAUCACACCAGGGCUAUAAGAACUGAACCGAUGGACAUGGGCCCAUGGAAAUUGGUAUGUAAACCUUAGUAUACAAAACAUUAAGAACACCAGCACUUUCCAUGACAUAGACUGACUAGGUGAAUCCCAGUGAAAGCUAUGAUCCCUUAUUAAUGUCACUUGUUAAAGCCACAUCAAUCAGUGUAGAUGAAGGGGAGGAGACAGGUUAAAGAAGGAUUUUUAAGCCUUGAGACUAUUGAGACAUGGAUUGUGUAUGUGUGCCAUUCAGAGGUUGACUGGGCAAACAAAAUAUUUAAGUGCCUUUGAACGGGGUAUGGUAGUAGGUGCCAGGUGCACCAGUUUGGGUCAAGAACUGCAACGCUACUGGGUUUUUCACGCUCAUCAGUUUCCCGUGUGUACUAAAAAUGGUCCACCACCCAAAGGACAUCCAGCCAACUUGACAACUGUGGGAUAUUGGAGUCAACAUGGGCCAGCAUCCCGGGGGAAUGCUUUUGAAACCUUGUAGAGUCCAUGCCCUGACUAAUUGAGGCUGUUCUGAGGGCAAAAUGUGUGGGGUGGGGGGGGGGGGGGGGGGCACCACUCAAUAUUUGGAGGGUGUCCCUAAUGUUUGGUAUACUCAGUGUAUAUGUCCUUGUGUGAACAUCAUAAAGUCAUUGCAACCUUAGAUGGCUGCACCAGACCAGUUGGUGGUUCUAUAGAUGCCAUUGGCACCAGUGGCAUAGGGUACUAGAGCAAUAACUAUUGAUCAAGUGGACUUUGUCUCAUGCAAAUUAAUGUUAGAUUUAAAUUAUAUAGAUGAACAAUGUUAAAUAUUGUGAAAAUAACGCUGUAAAUAUUUCACAAAUCUUAACAUAAACCAUUGGUCCAAUUAACCUCAGAAUUGGUAUACUGUAUAAACUCAAUACAUGAACACUAUAAAAGCCUGACUCGUUGGACCCCCCUUUGUGCCAAUGACACGUCUUUUGGACGUCAACAUUCUAACAGUCUAAUACAUACAGUAUAUUUAAUACGCUAUUGGAAAAAUAAUAAUUUGGUUGUGUUUAUGAAGGUCCUAGGAAACAAAAAACUAACAAUUUUUUUUUUGAAAGAACAUAUUAACAUUUUCAUUCGUUUUUGUGGCUGUAGGCUAUAUAAUCCAUGAGCCAGACCCACAAAUGUGGGCCAUCGGGCUCACUUGGGCCGACGAUGUCUCAUAGUGAUUUAUUUUAAUUUUACAUUUUAGUCAUUUAGCAGACGCUCUUAUCCAGAGCGACUUACAGUUAGUGAGUGCAUACAUUUUCAUACUGGUCCCUGUGGGAAUCGAACCCACAAGCCUGGCGUUGCAAGCGCCAUGCUCUACCAACUGAGCUACACGGGACUAUAAGGAUUUUAUGUCCCUAGAGUUGUGAAAAUGUGUUAUACAGGAAUGGUAGCUUGGUAGCUUUCUGUGUGUUAUCACCAGCGGCGCCACUUUGGUUUUAGAAGUGGCGGGACAUUACCUGGGGUCCUUUCUGUCACCCUGUGAACAGAUCCCUGUUCAUUUCUGCUUGCAGCUAUAUUUUCUAAAUUGCACUGCCAUUUUUUUAAAGCAGAACUGCAUUGAACACACUGAACAACAUAACAGCUUCAGAAUAACAAGAAAUGUAAAAAUAAUUUCCUGUAAAAGGACAAUACAUGUAAUCAAUCAAUCAAAUCAGCCAUGAUAUCAUGACAAUUAACACAGCAUUCCAGUGUGUGUCUUUUGUCCAGAGAAUGAAUAUAGGCCUGAGAGCGUUCCUGGUGAUAGCUGACAAGCUGCAGCAGAAGGAUGAGGAGCCGCCCAUGCCCAACACAGGAACCACGCUGCCCUCGGGCAACACACUCAGGGUAAAGAAGACUUACCUGAGCAAAACCCUGACCGAUGACGAAGCCAAGGUCAUAGGUGGGUCACCAGGUGGACUAUCUACUUUUCUUAUAUGUUGUGGAUGUGUGGAUGGAUGUGUGGGUUGGUGGAUAGAUAAAUGGAUGGAUGGAUGAUGGAUGGAUGUGUGGGUUGGUGGAUAGAUAAAUGGAUGGAUGGAUGGAUGAUGGAUGGAUGUGUGGGUUGGUGGAUAGAUAAAUGGAUGGAUGGAUGGAUGAUGGAUGGAUGUGUGGGUUGGUGGAUAGAUAAAUUGAUGGAUGGAUGGAUGGAUGGAUGAUGGAUGGAUGUGUGGGUUGGUGGAUAGAUAAAUGGAUGGAUGGAUGGAUGGAUGGAUGGAUGGAUGGAUGGAUGAUGGAUGGAUGUGUGGGUUGGUGGAUAGAUAAAUGGAUGGAUGAUGGAUGGAUGGAUGGAUGGAUGGAUGGAUGGAUGGAUGGAUGGAUGGAUGGAUGGAUGGCUGAAUGGCAGAAUUAAUUACUAGAAUUGUUGUACUGGAAUAAAAGCUUGUGAUGUUCACCAUGCACCUUCCCAUGUAAGUAUGUCCCUAUAUGAAUAGAUCCUGAAACGUAAUGAUGUGUUCUUCCCCUGUGCUGUAGGUAUGUCCCUGUACUACUCCCAGGUGAGGAAGGCCAUAGACAACAGCCUGAGACACCUGGACAAGGAGGUGGGCCGAUGCUUGAUGAUGACCAACGUCCAGAUGCUCAACAAAGAGCCUGAGGACAUGAUCACGUACGUGUGCUACUCAGUUAGGGUUUAAAUUUACAGAAACUUUCCCAAAGUUCCCAGCUCUCCAGAGUCCUAAGACUGGGAAUCCUCCAAGUUUCAACCUGGAUUGGCCAGGAAAAAGGUUUCCCAUUUAGAUCAUGUGGUCAGGAAAAAGUAAAACUAAAGGCCCUACUCUUGAUGUACCUUGAUUUAGCAGUUGUCACAAAUGUUUUUGUUUUUCUGUAUGUCAUUAUUUGGGGGCAUUUCACAUUGCAUACCUAAUGACAAACUGAAAGCCAGGCAGUUGUGCUGUUGACCUGAUCUUGACGUUGUCUCGUUUGUCAGAGGAGAGAGGAAGCCGAAGAUCGACUUGUUCAGGACGUGUGUGGCUGCCAUCCCUCGCGUCCUGCCGGACGGCAUGUCCAAGCCCGAACUCAUAGACCUGCUGUCUCGGUGAAUGUGUGUGUGUGUCGUGCGUGUGUGUGUGCAUGCAUGUAUGUGUGUGUUUAUCUGCCUGUGUGUGUGUGUGUGUGUGUGUGCAUAUGUGCAGGAAAACCAUUGUAAUUAAUGGGCCAAUCCAUCAGGUUUCCCGAAACCUCAGUAACACGAUCCUGCAGAGGCCUGCUGUUGGAUAUUUGACCAGGGCAUUCAGAUAAUUAGGUGACAUUUCUCAUGCUGAACCCACUUAAGACCAGAAACCAUUCCUAUCUUACCUGACUUGAAAAACUACCAUAAACCUCAUUAUAUUCUGGCAGCGUGAUUUCAUUUGAAACUUUUCUUCAACAAUGUGUUAUAAGGAGGCAAUUAUUUAAAGCUAGAAUCCUUAAUUGAAACAGUAACAAAGUGUUCACCCCACCUGUGUUUUGGUAAAAAGCUGAGGGAUGGGCCUGGAGAAAUGUAAUCACUCUCAAAUUCAUAGACAGAGCUAUGGAUGCAAGGACUGACCAUCCAUUAUAAUCAAAAUCAUAGUUUAAACCAUGUUUUGAGGCUAUAUAGUGUUUGUUUACAUUGUUUACAAACAUCAAAAUAAACAAGCUUAUAUUUUGGGUUCUGAUGGGGUACGACAGUUGAACUAAGCUCAUUAGGCAUUUAUAAGUUAUAUUAUUCAAGAAUCAAUGGGUAUAUGUCAUUUAUUUAUACAGUGCCUUCGGAAAGUACUCAGACCCCUUGACUUUUUCCACAUUAUUGUAAAAUUGAUUUUUUUUUUACCCUCAGUAAUCUACACACAAUAACCCAUAAUGACGAAGCAAAAACAGGUUUUAGAUUUUUUUGCAAAUGUAUUAAAAAUAAAAAACAGAUAUCUUAUUUACAUAAGUAUUCAGACCCUUUGCUAUGAGACUCGACAAUUGAGCUCAGGUGCAUCCUGUUUCCAUUGAUCAUCCUUGAUGUUUCUACAACUAGAUUAGAGUCCACCUGUGGUAAAUUCAAUUGAUUGGACAUGAUUUGGAAAGGCACACACCUGUCUAUAUAAGGUCCCACAGUUGAUAGUGCAUGUCAGAGCAAAAGUUCGAAGGAAUUGUCCGUAGAGCUCCGAGACAGGAUUGUGUCGAUGCACAGAUCUGGGGAAGGGUGGCAAAAUAUUUCUGCAGCAUUGAAAGUCCCCAAGAACACAGUGGCCUCCAUCAUUCUUAAAUGGAAAAAGUUUAGAACCACCAAGACUCUUCUUAGAGCUGGCCGCCCAGACAAACUGAGCCGGGGGAGAAGGACCUUUGUCAGGGAGGUGACCAAGAACCCGAUGGUCACGCUGACAGAGCUCUGUAGAGAUGUGAGAACCUACCAGAAGGACAACCAUCUCUGCAGCACUCCACCAAUCAGGCCUUUAUGGUAGUGGCCUGACGGAAGCCACUCCUCAGUAAAAGGCACAUGACCGCCCACUUGGAGUUUGCCAAAAGGCACCUAAAGACUCUCAGACCAUGAGAAACAAGAUUCUCUGGUCUGAUGAAACCAAGAUUGAACUCUUUGGCCUGAAUGCAAAGCGUCACGUCUGGAGGAAACCUUGCACCAUCCAUACGAUGAAGAAUGGUGGUGGCAGCAUCAUGCUGGGGGGGAUUUUUUUUCAGCAGCAGGGACUGGGAGACUAGUCAGGAUCGAGGCAAAGAUGAAUGGAGCAAAGUACAGAGAGAUCCUUGAUGAAAACCUGCUCCAGAGCUAACAGGACCUCAACAGGACAAUGAACCCUCAGCACACAGCCAAGACAACGCAGGAGUGGCUUUGGGACAAGUCUCUUGAAUGUCCUUGAGUGGCCCAGCCAGAGCCCGGAGUUGAACCCGAUCGAACAUCUCUGGAGAGACCUGAAAAGAGCUGUGCAGCAACGCUCCCCAUCCAACCUGACAGAGCUUGAGAGGAUCUGCAGAGAAGAAUAGGAGAAACUCCCCAGAUACAGGUGUGCCAAGCUUGUAGCGUCAUACCCAAAAAGACUCAAGGCUGUAAUCGCUGCCAAAGGUGCUUCAACAAAGUUCUGAGUAAAGGUUCUGAAUACUUAUGUAAAUGUGAUAUUUCCGUUUUUUAUUUUUAAUACAUUUGCAAAUAUUUCUACAAACCUGUUUUUGUUUGUCCAAAUAUUGAUGUAGCAAUUAAGGAUUUCAGCUUUAAGUACAGUUUAGUAAACUUUAAAAACGCACCUUGUGUGUGUUAUUUUUCUCCCAGGUUGACCAUUCACAUGGACGACGAGCUACGCCUCAUAGCCCAGAACUCCCUCCAGAGUUUACUGGUGGACUUCCCUGAGUGGCGUGAUGACGUCCUGUUUGGCUUCAUCAACUUCCUGUUGCGGGAGGUUCAGGACAGCCACCAGGUACAGAUGGAUGGAUGGAUGGACGGAUGGAUGGGUUAAUGUAUAGACGGCUGGAUGGAACUAUGAUGAGUUGAUUGUUGGCUUGAUGAGUUGAUUUCUUGAUUGAUGGAUGGAUUGAUUGACUAAUUGAUUGAUUGCAGGCCCUACUGGACACCUCCCUCAGGCUGCUGCUCCAGCUGUUGACCCAGUGGAGACAGGCUCUGUCAGCCCCAGAGAAGGGCUGCGACACGGCCAAGAUACGCACUGCAGAGGUACAGUAAACAGAGAUAGGCUGUCUAACAUUUCCUUAUUACUCUUACAGUGGAGAUAUAGGCUGUGAUGUGUAAUGCGUAGCUACAUUAGGUGCCUGUAUGUUUUAUGUAGUUUUGAGCAAUUCGGUUUUUAAACAACACAUUUACCGAUGUCGGUUCAAUUAUUUGAAUUCCAUUUUAUUUCGUUUUUUUCUGUGAGCUCGAUGUGCAGUUUAUGUAGAGAUAAAUCAGAUUAAGCCUGUACUGUGCAUUGUAGUAGGGAGUUGUAGUUUCCAACAGGACAAUAUUCUACACAGUUUAGCACAGAAAAUGUAGUACUUAAUUACAAUGACCAUAAUCCAUUGCAUGCCCGCUUAAACUUGUCCAGUCUGUGCGGAGCUGACACAGAUGCCACGUUCAAAACAACUGGGAACUCUGAAAAAGAUUAGAUCAAAUCAUGACGUCAGUGAUCUUCAGGUCGGAAGGUCGGAGCUCUAGAAAUAGGCCCGAGUUCCCAAGUUGGAAUUCCGAGUUGGAUGACCGUUCAAAUCGAUUUUUCCCAGUCGGAGCUCAAUGUUUUCAGAGUUCCCAGUUUUGAACGCACUGAAGUUGGAAGUCGGAGAGUUGCCAGUUCCCAGUUGUUUUGAAUGCAGCAAGAGACUGACAGAAGAUUACAUGGGGAUAGAAAACAGUGGCUUCACAAGCCUGAAAAUACCUGAUCUAAGUGAUUGAUAGUUGGUAUUCAGCAGUCAUAAAAGUCUGCCUUAUUUACUUUGAAGAACUACUAAAAUAGUGAUGUUGUCAGACAGCAUAGGCAGCUGCUCUAUAGAGAUGAGAUGAUGACUUGGAAUUAAAUAAUAAAGUCAUCAAAUAAAACAAAUAUUUUAUUAAUGUAAUGUGAAUAAAUGAUGGUUAAUAAGUGAUAAGCAGUAAUGGGCAGUCACUACCAUCAUGGGACUUUUAUUAAUUGUUUUAUUCUGUGUUAGGGACAGAUUGAAAUGUACUGUGGGGGAGGGGUUGUCCCAAAUAGGGGAGGGUUGUCAAACUUUUUUUGUUGUUGCUUUGGGGAGGGUUGUGUGUUUUAUGGGGGAGGGGCCUAUGAUAUGAGGGCAGUGCGCCUCGGCGCUACAACUGACUCCGACAGUUGAACUUGAGGUGAGGAAGACUAUUUCAGGCCUACCAGAGUUACUCCUAUAAUCGAACAAUAUAAUGCUUAUCUUUAUACAAAAUAUUCGGAUCAACUUCCUUCUGUCCGUCUGUAUAGCAGAUGCAGUAGCCAUCUGACAUAAAGAAAUGCAUGUCGGUGUCGUAGCAUGCCACCGGCAUAUCUCUAUCUCUCUGGGGUUAGGCCUAAGCUUCUCUUCCUUUUAUUUAGGCUAUACAGUGCUUUCAGAAAGUAUUCAGACCCCUUGACUUUUUCCACCUUGUUGUUGUUACAGCCUUAUUCUAAAAUGGAUUAAUAAAUUUUUUCCCUCAUCAAUCUACACACAAUAUCCCAUAAUGACAAUGUGAAAACUGGUUUUUAGAAAUGUUUGCAAAUGUAUAAAAAAUAAAAUACAGAAAUACCUUAUUUACAUAAGUAUUCAGACCCUUUGCUAUGAGACUCGAAAUUGAGUUCAGGUGCAUCCUGUUUCCAUUAAGCAUCCUUCUACAACUUGAUUGAAGUCCACCUGUGGUAAAUUCAAUUGAUUUGACAUGAUUUGGAAAGGCACACACCUGUCUAUAUAAAGUCCCACAGUUGACAGUGCACGUCAGAGCAAAAACCAAGCCAUGAGGUCGAAGGAAUUGUCCAUAGAGCUCCGAGACCGGAUUGUGUCGAGGCACAGAUCUGGGGAAAGGUACCAAAAAAUUGCUGCAGCAUUGAAGGUCUCCAAGAACACAGUGGCCUCCAUCAUUCUUAAAUGAAAGAAGUUUGGAAUCACCAAGACGCUUCCUAGAGCUUGCCGACCGGCCAAACUGAGCAAUCGGGGGAGAAGGGCCUUGUUUAUUUUAUUAAUUUUUUAUACAUUUGCAAAACAAUCUAAAAACUUGUUUUUGCUUUGUCAUUAUGGGGUAUUGUGUGUAGAUUGAGGGGAAAAAACAAUUUAAUCAAUUUUAGAAUAAGGCUGUAACGUAACAAAAUGUGGGAAAAGUCAAGGGGUCUGAAUACAUUCCGAAUGCACUGUAAAUAUAUAUUCAUUAAAAUAUUAAUAUCAUUCAGUGGACGCCUAAGACUUUGCUUGCUAUGCCAUGAUAAAUGUAGUGCUAAAAUCUCUGACAGCUGAACUGUGAUUUGGACAGUUAUUGUUUUAGGAAAGUAGCCUAAAAACCCCCAAAAUAGGCUAUAAAGUUUUGAAUAUGCUACACAUCGAAACACAAGGAAUAGUGUUUUUGUAAUUUGUAAUAGGCUGUUUGUUUUUAAGGACAUGUAAAUGUGGCUCAUUUGUCCAACAUCCCUCGUUUAUUGAUGGUGCUGGCUGAGCCAGGUUGGAUUUGAAUGCAUAUGGAUGACGUUACAUUUCUCAAAUGUCCGAUAAUUGAAAAAUCUUCCCUGUCCGGCCCCAGAUUUUCCUAAAGGAAACUCUGAAAUGGCAUAUUGUUUUUAUGAAGAUUUUAGAAUAGUCACAUGAAAAUCUGUCCCAAUUGGAUGGAAACCUAGCUAUAGACACCCUAAAGGCAAGUGAGCUAGUCCAGUGUCACUUUGAUUAUGCCUGCACAUCAUGGUUCACCGGCAGCCCCAAAUAUCUAAAGAAUAAGCUACCAGACAAACAAGCUUGUAAGAAUUGUACUUAAACUCCCCCCUCAAACUCAUCUGGAGGUUGAGCAUUGUUUCGUCUCUAUCUAUGUAAUGUGUCUGUAUCUAUGUAAUUGUAUUUGAAUUUAUGUUUUUAAAACAUAGGGACCACAAUGGAAAUAAGUCCCCGACUUUAUUGUGCAAUCCCGGUCACUUAAAAAAAUCUUUGUGUAUAUACAGUACCAGUAAAAAGUUUGGACACACCUACUCGCUCAAGGAUUUUUCUUUAUUUUUACUAUUUUCUACAUUGUAGAAUAAUAGUGAAGACAUCAAAACUAUGAAAUAACACAUAUGGAAUCAUGUAGUAACCAAAAAAGUGUUAAACAAAUCAAAAUAUAUUUUAUAUUUGAGAUUCUUCAAAGUAGCCACCCUUUGCCUUGAUGACAUCUGUGGUAAACAAGACCGAGCUUUUGCUGGUAAUGCCGUAGUGAUAAGAAGAUCCGCCGACACUGUACUCUGUUUUCAAAGGUUUAUUAUAACAAAGGUUCCAGCAUCGGAAUUUGACAGAUUCUGCAGAUAUCUGUGAGACAGCACAGCCAAUCAGUAAUUUGCUAUUCUCCCCUUCUAUUGUUCAAGACAUGAUUUUAUAUAAUUUAUGACGUAAUAUGGUGUGAUCCUAAAAACCAAUCCCUGGUCUUUUCUACCUUACUCCCCAUAUCAUAUUUCCAUAAGUAAUGAUUUCCAGAUGUUUCCAGCACUGUAGAAUAGAGUUACAUCAUUUUGCCACAUCAGCAAAAUCUUAGAGCCAAGUUCCCUCUAUCACACUUAAGACACUACACAUCUUUGCACACUCUUGUGCAAAGAAAACGAAAUCGAAAACCAUGAUUAUUUUUUUUAAUGAAUGAACCGAAACCGAACCGACCUUAAAAAUUGUUCAGCACCAGUUUUACAUAAGGGCAUGGUUUCUGUUUUUUCAGAAAGGAAUCAAAAGGAGUGUCUAGUUUUGUUGUGAGUACGCCAUACUCUUCUAUUGAGGUGUUGUUGUUUGAGCCUGUGUCCUCUGUGUUGAUGUUGCAGUCGGGCUCCAGCCACCGCAUGUUGGUGGAUCACGGUACCCACUCCAUGGUGCUGCACGCCGUCGAGGGGCUGGCCUUGCUGCUGCUCUGCUCCUGUCAGCUCGCCACGCGCAAACUGGCCGUGGCCAUCCUCAGGGAGAUCCGCUGCCUGUUCUUCGCCAUCGGACAGGCUGAGGUAAGGGGGAGGGUGAGAUUGGGUUAAAAUCGCCGGGCUGUUAUUGUAAAAGAUGGAGAACCAUAGAAACCACCACAACACAUCCAAAAGGCUAUUUUCUAACCUUUGAUGCAGUGUGGUUCUGAUUAACCUACCUGGUUGACUUACAGGCUACACUGGACGCGUAACUUUUGCAGAGCAUGAGACACUCCCAUUCAUUUCACGAGAGGUUUGCACUGCUCACCAUAAAAUGUCAAGCUAUGUUUUUUUUUCUCAAGAAUUCAAUGCACGGCUCACACCCCAGAGCACUUGAUAAAGUGGAUGCUCUCUGCUCAGGCCUGCAACAAGUUACAGGUCUAAUGUAGGCUAACAGCUAAAAACCGACUGUUUUCCCGAAGCCCCAGUGUAGCUCCCCAGUCAAGCUGACUAACUGGAAAGUUAACCAGUAAAUUGUAUGCUGGUUACAGAGUAUUGGACCAGAGUUGAUUGAACAUGGUGGAUUCUGUGUUACCUUACAGGAUGAUGACAAACCCAUGAUAGAGGUCAUGGACCAGCUGAGCCUGGUGGUUCUGGACAGUUUUGUCCAUGUGGCAGUGUCGGACACGGUGAGCGUUUCUCUCUGUUGCACUCUGUGUGUGUGUAUGUGUGAGGGAGAACGGAGGCGGAGGGUUUGGGUGGAGGGAGAGAGGGGAGACUGAAGGCGUCAGUGUGUACUCAGACAGUAUAGCUUCUGUGCAAGUCUGGCUGCAUUCCGCUCGCCUAAGUAAUCCACUUAUUUUAGGUUCAAUUUCUGGCAUUUCAUAACUUUGUAAUCACUGUGCCAUGACUCAAUCUCCAGACAUUCAGGAUGGGUAUUGCAGCCCUGUCUGCUCCACAUACUGUCAUCAAGUGAUCUGGUUAGCUUCCAUUGAUCACCGUGGUCCUCUGUAGCUCAGCUGGUAGAGCACGGCGCUUAUAACGCCAAGGUAGUGGGUUCGAUCCCCGGGACCACCCAUACACAAAAAAAAAAUGUAUGCACGCAUGACUGUAAGUCGCUUUGGAUAAAAGCGUCUGCUAAAUGGCAUAUUAUUAUUACCUUAGUUAUCUGUAUGAAGAAUCUGCUUCACUGAUCAUAUAAUUGUGGAUGGCAGUACUAGCCUGGUUCUAGAACUGCAAUUGUAAUUCUAAUUGAACAACCCCCAAAAAAUUGCAUUCAUUUUUUAUGAUUUCUCAAUAAACAGUCCAUAGCCUUUAAUUGUAAUUGAAGAUAAUUUCCUGAAUUGACUGAAACCUCUAACCCUUGAACUCUAACCCCUGACCCUACUGUCUCCCAAUCCCAAAACUCCUUUUUAGGCCACUCUUCCGUUGACCCACCAAGUAGACCUGCAAUGGCUGGUGGAGUGGAACUCCAUUCUGGUCAACAGCCACUAUGACAUCCGGAGCCCGUCCCACGUGUGGAUCUUUGCCCAGUCGGUCAAGGACCCCUGGGUCCUUUGUCUCUACAGCCUGCUGCAUCAGGACCACCUGCCCAAACACUGCCCCACCGCCCUUAGCUACACCUGGUCCUACGCCUUCACGCGCAUGCAGCUGCUCAUGCCCCUGGUGGACCCCACGUGAGUACUGAUGAAUUCUAUUGCUGAUUGAAUCUUGAUCUUUAUUGUUUCCAACCCAAGCCAACCUGACACAACCCCAUGUUGGAUUUGAUUUAUUGUACAGAUUGAGUACAGUACAGCCCCAGAGGAUGACAAGUCAGAGUAUUGUACAAAAGUGUAUUUUACAAUGUGUAUCUUGAUGUAAGAUAAUCCAUAAAAAUAAAAUGGACAGCACUCUAAGGGGCGGUUUCCUAGAAACAGAGUAGGCCUAGUCCUGGGCCCUUAUCCACAAAGCAUCUCAGAAAAGGUUCUUAAAACCUGUUUUUAGAUUUUAAAAAACUUUUAGGAGGAUGUGAAGACAUUGCCCAGACAAUCCUUGAGCCAGGAGUAAAAUAAACGGAUAAAAGUUUAUCUCAGCUGGUAAUCACGACAGUUUGAGGUACUGCAAAGGAAAGGUGGGGAUGACGCUCAUUGACAUUGUUGCAAAUUAUGGGGAAUAACCAAUCGUUAUGAGGCAUCGGCAGCUGUGAACUCUAUAUCACUCUUCAGACAACCACGGUGAAUGUGACUACAUCAAAUGUUGCCAUGGUAAAACUUUUGAUUUAACUUUGCCAACUCUUAAUUCUUGCCGAAUAUGUUGGAAGCAUAACCCUUUUUUUUGUACAAAUUCAGAUAAAAAAAUAAUAAUGUGAUAGGCAUAUUGCACUGAAUCAUACAGUAUGAUGGUUGUUAAACACAGAAUUUUGAUAAAUUACCGUUAUAUCAACACAUUUGCAUUAGGCGAGAAUGGUCAAUAUCAGGGGAUAUCUUUAUCUACACUAUAAAUACAAAAGUAUGUGGACACCCCUUCAAAUUAGUAUAUUCGGCUAUUUCAGCCACACCUGUUACUGACAGGUGUAUAAAAUUGAGCACACAGCCAUGCAAUCUCCAUAGACAAACUUUGGCAGUAGAAUAGCCUUACUGAAGAGCUCAGUGACUUUCAACGUGGCACCAUCAUAGGAUGCAAUCUUUCCAAAAAGUCAGUUCAUCAAAUUUCUGCCCUGCUAGAGCUGCCCCGGUCAACUGUAAGUGCUGUUAUUGUGAAGUAGAAAGUCUAGGAGCAACAACGGCUCAGCCACAAAGUGGUAGGACACACAAGCUCAAAGAAUGGGACCGCCGAGUGCUGAAGCACUUGGCACGUAAAAAUAAUCUGUCCUCGGUUGCAACACUCACUACCGAGUUGGAAGCAACGUCAGCACAAGAACUGUUCGAGUGCUGAAACGCGUACAGUGCCUUGCAAAAGUAUUCAUCCCCCUUGGCGUUUUUCCUAUUUUGUUGCAUUACAACCUGUGAUUUAAAUGUAUUUCUAUUUGCAUUUCAUGUAAUGGACAUACACAACAUAGUCCAAAUUGGUGAAGUGAAAUGAAAAAAAUAACUUGUUUCAAAAAAAUUAAUGACGGAAAAGUGGUGCGUGCAUAUGUAUUCACCCCCUUUGCUAUGAAGCCCCUAAAUAAGAUCUGGUGCAACCAAUUACCUUAAGAAGUCACAUAAUUAGUUAAAUAAAGUCCACCUGUGUGCAAUCUAAGUGUCACAUGAUCUCAGUAUAUAUAUACCUGUUCUGAAAGGCCCCCCAGAGUCUGCAACUCCACUAAGCAAGGGACACCACCAAGCAAGCGGCACCAUGAAGAGCAAGGAGCUCUCCAAAUAGGUCAGGGACAAAGUUGUGGAGAAGUACAGAUCAGGGUUGGGUUAUAAAAAAAUAUCAGAAACUUUGAACAUCCCUUUUAAAUCCAUUCAAAAAAUGUUUUGAAAGAAUAUGGCACCACAACAAACCUGCCAAGAGAGUGCCGCCCACCAAAACUCACGGACCAGGCAAGGAGGGCAUUAAUCAGAGAGGCAACAAAGAGACCAAAGAUAACCCUGAAGGAGCUGCAAAGCUCCACAGCGGAGAUUGGAGCAUCUGUCCAUAGGACCACUUUAAUCCGUGCACUCCACAGAGCUGGGCUUUAUGGAAGAGUGGCCAGAAAAAAGCCAUUGCUUAAAGAAAAAAAUAAGCAAACACGUUUGGUGUUCGCCAAAAGGCAUGUGGGAGACUCCCCAAACAUAUGGAAGAAGGUACUCUGGUCAGAUGAGACUAAAAUCUAGCUUUUUGGCCAUCAAGGAAAACGCUUUGUCUGGCACAAAUCCAACACCUCUCAUCACCCCGAGAACACCAUCCCCACAGUGAAGCAUGGUGGUGGCAGCAUCAUGCUGUGGGGAUGUUUUUCAUCGGCAGGGACUGGGAAACUGGUCAGAAUUGAAGGAAUGAUGGAUGGCGCUAAAUACAGGGAAAUUCUUGAGGGAAACCUGUUUCAGUCUUCCAGAGAUUUGAGACUGGGAAGGAGGUACACCUUCCAGCAGGACAAUGAUCCUAAGCAUACUGCUAAAGCAACACUCGAGUGGUUUAAGGGGAAAUAUUUAAAUGUCUUGGAAUGGCCUAGUCAAGCCCAGACCUCAAUCCAAUUGAGAAUCUGUGGUAUGACUUAAACAUUGCUGUACACCAGUGGAACCCAUCCAACUUGAAGGAACUGGAGCAGUUUUGCCUUGAAGAAUGGACGAAAAUCCCAGUGGCUAGAUGUGCCAAGCUUAUAGAGACAUACUCCAAGAGACUUGCAGCUGUAAUUGCUGCAAAAGGUGGCUCUACAAAGUAUUGUUUUUUUGUCUUAUUUCUUGUUUGUUUCACAAUAAAACAUAUUUUACAUCUUCAAAGUGGUAGGCAUGUUGUGUAAAUCAAAUGAUACAAACCCCCCCAAAAUCCAUUUUAAUUCCAGGUUGUAAGGCAAAAAAAAAUGAAAAAUGCCAAGGGGGGUGAAUACUUUCGCAAGCCACUGUAUAUGCGUGGAGGCCUGGAGAUGCUAAACGUGUUUGUUAAUUAACGGUAAAUUACCGUGAGACCGACAGUCUUUUGCAUGACAAUAACCGGCUGACCAAAUUUCAUGACCACCCCACAGCACUAGGGGUUUCCAUAAUAACUUGUGUGAUAGUUACAUGCCUCCCAUUCCACACACACUCUCUCUCUCAUUUUUAAGUAAUUAAUUUGCAUUUUAUUGCAUGACAUAAGUUUUUGAUACAUCAGAAAAGCAGAACUUAAUAUUUGGAACAGAAACCUUUGUUUGCAAUUACAGAGAUCAUACAUUUCCUGUAGGUCUUGACCAGGUUUGCAUACACUGCAGCAGGGAUUUUGGCCCACUCCUCCAUACAGACCUUCUCCAGAUCCUUCAGGUUUCGGGGCUGUCGCUGGGCAAUACGGACUUUCAGCUCCCUCCAAAGAUGUUCUAUUGGGUUCAGGUCUGGAGACUGGCUAGGCCACUCCAGGACCUUGAGAUGCUUCUUACGGAGCCACUCCUUAGUUGCCCUGGCUGUGUGUUUCGGGUCGUUGUCAUGCUGGAAGACCCAGCCACGACCCAUCUUCAAUGCUCUUACUGAGGGAAGGAAGUUGUUGGCCAAGAUCUCGCGAUACAUGGCCCCAUCCAGCCUCUCCUCAAUACGGUGCAGUCGUCCUGUCCCCUUUGCAGAAAAGCAUCCCCAAAAAUGAUGUUUCCACCUCCAUGCUUCACGGUUGGGAUGAUGUUCUUUGGGUUGUACUCAUCCUUCUUCUUCCUCCAAAAACGGCGAGUGGAGUUUAGACCAAAAAGCUCUAUUUUUGUCUCAUCAGACCACAUUACCUUCUCCCAUUCCUCCUCUGGAUCAUCCAGAUGGUCAUUGGCAAACUUCAGACGGGCCUGGACAUGCGCUGGCUUGAGCAGGGGGACCUUGCGUGCGCUGCAGGAUUUUAAUCCAUGACGGCGUAGUGUGUUACUAACGGUUUUCUUUGAGACUGUGGUCCCAGCUCUCUUCAGGUCAUUGACCAGGUCCUGCCGUGUAGUUCUGGGCUGAUCCCUCACCUUCCUCAUGAUCAUUGAUGCCCCACGAGGUGAGAUCUUGCAUGGAGCCCCAGACCGAGGGUGAUUGACCGUCACCUUGAACUUCUUCCAUUUUCUAAUAAUUGCGCCAACAGUUGUUGCCUUCUCACCAAGCUGCUUGCCUAUUGUCCUGUAGCCCAUCCCAGCCUUGUGCAGGUCUACAAUUUUAUCCCUGAUGUCCUUACACAGCUCUCUGGUCUUGGCCAUUGUGGAGAGGUUGGAGUCUGUUUGAUUGAGUGUGUGGACAGGUGUCUUUUAUACAGGUAACGAGUUCAAACAGGUGCAGUUAAUACAGGUAAUGAGUGGAGAACAGGAGGGCUUCUUAAAGAAAAACGAACAGGUCUGUGAGAGCCGGAAUUCUUACUGGUUGGUAGGUGAUCAAAUACUUAUGUCAUGCAAUAAAAUGCAAAUUAAUUACUUAAAAAUCAUACAAUGUGAUUUUCUGGAUUUUUGUUUUAGAUUCCGUCUCUGAUAGUUGAAGUGUACAUAUGAUAAAAAUUACAGACCUCUACAUGCUUUGUAAGUAGGAAAACCUGCAAAAUCGGCAGUGUAUCAAACACUUGUUCUCCCCACUGUACACACAUACAUACACACACACACACACACACACACAAUCAAAAUCAUAAUCAUUUAAUGAAGCCCUUAGUGGCCAGAUUGUUUCUCUUUUCAUUGUGUGCAUAUACAGUGGGGGAAAAAAGUAUUUAGUCAGCCACAAAUUGUGCAAGUUCUCCCACUUAAAAAGAUGAGAGAGGCCUGUAAUUUUCAUCAUAGGUACACGUCAACUAUGACAGACAAAAUGAGGAAAAAAAAUCCAGAAAAUCACAUUGUAGGAUUUUUUAUGAAUAUAUUUGCAAAUUAUGGUGGAAAAUAAGUAUUUGGUCAAUAUCAAAAGUACAGUUCGUAGAACUGGUGCAGGAUAUGCGGGACCGAGGAGGCGUACUGGAGACCAGGAGCGUUGAGCCGGCACACCCCGUCCUGACUGGAUGCCCAUCUUCGCACGGCACGUGCGUGGUGUAAGCACAGGACGUACAGGACUGUGCCGGCGCACUGGCGACACAGUACUUAGCUCCGCAUAACACGGAGCCUGCCCAGUCAUACGCUUCCUCGCGUGAGUACGGGGAGUUGGCUCUGCUCUGACACUAGGCUCCGCCAACCACCCCGUGUGCCCCCCCCUACAUUUUGUUGGGGCUGCUUCUCGGGCUUCCUCCUCGACCGGCCUCCUCCGCGUUGCCGUUGCUCCUCUCCUGCCUGGGCAUCUACCUUAGCCCAUGGUCCUCUCCCCGGAAAUAUCUCUUCCCAUGACCACAAAUUGCCCACCUGUGACAUGGCUACUCGCGCCGCCUGGGCACGCUGCUUGGUCCUCGUUUGGUGGGAUCUUCUGUCACGUUCGUUGAAGGACGGGUCAGACCAAGGCGCAGUGUGAAAUGUGUAUUAAACUAAAUAAACACACGACAAAACAAUAAACCAACGACACGUGAAGUCCUAAGGUAACACACAACAAACCUUACACGGAACAAGAUCCCACAACUAGACAGUGCCAAUAGGCUGCCUAAGUAUGGUCCCCAAUCAGAGACAACAAGCGACAGCUGCCUCUGAUUGGGAACCACACUGGCCAACAUAGAACUAUACAUACUAGAUUCCCCACAUAGAAAAAGCACAACAAGGAAUAUACACACCCUGACUCAACAUAUAAGCGUCCCCUGAGUCAGGGCGUGACAGUAACUCUUAACUGGUUAGGACAGCUCAUGAGGUCUCCUAAAUAUCUGUCAACUAGGUGGGACUGAAGAGGCUUCGUGCACAGCUUUUAUUGUUACCCAUCAGAGUAGGAGGAAAAUGUCUCUAUUCUCAGCGCUUACAGUACGACAAAUGUUCUACUCUGAGAAGCUUUGUGGAUACGGGCCCAGGACUAGGCUUAACCUGUGUCAGGAAACCCCCCCACCCCUAAAGGUUCAAUUUGACUUACCAUACACUUUCAAUGCACUGUGUGUGUGUUUACCAUGGGUCUCUCCAGUAACCCGAUAUACGCUAAGAAGGCCAGCAGCACGUCGGGUGGUGGGGACAGCUACGUGACCCUAUGGAGGAACUACCUGAUCCUGUGUUUUGGACUGGCCAAGCCCAGUAUCAUGAGCCCCGGCCACCUGAGAGCCUCCACCCCUGAGAUCACUACACCUGACGGCAGUAUCAGCUACGACAACAAGGUACAGUAUUCAGACCAAUUGACUUUAUCCACAUUUUGUUAUCUUACAGCCUUAUUCUAAAAUGGAUGAAGUUGUUUUUUCCCCCUCAUCAAUCUACACACAAUACCCCAUAAUGACAAAGCAAAAACAGGUUUUUAGAUUUAAAAAAUAGUAAAAUAAAUAAAAUAUUACAUCUACAUACGUUUUCAGAACCUUUACUCAGUACUUUGUUGAAGCACCUUUGGCAGCGAUUACAGCCUGGAGUCUUCUUGGGUAUGACGCUACUGUCAGGACCCGAUGCGAGAAACAGUCACUAAUAAUUGUCAGAACCCAGAAGAUGAGGCAGACACAGCAGUACUAGAGAUGGUGGUUUAAUAAAGAACAAAAAUCCUCAGGCAAAGAAACUAAAUCCACAAUGUCCAAAAAUAAAGCCAAGAGGCACAAAGAGGAAAACCUCCAAAAAACAAAGAAACUCCACAAAGUGGUAAAAAUCCCACCAGAGAAAUAUCCAUAUAACACAAGGCUUGGGCUGGGGCUGGGUGCUAACUUACAAACACUGAGCAAGGAACUGAGGAACACACAGGGUUUAAAUACUAACAGGGGAAUGACCUACAGGUGCAAACAAUAAUUAGAUCAAGAAAAAACAAAAGGUACAAAAAAGGUGCAAUGGGGACAUCUAGUGACCAAAACCCGAACAGUCAUGGCCAAAACCUGACAGAAUCCCCCUCCUAGGAACGGCUCCUGACGUUCCUACCAGCCUUCUCAGGGUGGAGGGCCCUGAACUGACGAAUGAGGUCAGGGUCCAGUAUGUCCUUGGCAGGAACCCAGGAGCGCUCCUCGGGACCGUAGCCUUCCCAGUCCACCAGAUACUGCCAGGACCGCUGCACCCGGCGGGAAUCCAGUAUCCGGUGGACGGUAUAAGCCGACUGGCCACCGAUGACACGGGGCGGAGGGGGAGGUCUGCCUGCCGGAAUAAGGGGAGAAAAAACAACAGGUUUUAAUAAAGAAAUGUGAAAUGUUGGAUUGAUCUUAAGGGAUCUGGGUAAGUGCAGGCGAAAAGUAACGGGAUUGACUCUCCUGGCAAUCUUAAAGGGACCGAUGAACCUCUGGGACAGCUUGCGAGACUCCACCCGUAGCGGUAGGUUCUUAGUUGAGAGCCAUACUCUCUGGCCGGGGUACAGGGUAGGACCGGGACGGCGACCUCUGUUGGCUUGUCGUUGGUACUGCUGAGAGGAACGCAGAAGAUUAAGACGUGCCUUCUUCCACGUAAGCCGACAGCGUCUGAUGAACCUCGAGGCUGAAGGCACUCUGACUUCUGCCUCCUGGUCCGGGAACAGUAGAGGUGCAUAGCCAAACUGACACUCAUGCGGGGACAUACCAGUGGAGGAGGAGCACAAGGUGUUGUGCGCGUACUCGGCCCAAACAAUGAAGGAUGACCAAGUGGACGGGUUGUUGGAAACCAUGCAUCUGAGGGUGGUUUCCAGCUCCUGAUUCAUCCUCUCAGUUUGGCCAUUGGACUCCGGAUGGUACCCGGAAGAUAAACUGGCCGUGGCCCCUAUGAGUUGGCAGAAGGCCUUCCAAAACCUUGAGGCGAACUGGGGACCUCUGUCGGAAACCAUAUCUUGCGGGAUCCCAAAGACUCGGAACACAUGGUUAAUCACCAACUCAGCUGUUUCCUUGGCAGAAGGUAAUUUGGUCAAAGGAACAAACCUGGCCGCCUUAGAAAACCUGUCGAUGAUGACUAGGAUCGUAGUAUUACCAUGGGACGGAGGAAGGCCAGUAAUAAAGUCCAAUGAGAUAUGGGACCAGGGUCGGUGGGGAAUAGAUAGAGGGUGAAGGAGUCCUUGAGGGCGAAGGUGAGAAGAUUUGCCCUGGCAGCACACGGAACAGGCCUUGAUGAAAGUGGCAACGUCUUCCUUCAUGGUGGGCCACCAGAACUUACGCUGGAUGAACUCCAAGGUGCGGCCUAUGCCCGGGUGACAGGUGAGGCGAGAGGAGUGCCCCCACCGAAGGACUUGGGACCUUGCUGCCUUGGGAACAAACAACCGAUUAGCAGGACCUCCACCAGGGCCCGGUUCGAUGGCUUGAGCUUGUUUCACGGUAUCCUCCACUUGCCACGAGAUCGGAGCCACGAUCUUAGCGGCCGGAAGGACAGUCAUGUCAGUAUCUUCUCGAAUGGCAGGAGAGUAGAUUCGUGACAAGGCGUCCGGUUUGAGAUUCUUCGACCCGGGUCUAUAGGUGAGGAUAAACUGAAAUCGGCUGAAGAAAAGAGACCAUCGAGCUUGUCUGGCGUUCAACCGCUUCGCCUGCUGGAUAUACUCCAGAUUCUUGUGGUCCGUAAGCACUUGAAACGGUUGAGAAGCCCCCUCGAGCCAGUGUCUCCAUUCCUUCAAUGCCAUCUUAACCGCUAGGAGUUCACGGUCCCCCACAUCGUAAUUCCUCUCGGCCGGGGUAAGCCGGUGAGAGAAGAAGGCGCAAGGAUGAAGCUUCUUGUCUCCACCCCUCUGAGACAGGACAGCUCCAACCCCAACCUCUGAUGCGUCUACCUCCACCACAAAAGGUUCCUCCGCCGUUGGUAGUGUCAGGAUGGGAGCAGAGAGGAUGCGCUGCUUGAGUCCUUGGAAGGCCGUCUCAGCUUCUCUUCCCCACAGAAACCUUGUGUUGCCACCCUUGGUUACCGCCGAGAGAGGGGCUGCCACCGAGCUGAAGUUCUUGAUGAACUUGCGGUAAAAGUUGGUGAAGCCCAGGAAACGUUGAACUUCCUUAACGGACUUGGGGGUGGGCCAAUCCGCUACCGCCUCUACCUUCUUGGGGUCCAUCUGGACUCGUCCGGGUUCCACUAUAAAUCCCAGGAAUUGUACUCGAGAGGAAUGGAAUUCACACUUCUCCGGCUUAACGUACAAAUGGCUGUCUAGGAGGCGUUUGAGCACUUGUCUGACAUGCUUAGUGUGUUCUUGAAGGGAGCUCGAAAAGAUGAGGAUGUCAUCCAAGUACACAAACACGAAGAUGUUAAGCAUAUCCCUAAGCACAUCGUUUAUGAGCGCUUGGAACACAGCCGGAGCGUUGGUCAGGCCGAAGGGCAUCACCGAGUAUUCGUAGUGCCAGUAGGCGUGUUGAAAGCGGUCUUCCACUCGUCCCCGGGUUUGAUCCGCACAAGAUGGUAUGCGUUCCGAAGGUCAAGCUUAGUGAAGACAACUGCUUCCUGGAGCAGCUCAAAGGCUGUGGCCAUAAGAUGUAGCGGGUAGCGGUUACGGACAGUUAUGGCAUUGAGUCCCCGGUAGUCGAUGCAAGGUCGUAAUCCGCCGUCUUUCUUGGCCACAAAGAAAAACCCUGCUCCCGCCGGCGAGGUAGAUGGACGCAUGAGGCCUGCUGUCAGAGCGUCCUUGAUGUAGGUAUCCAUAGCAGCUCGUUCGGGUGGAGAAAGGGAAAAGAUCCGACCCCUGGGAGGGCAGGUCCCCGGCAACAGGUCGAUGGUGCAAUCGUAAGGUCUAUGGGGUGGUAGUUUGGUGGCCCUCUGUUUGCUAAAUACCAGUUUGAGGUCAUGGUAACACUCGGGAACUCGGGACAAGUCGAUGGAUUCUAGAGACUCGGAAGGAGAACUCUGGGAACUCGGGAAGAUACAAGUGGCUUGGCACGUGGGACCCCACUGCUUGAUAGUGCCCACAGACCAGUCGAUGUGAGGGUUAUGGCUGUGAAGCCAGGGAUAGCCAAGGACGAGAGGAAACUCGGAACAGGCGAUCAGAUGAAAGUUCAUCACUUCCUUGUGUUGGGAAACUGAAAGUCGUAAGGGGGUAGUGGCACGAGUGACAAGUCCAGAUCCCAAAGGACUUCUAUCCAACGUAGUAACCCUUAUGGGGUCACUUAGAGGUUCAGACGGAACGCCAUUCUCCUUCGCCCAGAUCCCAUCCAUGAAGUUACCUGCGGCUCCAGAGUCUACCAAGGCUUGAAGAGAAACCUCGUGGUCGUCAAAGGAAAGGGUAACAGGAAUGAGCAGGCGGGAGUUGGAUGGAUGGGAGGAGGUUAUGUUUCCCGUUACAGUCCUCCCAGGCCUGCACGGGAGAGUGCGUUUCCCUGGAGCCCGGGACACGUGGAGCGGAAAUGGCCCGGUUUGCCGCAAUAUAGACAGCAUCGCUCCCUCAUUCGGCGGUCUCUCUCAGCCUGGGAGAUGCGUCCAACCUGCAUGGGUUCUGGUGGAGCCAGCGAGGAUAAAGGUGGAGACUCGGAGUUGGAACCGAUAGGAACUAGGGUGAGCGGUCUAUGGUUUUGUUCUCUCUCUCUCAGACGCUGGUCUAUGCGUGAAGCCAACUUGAUAAGGGACUCGAGGUUGUCCGGUGGUUCCCGAGUGGCCAGUUCAUCUUGGAUGGUGUCAGAAAGACCCUUCAAAAAACACACUGUGAGCGCCUCGUCGUUCCAGCCACUUGCUGCUGCCACAGUGCGGAACUGGAUGGCAUAGUCCGUCACGCUGCGCCGACCUUGGCGGAGAGUCAGGAGCUGUUUGGCUGAGUCAGGGCCGUUGGUAGGACCUUGAAACACUCGCUUGAAUUCUUCAGCAAAGGUAGAGUAGCUGGCACAGCAGGGACUUUGGGCAUCCCACACAGCAGUAGCCCAGGCUAGAGCCUUUUCCGACAGCAGGGUGAUGAUAUAUGCUAUCUUGGACCGGUCGGUGGGAAACGACGAUGGUUGCAGCUAAAAGGAGAGAGAACAUUGGGUGAAAAACCCCUUACAAACACUUGGGUCCCCUGAGAACCGUUGAGGAGGCGGCAGACGAGGUUCCGCCAGGGGAUUAACUGCCAGGAGCCCUUGAAUCGGAUGAACUGGAGCAGAAGCGGUUGCCGGGGAAAGUCGAUCCGAAAUCUGCUUUAUGGAAGUCAGCAUCUCUGACAGAAGUUGAGAAUGUCUAGCCAUUAAGGCCUCUUGCUGAACCAGAGCAGCUUCGUGGCGUUGGACAGUCCCCUCAUGGUGGGACAGCAUGGAAAAAAAAUCCUGGGUACUGGCUGCCUCUGGGUUCAUAAUAAGGGCUCAGUGUUUCUGUCAGGACCCGAUGCGAGAAACAGUCACUAAUAAUUGUCAGAACCCAGAAGAUGAGGCAGACACAGCAGUACUAGAGAUGGUGGUUUAAUAAAGAACAAAAAUCCUCAGGCAAAGAAACUAAAUCCACAAUGUCCAAAAAUAAAGCCAAGAGGCACAAAGAGGAAAACCUCCAAAAAACAAAGAAACUCCACAAAGUGGUAAAAAUCCCACCAGAGAAAUAUCCAUAUAACACAAGGCUUGGGCUGGGGCUGGGUGCUAACUUACAAACACUGAGCAAGGAACUGAGGAACACACAGGGUUUAAAUACUAACAGGGGAAUGACCUACAGGUGCAAACAAUAAUUAGAUCAAGAAAAAACAAAAGGUACAAAAAAGGUGCAAUGGGGACAUCUAGUGACCAAAACCCGAACAGUCAUGGCCAAAACCUGACAGCUACAAGCUUGGCACACCUUUAUUUGGGGAGUUUCUCCCAUUCUUCUCUGCAGAUCCUCUCAAGCUCUGUCAGGUUGGAUGGGGAGCGUCGGUGCGCUGCUAUUUUCAAGUCUCUCCAGAGAUGUUUGAUCAGGUUCAAGUCCGGGCUCUGGCUAGGCCACUCAAGGACAUUUAGAGACUUGUCCUGAAGCCACUCCUGCGUUGUCUUGGCUGUGUGCUUAGGGUCGUUGUCCUGUUGGAAGGUGAACCUUCGCCCCAGUCUGAGGUCCUGAGCGCUCUGAUUUCAGGUUUUCAUCAAGGAUUUCUCUGUACUUUGCUCCGUUCAUCUUUCCCUUGGUCCUUACUAGUCUCCUAGUCCCUGCCAUCCCCACAGCAUGAUGCUGCCACCACCAUGCUUCACCGUAGGGAUGGUUCCAGGUUUCCUCCAGACGUGACGCUUGUCAUUCAGGCCAAAGAGUUCAAUCUUGGUUUCAUCAGACCAGACAAUCUUGUUUCUCAUGGUCUGAGAGACCUUUAGGUGCCUUUUGGCAAACUCCAAGUGGGCUGUAAUGUGCCUUUUACUGAGGAGUGGCUUCCGUCUGGCCACUCUACCAUAAAGGCCUGAUUGGUGGAGUGCUGCAGAGAUGGUUGUCCUUCUGGAAGGUUCUCCCAUCUCCACAGAAGAACUCUGGAGCUCUGUCAGAGUGACCAUCGGGUUCUUGGUCACCUCCCUGACCAAGGCCUUUCUCCCCCGAUUGCUCAGUUUGGCCGGGCGGCCAGCUCUAGGAAGAGUCUCGGUGGUUCCAGACUUCUUCCAUUUAAGAAUGAUGGAGGCCACUGUGUUCUUGGGGACCUUCAAUACUGCAGAAACUUUUUGGCACCCUUCCCCAGAUCUGUGCCUCAACACAAUCCUGUCUCGGAGCUCUACGGACAAUUCCUUCAACCUCAUGGCUUGGUUUUUGCUCUGACAUGCACUGUCAACUGUGGGACCUUAUAUAGACAGGUUUGUGCCUUUCCAAAUCAUGUCCAAUCAAUAGAAUUUACCACAGGUGAACUUCAGUCAAGUUAUAGAAACAUCUCAAGGAUGAUCACUGGAAACAGGAUGCACCUCAGCUCAAUUUCGAGUCUCAUAGCAAAGGGUCUGAAUACUUAUGCAAAUAAGGUAUUUCUGUUUUUUAUUUUUAAUACAUUUGAAAAGAAAACAAAACCUGUUUUUGCUUUGUCAUUAUGGGGUAUUGUGUGUAGAUUGAUGAUAAUUGUUUUAUUUAAUCCAUUUUAGAGUAAGGCUGUAACGUAACGAAAUGUGGAAAAAGGGAAGGGGUCUGAAUACUUUCUGAAUGCACUGUAGAUAUCUCCCCCUCUCACAGGUAGAUUUUCCCAACUAGGGACCUAGGGACUAACUAACUCCCCACAGGGACUAACUAACACCCCAUAGGAACUAGCUAACUCCCCUCAAAGUUUGUAAAGUGACAUGGUUAUCCUUUCUACUGUGGUUUGCUCUGGUUUGGAAAACCAUGUGAAUAAGUUGUGUUGUCAUUUGGAAAGACGUCUGAGUUGUGUGUGUGUGUGUACCAGGUGAUUGGAACUGAAUUGUGUGUGAUGCACAAUGUUUUGUGUGUGUACUAACUGUAAGUCGCUCUGGAUAAGAGCGUCUGCUAAAUGACUAAAAUGUAAAUGUAAAAAUGUGCAUUCAAAAAGUAAAAUAGUAUGUGAACGUUAGUUAAGGUUAGCUAACAUAUCCAUUCGUUUUGUGUUAACCGUAAACAUUUGUUAUCUCAAAGUCUGAGAUGGUAGUGUGCAGCGAACGUAAGUGUCUAUUUCGGGUCUAAACUGCCACUACAAAUAAUAAUGUGGCCAUGUAGGCUUAUGUACAGUACCAGUCAAAAUUUUGGACACACCUACUCAUUCAAGGGUUUUUCUUUAUUUUUACUAUUUUUUACAUUGUAGAAUAAUAGUGAAGACAUCAAAACUAUGAAAUAACACAUAUGGAAUCAUGUAGUAACCCAAAAAGUGUUAAACAAAUCAAAAUAUAUUUUAUAUUUGAGAUUCUUCAAAUAGCCACCCUUUGCCUUGAUGACAGCUUUGCACACUCUUGGCAUUCUCUCAACCAGCUUCACCUGGAAUGCUUUUCCAACAGUCUUGAAGGAGUUCCCACAUAUGCUUAGCACUUGUUGGCUGCUUUUCUUUCACUCUGCUGUCCGACUCAUCCCAAGCCAUCUCAAUUGGGUUGAGGUCGGAGGAUUUUGGAGGCCAGGUCAUCUGAUGCAGCACUCCAUCACGCUCCUUCUUGGUCAAAUAGCCCUUACACAGCCUGGAGGUGUGUUGGGUCAUUGUCCUGUUGAAAAACAAAUGAUAGUCCCACUAAGCCCAAACCAGAUGGGAUGGCGUAUCGCUGCAGAAUGCUGUGGUAGCCAUGCUGGUUAAGUGUGCCUUGAAUUCUAAAUAAAUCACAGACAGUGUCACCAGCAAAGCACGCCGACACCAUAACACCUCCUCCUCCAUGCUUUACGGUGGUAAAUACACACGUGGAGAUCAUCCGUUCACCCACACCGCAUCUCACGAAGACACGGCGGUUGGAACCAAAAAUCUUGAAUUUGGAGUCCAGACCAAAGGACACAUUUCCACAUCUAAUGUCCAUUGCCCGUGUUUCUUGGCCCAAGCAGGUCUCUUCUUCUUAUUGGUGUCCUUUAGUAGUGGUAUCUUUGCAGCAAUUAGACCAUGAAGGCCUGAUUCACACAGUCCCCUCUGAACAGUUGAUGUUGAGAUGUGUCUGUGACUUGAACUCAGUGAAGCAUUUAUUUGGGCUGCCAUUUCUGAAGCUGGUAACUCUAGUGAACUUAUCCUCUGCAGCAGAGAUAACUCUGGGUCUUCCAUUCCUGUGGUGGUCCUCAUGAGAGCCAGUUUCAUCAUAGCGCUUGAUGGUUUUUGCGACUGCACUUGAAGAAGCUUUCAAAGUUCUUGAAAUGUUCCGUAUUGACUGACCUUCAUGUCUUAAAGUAAUGAUGGACUGUCGUUUCUCUUUGCUUAUUUGAGCAGUUUUUGCCUUAAUAUGGACUUGGUCUUUUACCAAAUACGGCUAUCUUCUGUAUACCCCCCCUACCUUGUCACAACACAACUGAUUGGCUCAAAUGCAUUAAGAAGGAAAGACAUUUCACAAAUUAACUUUUAAGAAGGCACACCUGUUAAUUGAAAUGCAUUCCAGGUGACUACCUCAUGAAGCUUGUUGAGAGAAUGCCAAGAGUGUGCAAAGCUGUCAUCAAUGCAAAGGGUGGCUACUUUGAACAAUCUCAAAUAUAAAAUAUAUUUUGAUUUGUUUAACACUUUUUGGGUUACUACAUGAUUCCAUAUGUGUUAUUUCAUAGUUUUGAUGUCUUCACUAUUAUUCUACAAUGUAAAAAAUAGUAAAAAUAAAGAAAAACCCUUGAAUGAGUAGGUGUUUCCAAACUUUUGACUGGUAGUGUAUAUUAAAUGUAAUAGGAAUAGCAAAUGAGUCAUUUGCAGUUUGAUUAUUGGCACUAAAAUGCCUCACAAAAAUUAGCUGUUCGAUUUUUCACCGUAACAUUUUGGAAUAUUCAUUCAAAUCGUCCAACUGAAAUUGUGACUAGGUAACAUGUUCUGCCGCAAACAGAAGCCUGGUUGAACGCUCCUCAAGUGAUUGGCACUGGGUUGUACAAUGUUUUGUGUGUGUACCAGGUGAACGUGACUGAGUUGUCUGUGAUGUACAAUGUUUUGUGUGUGUGUGUACCAGGUGAUUGGGACCCCCUCAGUGGCGUGGCUCCUGAAGCAGCUGGUCCCUCUAAUGAGAGCAGAGAGCAUCGAGUUGACAGAGUCCUUGGUGCUGGGCUUUGGACGCACCAACUCCCUGGUCUUCAGGUACAACACGCUCGCACACACACAUACACACUAAAGUUGCCCCUGAUCAGUGUAGGAGUUAGCUAAGCAAAGGCUAUUUGUUUUAAGAAUUUCCUCAGUACGUGAUUAUGGCAAUAAUCAUUCCAGUUAUAUUUGACAUGUAGCAGCACACCUGGGUGAUUUAUCAGUGUCUUACCUCCACUCCAGGGAGAAGUUUCCCCUAGGUACAGAUCAAGGAUCAGCUUCCCCUCCCCCGUUCCGAACCGUAACCAUAAAUGGGGAAAUUGCUAAACUGACCCAAGAUACGCAGCUAGAGGAAACUUCACCCUACACCCUUUUAUUCAGUCAAACAGAAACUUGAGAUAUUAAUUGGUUUAAUGUGAGGGAUUGAACACAGAGUGGUACAUUCCAGUCUUUUUCAGUUUGGACAUAUCCCCUUCUCUUUGUUCCGGGUAGACUUAAUUUUUGCCCAAAUACCCUUUUCUUGGAAAUCAAUUUAAUCAGUGCAAAACACUGCAAGCCUCAAUCUACUGUGCUUUUUUGUGAAUGUUUGUGAAAUUGUUUUUCAUCACAUUUCAGAACAUAUAAUAUAGUACUUUGGUAUAGUAGAUAAUUUAUGUAAUCACAGAGAUCCUAUUAAAUUACUAACUAGCUAACAUACAUACAGUGAUAUAUGAUAUUAUACCACAUAUAUGAUAUUAUACCACAUUUGAUCCUUUUCUAGAAUGAAAGGUUUCCUGAGCAAGAUGGAUGUUUUUUAGGCAUGUUGCUAGGAUCCAAAUGUCCAUUCUAGAGUUCUAUAUGUAAUUCUGUGUGUGUCUAGAGAGCUGUUAGAGGAGCUGCAUCCUUUAAUGAAGGAGACUUUGGAGAGAAGACCAGAGGUGAGCUAUGGGCAUAAUCAUCAUAACGCACCCCAUUGUUCUUACAUACACAACUACUACUUUGCAACAUAUUGCAAGUCAUUGAAUAUAGAGGGGAGGUCAUUGCCUGAUGACACAUUGUAGAUGAAACAGCUAUUUGAAGAAGUGCCUAUCUGAUGGAUCUCUCGUCUCUCUUUUCCUCCCAUUCUAUCUCUUUAUCUCUCUCGCUCCUCCCCCUCUCUCUGUCUUUCUGUCUCAGAACAAGAAGCGUCGUGAGCGGAGAGACCUCCUGAGGCUGCAGCUGCUGAGGAUAUUUGAGCUGCUGGCUGACUCUGGUGUCAUCAGUGAUAGGUUAGAGUCCCAUUCACUGACCAAUCACUGUACAGGAGGCUGCUGAGGGGAGGACGACUCAUAAUAAUGGCCGGAACGGAGCAAAUGGAAUGGGAUCAAACACAUGGAAACAAUGUGCUGGGUGUAUUUGAUACCAUUCCACCCAUUCUGCUCCAGCCAUUACCAUGAGCCCAUCCUCCCCAAUUAAGGUGCCACCAACCUCCUGUGAAUCCCUGACACGCUCACUGACACGCUCUCUGACAUAACCCACACUCUCUGACACACUCUCUGACACACAAUCCACACUCACUGACAUGCUCACUGGCACACUCACGGUCAUGCUGGAGACACUGCCCAGCACACUGGGCAGCACAGGACCCACAGAAUACCUCUGUCCUCUCUUGGAUGUGAAAGCAACAGUAUGGUUUCGAAAAUGUAAAUAAAGUAAAUGAACUGUUGUCUUGACUGAUAUUCUCUUCUAUCUGUCCAUCUGUCUGUGUGUCUGUCUGGUGUCCACAGCACCAAUGGGGCUCUGGAGCGGGACACGUUGGCCCUGGGAGCUCUGUUCCUGGAGUACGUGGACCUGACGCGGAUGCUUCUGGAGGCGGAGAACGACAAAGAGCUGGAGAUCCUCAAGGACAUCCGAGCUCACUUCAGUGCCAUGAUGGCCAACCUUAUCCAGUCUGUUCCCGGUAAAUGCCCAAAUUACUUUUUGGCCGACAUUUUAGGUUGUGUCCCAAACGGCACCCUCUUCCCUAUAUAGUGCACUACUUUUGAACAGAGCCUUAUGGAUCCAAAAUAACUGUGUUUCAACAGAAUGUGUGUGUUUUCAGGUCCCCCUAGAUGCGCACUGUCACCAAAAAUAUCCUACUUUUUGGUAGCUUAUGAUUGAUGAAAACAGACCUCCAUGUGGCAAGGGUUGGUGCAGGCCUAGGGAAUGCAGGGACAUUGAUCUUGAUUUGGCCAUAUUCCAAGGGACACCAGUCCUAAAAUAGUGCAGCUUAAAUGGGGAAGGCAAGGGCAGAUGAUGACUCAUUGGCAGCCAGACUUCAGACUUCCUGACUGCCUGAUGAAUGAGAGAUGAGAGACGGAGGUGGAACACGACUGUAGUCCAUCGGUGAAUCCCAAACUAGCCCAUAGAGUGGCGAGGGGAUCAAUAAACCCAUCAACCUCGGGACACACUUAUGACUUGGAUGAUGCAAUUCAUGUUACACAUUUAAAUAAUAAAAAGAGCAUGAAAUUCAAAUGAACAAAUUCCCUGUGGCGUUUUACAAGAUAUAAAUCUCAUUAACAGUUAAACAUUUCAUUUAGAUGUAUUUCAUUGAUUUUAUGUGUCAAGCCUCGCAAUCAGACACAAAUGCAUGUGUCAGAAAAAAGGCACGCCUCAAUUCCUUUGUAUGAAAUGGCGCAAACUCCAAACAUAUUGAAGUGCGUGAUGAGAUAGCACUUCGCUCUGGAGCCUGCAGCCUUGCUGGCUUGGUCGAAGUGGCUAUCUGACGGUGUAAUUAGCCCCUACACCCUCAAUCAUUUUCACUACCUCAACUUUGGGACACUUGUGCAUAUGGCGGAGGCACACGUGAAUGGGCAAAUGGAGGGCCGAGGGGAAGGGAAAGGGGAAGAACCGGUUUGGGAUUCAGCAUAGGCUCUCUCUCAGGAAACACUUAGUCACUCAGCCCAUACAGUAGAAGUUUGUAAUGCCCCAGUGAUUUCAUAGGCUCUCUCUCAGGAAACGCUUAGUCACUCAGCCCAUACAGUAGCGGUUUGUAAUGCCCCAGUGAUUUCAUAGGCUCUCUCUCAGGAAAUGCUUAGUCACUCAGCCCAUACAGUAGCAGUUUGUAAUGUCCCAGUGAUUUCAUCGGCUCUCUGUCAGGAAACGCUUAGUCACUCAGCUCAUACAGUAGCAGUUUGUAAUUCCCCAGUGAUUUCAUCGGCUCUCUCUCAGGAAACGUUUAGUCACUCAGCCCAUACAGUAGCAGUUUGUAAUGCCCCAGUGAUUUCAUCGGCUCUCUCUCAGGAAACACUUAGUCACUCAGCCCAUACAGUAGAAGUUUGUAAUGCCCCAGUGAUUUCAUAGGCUCUCUCUCAGGAAACGCUUAGUCACUCAGCCCAUACAGUAGAAGUUUGUAAUGCCCCAGUGAUUUCAUCGGCUCUCUCUCAGGAAACGCUUAGUCACUCAGCCCAUACAGUAGCAGUUUGUAAUGCCCCAGUGAUUUCAUCGGCUCUCUCUCAGGAAACACUUAGUCACUCAGCCCAUACAGUAGAAGUUUGUAAUGCCCCAGUGAUUUCAUAGGCUCUCUCUCAGGAAACGCUUAGUCACUCAGCCCAUACAGUAGAAGUUUGUAAUGCCCCAGUGAUUUCAUCGGCUCUCUCUCAGGAAACGCUUAGUCACUCAGCCCAUAAAGUAGCAGUUUGUAAUGCCCCAGUGAUUUCAUUGGCUCUCUCUCAGGAAACGCUUAGUCACUCAGCCCAUACAGUAGCAGUUUGUAAUGCCCCAGUGAUUUCAUAGGCGCUCUCUCAGGAAAUGCUUAGUCACUCAGCCUAUACAGUAGAAGUUUGUAAUGCCCCAGUGAUUUCAUAGGCUCUCUCUCAGGAAAUGCUUAGUCACUCAGCCCAUACAGUAGCAGUUUGUAAUGCCCCAGUGAUUUCAUCGGCUCUCUCUCAGGAAAUGCUUAGUCACUCAGCCCAUACAGUAGCAGUUUGUAAUGUCCCAGUGAUUGUGAUGCCCAGAGACUGUUCUGUGAAGGGGACUAACUGGGACAUUUUACUGUCCUUCUCCUCUUCCUCUCCUCCUCUUCUCCUCCAGUACACCACCGACGCUUCCUGUUCCCGCAGCAGAGCCUAAGGCACCACCUCUUCAUCCUGUUCAGCCAAUGGGCCGGUCCCUUCAGCGUCAUGUUCACGCCUCUUGAUCGGUACAGUGACAGGAACCACCAGAUCACCAGAUACCAGUACUGCGCCCUCAAGGUACAUCAGUCAAUCACAUGUGUUAUUUGUAUAGUGCUUUUACUAAACCAUUUGUCACAAAGUGCUUAACAGUUUUAUCUGUUUUUUAUUUCAUUUAACUGUACUGUAUAUACACUGAGUGUACAACACAUUAUGAACACCUGCUCUUUCCAUGACAUAGACUGACCAGGUGAAUCCAGGUGAAAGCUAUGAUCCCUUAUUGAUGUCACUUGCUAAAUCCACUUCAAUCAGUGUAGAUGAAGGGAGGAGACACGUUAAAGAAUAAUUUUUAAGCCUUAAGACAAUUGAGACAUGGAUUGUGUAUGUGUGCCAUUCAGAGGCUGACUGGGAAAGACAAAAGAUUGAAGUGUCUUUGAACGGGGCCAGGCGCACCAGUUUGUGUCACGAACUGCAACGCUGCUGGGUUUUACACACUCAUCAGUUCCCCGUGUGUCUCAAGAAUGGUCCACCACCCAAAGGACAUCCAGCCAACUUGACAACUGUGGGAAGCAUUGGAGUCAACAUGGGCCAGCAUCCUGUGAAACGCUUUCGACACCUUGUAGAAGGUUUUCUUAAUGUUUUGUACACUCAGUGUAUGAAUAGUGUGUAAAUAGUAUUUUUGGUGUCUUUCCUCUAUAUAACUGUUAUUUCAUAUUUUUAUUUAAUGUAAUAUCUUAUGAUGUUCUUGUCUAUAACUGUUCUGUACUUUGCCAUGUAUUAGUAUGUUUUAUGUGGACCCCAGGAAGAGUAGCUGCUGAAUGUGCAGUCCUAAUAAACUAAACUAAACAGUAACCUUGCCUAGUCCCGGGAAGACCAAGCAGUAGCACAACAGCAAUGGAAAACUCCCAGAAAUAAAUCCUCAUUUGGCUGUACCCAGUGGGCAAAGUGGUUGAAAUGUCAGGCUGACAUUUUGAUAUUUUUAUGUGAUGUUAUGGUCAGGUUGUGUUCUAUUGAAAAAGGACAGAAGUAUUUUUAGUGACCAAAAAAACGUGUCUUUACCUGGUUGUAAUCUGACGUCACUACAACCAGAUUACAAAAUAUGACGUUUCGCAGACAUUUUGAUGACAUCAGUUAAAGUGUUUUUAUCUGGUUGUAAUCUGGCCUUCUGGGUAUCGGGUAUUAGUUCAGAGUUGACCGUCUAGGCCAGACAGUUGUCCACUUACAUGCCGUGGUACAUCAACUCUCCAUCCCACUUCCUCUGAACUCCAGAACCUCUUAUUCACAUUAACACCUUUCUGUCUGUGUUAAGGGUUAAAGUACAUAUUGUUCCUCAUGGGAGAUUUCCCUGGUUCUACAGCACUACUUGUAAAACCUGUGCUUUGGAAAUGAUAAGGAAACAAAGUGCUGCAUGUGGUUUUAAGUUACCGUACAAUGCGGCAAUGUCAAUUCGCAGUUUAGCCAGUGCUAAAUUUAAACUUUUCCCAGCUGCCGCUAAUUUUGACUCCAGUCCAGACAAACCGUGGAGUCACCCAUUUUCUAACUUUAUCCCUCAACUCCACAUAUAUAUUUAAAAGCCAUACCUUAUGGACCAGGGGAAAUGUAUAGCUGGAAUCCAAACCAUGUCAAGACAACAUAGAAUCCGAUGUCUCUAAGAAAUGUUAGGUUAUAAAUGAGAUGUGAUGAUGCUGACCAAGCAAGCCUAUGUUGGAGACAUUCCAGUCCAGUUGACUGACUGUUUGCAGUCCAGUUGACUGACUGUUUGCAGUCCAGUUGACUGACUGUUUGCAGUCCAGUUGACUGACUGUUUGCGGUGUGUCUUGGCGCAAAGGGGGACACACCCUUUAAAAUGAUGUCAGCGUUGUUGAUUGAUCUACUGCAAACAAAGACCGUGACAGGGAGACCAUCUACUUUGCAUGGAGAACUGCUGGACAUUUCAAUCAGCUUCUGUACCAGUGGUUCACCCCAUUGUCCCAACAGGCUUUGAAACACUAUCACUGUGUUGUUGGGAGGUACACUCUUAGAAAAAUAGGUGCUAUCUAGAACCUGAAACUGUUCUUCAGCUGUCCCCAUAGGAAAACCAUUUGAAGAACCCUUUUGGUUCCAAGUAUAACCAUUUUGGGUUCCAUAUAGAACCCUUUCCACAGAGGGUUCUACAUGGAACCCAAAAGGGUUCUACCUGAAUACAACGUGUUAAGUGCGUUUGUCACAUUUUUAGCAGUAUUAAUUUAGUGCCUUAUUGCAAACAGGAUGCCUGUUUUGGAAUAUUUUUAUUCUGUACAGGCUUCCUUUUCACUCUGUCAAUUAGGUUAGUAUUGUGGAGUAACUACAUUAAACUCUAACUGUUUUAAAGUCACCAUUGACCUCAUGGUGAAAUCCCUGAGCGGUUUCCUUCCUCUCUGGCAACUGAGUUAGGAAGGAUGCCUGUAUCUUUGUAGUGACUGGGUGUAUUGAUACACCAUCCAAAGUGUAAUUAAUAACUGUUGAAUGCUUAUUGACUCAAGACAUUUCAGCUUUUCAUUUUUUAUUAAUUUGUAAACAUUUUGAAAAACACAAUUCCACUUUGACAUUAUGGGGUAUUGUGUGUAAACAUCUAAAUGUAAUCAAUUUUAAAUUCAGGCUGUAACACAACAAAAUGUGGAAAAAGUCAAGGAGUGUGAAUACUUUCUGAAGGCACUGUAUAUGCAGCACUACCCAACCUUUAUGGUUAGUGCUGGAAGCCACAGCGUGAUGGUACAGAAGCUAUACAGCACCCAACCUUUAUUAGGGACGAGGUGUCUGAAGUCAUCCUGAGCAGGGGGUUGGUCCUUCUGCCAUGUCCUACUGUUUCUAGAGUGGGUGUGUUUGUUUCUCUAGGCCAUGUCUGCUGUGUUGUGCUGUGGACCUGUGUUCGACAACGUUGGACUGUCCCCAGAAGGAUACCUCUAUAAGUGGCUGGAUAACAUACUAGCCUGCCAGGACAUACGGGUAUGUGAUGUGGCCACACACACCCAUGUUUUGUUCUUCUAUCCUCGUGGGGAUCUAAAAUUAAUUUCCAUUCAAAAUCCUAUUUACCCUAUCACCUAACCCUAAACCUUACCCUUACCCUAACCUGUAACUCUAACCCAAACCCUAAACAUAACUCCUAAUCCUAAUUCUAACCCUAAUCCUAACCCAUAAAAUUAAAAUAGCUGCGCGCGCACACACACACACAAUGACCCAAAUAGCCCUCUGAUAGUUUGCUUAGUUUCCUCGCAGUAAAACAUGCCAACUGUUCCCUGUUGUUUUGAUCAGGUGCGGGGAGGCAGUGAAUGUUGUCCUUUGUCUCAGUGUAAUUUGCUCAAUUAUUUGUCAAUUUACCAUGACUGGCUGGAUUAAGCACCUGUCCCUCUCUGUAUAUGUCUCCCUCAUUCUUUCUCCGGGGCAAAGUUGACUUUAAUAUUGUGUCCUGUUUACAUAUCCUGGUCCCAGAUCUGUUUGUGCUGUCUUGCCAACUCGUAUGGUCAAUGUCAGCUAUACAACACAAACAGAUCUGGGACCAGGCUAGUGUUUACAUUCUUUAACCUUAGAAUGAACAGUAAAAACUGGGCAUGUAGCCCAGAAAAUGUGAUUAAUCCUGCUAUGACAGAUGACAUAUAGCUUCUACUAUCCUUUCAGACUAGUCUUACUCAAGGCUUUUAAAACGAGGAAACCUUUUACACCCCAUAUUUCUAAAUGGAUAUACUGUAGUAUGGAAUAUUUUUGUCUGAGGCUUUCCCUCCCCCAUUCGGUAUUGCACAGCAACAUCCCUAGUGAUUUUAAUCAAGUUCAACUUUGCUCGCAUCGCCAACAGUCAAAUCGUCAUUGAAGAUGCAUGAUUUAUCCGGUAGUUUGGUUGCUCAAAUUAGUUGAUGGUGGUCGCACACACACUCGCACUGACCACCUGUCAUUGACCUCUAGGUUCACCAGCUGGGCUGUGAGGUAGUUAUUCUGCUGCUGGAGUUGAAUGCUGACCAGGUCAACCUGUUUAACUGGGCGGUCGACCGCUGCUUCACCGGCUCCUACCAACUGGCCUCUGGCUGUUUCAAGGCCAUCGCCACCAUCUGUGGCAGCAGGUAGGAACUACAGACAUCACUGGUAAGAUCCCUUCUAAUUCCACCGUCUCUGGCACAAGUAGAAAGUUAAUAACCAUAGGAUAUUAAUGGUAGCAAGUAGGAACUACUCAGUCACCUUCCGUGGCAGCAGGUACUAACUAAGUUAAGAACCAUAGAGAUCACUGAUAGUAACCGCUCUACCAUAGGGCUCCCGAGUGGCGCAGCGGUCUAAGGCACUGCAUCUCAGUGCUUGAGGCGUCACUACAGACCCCCUGGUUCGAUUCCAGGCUGUAUCACAACCGGCCGUGAUUAGGAGUCCCAUAGGGCGGCGCACAAUUGGCCCAGUGUCGUCCGGGUUUGGCCGGUGUAGGCCGUCAUUGUAAAUAAGAAUUUGUUCUUCACUGACUUGCCUAGUUAAAUAAAGGUAAAAUAAAAUAAAAAAUAAAUAAAUAAAAUAGACAUAAUUGGUAGGAACUGCUCUACCAUAGACAUCAUUGGUAGGAACCUCUCUACCAUAUACAUCAUGAGUAGGAACUGAUCUAAUGCACCUCUCUGUAACAUAACUCAACGUUACACUACAAAUACUGAACUGAAGCAUCACUAUUUGGUUAAAUAUUCUGUAAUACUUCAACCUGCUGGUAUAAUGCUUUAUACUAGGGGUCCGAUCAAAAACUCAAAUUUUGACCAAUGGGUAAAAUAAUAUGUUAAUAAAAUAAUAUGUAGAUAAUCCUCUAAGAAAACCAAUGGUCCAAACCUCAAGUCUCUAUCAUAAUCCGUUCAAAAGUUAUUGAAGUUUUUACCCUUGAUGGCCAGAAUUAGGUUGACUAAAUCAACGGAGGCCAGAGGAAAAAAAGUGGUCAAAAAUCUGGAAAAUUGCAUCACGUCAGCUAGGCUUGAUUCUGUGCAAGAAUUAAGGCUACUGGCUACCUAGGUUCAAAAUAUACAUAGCUGGCUACCUAGGUUCAAAAUAUACAUAGCUGGCUACCUAGGUUCAAAAUAUACAUAGCUGGCUACCUAGGUUCAAAAUAUACAUAGCUGGCUACCUGACAGGCUACUUUCCUGUUGAAUUCGUAAUCUUUCUUCUCGAAAUCCGCAGGACAAAAAAACAAUAUAGAGGUAAGAUGGAUAUUGAUUUUGACAGUAUCAUAUUUUAGUAUACACUUUUCAUAUUCAUUCGAAAUUCCUGUUCUUUUUCUAAGAUUUCUCACCAAAAAAAGCUUAUCUCUGUGAAUUGUCAACGGAGCACUGAGCGUAUACCAAGCCUUUUAUUUUCAGUCUUUUACAUUUCAUUCAGCUCGUGUCAUGCUAAUUUUGCUUUUUGCGACCCGUGGAAACAACUUUGAAGAUGACGACCACAAAAUGUAAAAUCCUCAAAAGUUGUUACGAGAAACCUGAACCGCUAUGUCAGCAGAGCUUGGUGCUUAUUAUCGGAUGUAUUCGCUUACGAAAUCCGAUUUUUUGAAUAUAAUGUUAAUGAUAUGUUAGAGAAGACCCCACUGAACGAUUCAGAACAUGAAUAAUCAUAUUUGUCUUGGAAAAGUGCAAUUAUAUCACCACUGGGCAGAGUGGACACCUUAUUUAUACCUUAACAUAGGUUAUGUCUAUGUUAUUUCAACUGACUUUUUUGUCAGGAUCAUUGUGAGAUGAUUGAAGACAUUAUGAUAUACCUGUCCAUGACAUGUCUUAUGAUGCAUUAUAACUUCAUCAUAAUGAUUUAGACCUACAAGGUUUAUUAAGUACUGUAAAGUCUUAUUAAAUAUUCAUAUUGAUUAUUUCACUUGCAGAAACUACCCCUGUGACAUCGUGACUUUGAUGAAUUUGGUGCUCUUCAAGACAUCAGAUACCAGCAGGGAAAUUUAUGAAAUCUCAAUGCAGCUAAUGCAGGUAAGGACCAAUACCACAGAGUCUAUAGAUGCUCAACAAACCAAUAGACUCAAUCAGUAGCAUGUACAUAGAUGACUAUCCAAAUAAAGUUUUACUGACCAAUGUAAUGCAUGACAUCCUUCCAUUGAAACACUGAUAACAGGGUUUUUUCAGUUUACUUCCCGUAUUGACUGAAAUUAAUGCAGGUUAAAGUUUUUUUGUCAUGAAUCUUGUUCUGGAGGCAGCGUUGCAGAGUGGUCACUAGCUGGCACAGCCAAAGUCAUUAAAUUUAACCUAACCUUAACCCUAACCACACUGCUAACCCUAAUGCCUAACCCAAACCUUAAAUUAAGACCAAAAAGCAAAUUUUUGUUAUCAUACAUUUUUACAAUAUAGACAAUUUUUACUUUGCAGCUGGCCCAUCUAGCGGUAAUCGCUCAGUUCUGCCUCAAGGACAAGACUUAUCCCAAUAAACAUCAACCUGUGAAUUGAAUUAGAAUUGACCCCAAACCUGACUGAUAAUAUCCUGGACUAAGAGUGUGUGUGUUUUCUUCCUUGAUAACCAGAUUCUGGAGGCAAAGCUGUCCGUGUGUUCCAAGAGGAUAGCAGACCAGAAGCCCAGUAGCAUCCUGUGUAGGACCCAUGGACCUCUGCCUCCCCUCUAUAGCGUCUCUCUAGCCCAGCUCUCACAGCAACUGGCUAGGAUAUACCCUGAACUCACUCUGCCUCUCUUCUCAGGUAAGCUGUGUCUGUGUGUGUGUGUGUGUGUGUGUGUGUCUGUAUGGUACUCACAUAGUACUCACAAGCAGGUCAUCUUCAUUUGGCUUCCUGCUAAAUGUGUUGUUCUUGUGUUAGGAUGGCUCCUCCCACUCAAAAAGGCUCGUUGUCAGUUAGCUAUAGAAGCUCCCACUGCUCUUUGCCAUAGCAACAGUGAAGUGGGUUGUGAGUCAGAAGGAUUUUGUCAGUAUAAAGUGGACCAAAUAAAUACACAGAUCAUCAGUUAUUAUCAAAUGAUGGAGACUCAGUAUUCAGUUAUCAAAAACACGGGUGAAAACAGACAACGACGAGGAUCGACGACGUUGAUUCAAUAAAAUAAGUAUUGAUCGGCAGUCGUUUCCUCAACUGUGCCGUUUUUCAACUGUGUCUCUCCGUCUUCCUGCCAUUACCAGCACCUUGUAGAAGGUGCACUGCUGUGCACAGGUCUUUACCUCAUUGUUAUUCAACUAUAAAAUGUAUAUUAGCUUUAAACCCUUUUAAGCAACAGGGCCUGUAUUUAUCAAGCGUUUCGGAGUAGGAGUGCUGAUUUAGGAUCAGGUCCUCCCUGUCCAUAAUAAUAUGAUUAAUUAUGAUCUAAAGGGCAAAACUGAUUCUAGAUCAGCACAUAUGACAUAAUGAGCCUGUUUGUUUUUAAAAUGCUACUACCCCCACCUCUGCAGAGGACAACUGUAUAGGCCCUCCAGGAUUGAGCAAUUCUGCAAAAACAUUUUUUUUAGCAAAAUCUAUAAUUUCCCGUAUGUGAAGCGAGGUCUUGCAAAUUUGACCAUUCACUGCACUAUUACCAUAUGUAACAGUCAAAUCACCGCAAUAUUACCGCAUAAAACUGUCCGAUCACGCACUGCAAAAAAGGGCUCUCCAUUUUAACCAAUCACCACUUUUACAAAUCAAUCACUUUUACCACAUAACAUUGUUAAAUCAAGCCACACAUCAACAAAUGUUUCCCCCAUCACUGCAUUUUCAUCAUGCAAAAUGUCAUAAUUGCCACACCAAAAUCAAGUAUUUGUAUCUACAAAUACCACAAACAAAUGCAGCGAAAUCCUGGAGGGACUGACUUUGUAACAAUUAUUUAUGACUUUGUAUAAAUUCAUAAACUUACGGUUUCUGCUCGGUUGUGUUUCUCUCUCCUGUCCCAGAGGUUAGCCAGCGUUUCCCUACGACCCAUCCAAAUGGCCGUCAGAUCAUGCUGACCUACCUGCUGCCCUGGCUCUCUAACAUCGAGUUGAUGGACAGCUGCCUGCUGCCACCAGUCUCCAGUCCCUGCAGCCCUGAGGAGGAGACCCCGGGCCGGACAGGCACCACCGUGGGACAGGUCCCCCAACACACCCUAAGAGGACUGGGCUGGGGCUCGCUGCAGGCCACCUCGCUGGUCCUCAACAACCUCAUGUUCAUGACCGCCAAGGUGAGGAGGGUCUGUACAUUGCUCGUUGAAAGGCAGACAACAUACAGGAAACAUGGGAGAAAUAACACUUAGCACAUUAGCACUUACAAUACAAAUAUGACCACAUAUAUGUUUUGCUCAGUGAAAGUUGUCAUUCUAUUGUUAAUAUUACUAAUCGCUGAUGCUCUGCCUUGUCCUGUCAGUACGGUGAUGACGUCCCAGGACCAGAGAUGGAGAAUGUCUGGAACGCUCUGGUCAGUAAUGACACGUGGCCCAACAAUCUGAGGACCACCCUGCAGUUCCUCGUCAGUCUGUGUGGAGUGAGCAGCGACACUUCUCUGCUGCCUUAUGUGAGUCUGCUGCAUUAGAACCCCUCUAAUUCCAUUACUGUCUGAAUAAAUUGUAAGUAAAACCACCAAGAAUAUACAAAAAGAUAAUUAAGCUCAACCCCGCAGCCUUAGAACAAUACAGAGAAAACGAAUCCUGAUACCUUAGAACCCUACAGAGAAAUAACUUGAAUCCCGCUGCCUUAGAACCAUACAGAAAACGAAUCCUAUCUCUAAUCCUAACCCUUGGUUUGUGUGUGUGUGUGUGUGUGUGUGUGUGUGUGUGUGUGUGUGCACGCGUGUAUGCGUGUGUUCCUACUUCCGUGUGUUUUCCAGAUCAAGAAGGUGGUGAUCUACCUGUGUCGUAACAACACCAUUCAGACCAUGGAGGAGCUGUUGUUUGAGCUGCAGCAGACAGACCCGGUCAACCCUGUGGUACAGCACUGUGACAACCCACCUUUCUACCGCUUUGCUGCCACCUGCACGGCCUCCACCGCCGCCUCAGGUAUAGGUACAGAAACGCACACAGACAUACGAACACACAAACACGAACAUGAACGAACACACUACCACACACACGAACGAACACACCAACAGUCAGACUGGACAUAUAAACCUCCACUGGCACCUUUGGUAGUAACAUAAUGUUACACACAGGAAGGUAACCAGAUCAGAUUUUUUAUCACAAGUUUGACAUUUUUCAAAACUUUCACAAUAUGUAUGUUUGAAUUAUUUGUGUCUAUAAACACUUAAUUAUGUCUGUUACUUUUUUAGGUACAACAUCCAGUAGCAACACUAUAGUUGCUGGCCAAGAGAGUUUCCCUGACGCAGAUGACACUAAAGCAGCCAAGGAGAAUGAAGAGAGGUAUAGUAUCACAGUAGAGUACUUGGACUGGGGCUUGGUCUCACAUUUCUUUCUGCUGUUUUGCCAACUCCUAUAGGUCGUUUGGUAUGUCAACAACCAUGGAAGUUGACUAAACAGCACAAAGGGAUCUGGGACCAGAUCUGUUUGUGUUAUCAUGUCAACUCCUUCAUUGUCACAUCUGGGACCAGGUUAGGUGAAAUGUGAUGUAAUAUAAGAUCAGCAGUAGCAGAGAGGAAGAGGCGAAGCGAGGGGGUUUACUCCGCCCAAAAUCUGUCCAUGAAAAUAAGACCACGACGUGAGGAAUGUUUAUAUAGAGGUACAAUGAGUGUUGAAUUUGGUCAACAAAAAAUGUAAUUGCUAAUUUGCUAUGUAAGGCUUAUUUGAUCAAAUAUACAUUUCCUAAUGGUUUGGAUGGCAUUUCGGCAACUUUGAAAAAAACGACUUUAUAUCAAAGUUUUGCCUGUUGUUGACACGCGUAUCUGCCCUUUCAUUGGCUAGAAUGGUCCCACCUGAUCUCGCCUCCUCCCACCUGCCUUCCAUCUUUGAGGACAUGUAUUUCCAUUGUUAGAGCGGUCACUCGACUAUCUUGUCAAUAUAAUAGAUAAUCUGUGGCAGUAGUCUUGGCGACAACCUCUGACCUCUGACCUUUGUGAUCCAGGCUGAGUAACAUAAUGCGUAACCACAACCGCCUGGAGUCCCGAUACAGCAACAGUUCUGGAGGCUCCUACGACGAGGAGAAGAGUGAGUAAAGAGAUUAUAGAUAUACUCUAUGUACAGUGUGUGAAUAUAGUGCCUUAUUCACCUGCUUAAAGUGGGGGGUGCUGCUAGCCUGGGAAACAGACCAUAUGUUACAUAGCUUGGCUGCUGCUAGCCUGGGAACCAGACCAUAUGGUACAUAGCUUGGCUGCUGCUAGUCUGGGAACCAGACCAUAUGGUACAUAGUUUGACUGCUGCUAGCCUGGGGAACAGACCAUAUGUUACAAUGUAACUACAUUUAAUCAAAAAUGUAAUCUACGUAAUCCUCAAAAUAAAUGAUUUAUCAUGAGAUGGCCAUAAACAAUAACUAGUAAUGCUGUUAAAAUCUUACCUUUCUGGUAAAAAUGGUUAUAAAUUGCCAAAGUGUAGUCACUUUUGAGGACACAAGCUCAAGUACACAGUACAAACAUGAUGAAAAUAUGAACUAUUUUGUAUGAUGUAUUUCCUAUUCAACAAAACUGUAUGAAUAAGGCUUGAAAUGACUUAUAUGCUUUCUAAAUAUAGUAUAAUCAAAUUAUAAAACAACUAACUAUAAGAUUUCACCUUCCUUAUAACUGUAAAAUACAUACUGAAUUUGAAUGUUUUGUGUUAGAGAAAAUGUGCAGAUUUUCUAAAGGGCUCUCUUGAUCAAAACGUCUGCCUCCAUCGCUGUGAACAUCUCACAGAGCUCUAGCUUGGCUUCCUAGCUUGGAAUUUGCCUUUCAUCUCAUAUUAAUCUUGCCCAUCUAUAACAAACAGAACGUUUUUUGUUUAAAAUCUAGGAAUUAUUUAAGAUGAAUGGCUAUAGCUCAAUCUCUGAAUGUGCUACAGUGAUGAAACUCUCCUGCUGCGCUACGAUGUAAGGAUUGCAGGCAUGUGCUUUGUCAGUGGAUGUGACAUAGGAUUCAGCCAGGAGUUGAUGGACAGUCGGAAGAGCGAAUGAAAUGGUAGGAGGGACAUCCCAACUUCAAGUGGUUUCAGAUUUCACAUCCUACGUCACACAGGCUCAGAAAAUAUACUACUGUGUCCGUGGGAACCAGGGUUAUCUCUCAAUGCAAGCCAUUUCGAUCUACGGUGUCCACAGGUCAAUCUAUACGUGGAAAUAUCGGUCGGAACCGGUACCAGAACCAUGCAGGUCCCCUAGACUUUACAUCUAAGGGGUAAGAUGGCUGCCUAGGUCAGUGCCAUUGAUAAUGCAUGAUAGGCCUGGAGCGCUGAGAAGAUCCUUUGUAAGAACUGGAAGUGAAACACACAAGCAGCUCCGUGACAGGGCCUCUCAGAUACUACCAGUAAACAGCCAGUGAUCCCAAAACUCAUUUGUUCUACUCAUUGGUUCUACUCUCUGGAACAGAGGUAGCCUGGGUCAGUGUCCAAUGAGAAACAUUGGUUUUCGUUUUCCGUUGGAAAACGUUUUGCCCAAGUGUGCCCCACUGAACACGACCCUGGAGAGGGUCUGGCCUGGCGAGUGCUGCCGUGCUUUGUCAUGAGUUUAACUUCCUGUGUGACCCCUAGGUGAACCCCUUCCACCGUACACUGGUUGGUUGAUGAGCGUUGUGGAGACCAAUCAGCCACUCCCUUUGCCCAUGCCUGUCAACGGAGGCUGCUGGGCUCCCCUGGUGGACUACCUCCCUGAAACCAUCACUCCUAGGGGACCUCUACACAGGUACACACACACACAUGUUUCCUGGUGGACUACCUCCCUGAAACCAUCACUCCUAGGGGACCUCUACACAGGUACACACACACACAUGUUUCCUGGUGGACUACCUCUCUGAAACCAUCACUCCUAGGGGACCUCUACACAGGUACACACACACACGUUUCCUGGUGGACUACCUCCCUGAAACCAUCACUCCUAGGGGACCUCUACACAGGUACACACAUACACACGUUUCCUGGUGGACUACCUAACAGGAACCAUCACUCCUAGGGGACCUCUACACAGGUACACACACACACGUUUCCUGGUGGACUACCUCCCUGAAACCAUCACUCCUAGGGGACCUCUACACAGGUACACACACACACACGUUUCCUGGUGGACUACCUAACAGGAACCAUCAACCAUACCUCUACACAGGUACACACAGGUUAACACACACAGGCGCACACACACCAUUUGUGUAUGAAAUACCAAGCAGUGUGUGUGAUGCAUGUGAGAUACAAUUGAAGUCGGAAGUUUACAUACACUUAGGUUGGAGUCAUUAAAACUCGUUUUUCAACCACUCCACAAAUUUCUUGUUAACAAACUAUAGUUUUGGCAAGUCGGUUAGGACAUCUACUUUGUGCGUGACACCAGUAAUUGUUUACAGACAGAUCAUUUCACUUAUAAUUCACUGUAUCACAAUUCCAGUGGGUCAGAAGUUUACAUACACUAAGUUGACUGUGCCUUUAAACAGCUUGGAAAAUUCCAGAAAAUGAUGUCAUGGCUUUAGAAGCUUCUGAUAGGCUAAUUGACAUCAUUUGAGUCAAUUGGAGGUGUACCUCAAGGCCUACCUUUAAACUCAGUGCCUCUUUGAUUGACAUCAUGGGAAAAUCAAAAGAAAUCAGCCAAGACCUCAGAAACAAAAUUGUAGACCUCCACUAGUCUGGUUCAUUCUUGGGAGCAAUUUCCAAACGCCUGAAGGUACCACGUUCAUCUGUACAAACAAUAGUACGUAAGUAUAAACACCAUGGGACCACGCAGCUGUCAUACCGCUCAGGAAGGAGACGCGUUCUGUCUCCUAGAGAUGAACGUACUUUGGUGCGAAAAGUGCAAAUCAAUCCCAGAACAACAGCAAAGGACCUUGUAAAGAUGCUGGAGGAAACAGGUACAAAAGUAUCUAUAUCCACAGUAAAACGUGUCCUAUAUCGACAUAACCUGAAAGGCCGCUCAGCAAGGAAGAAGCCACUGCUCCAAAACCGCCAUAAAAAAGCCAGACUACGGUUUGCAACUGCACAUGGGGACAAAGAUCGUACUUUUUGGAGAAAUGUCCUCUGGUCUGAUGAAACAAAAAUAGAACUGUUUGGCCAUAAUGACCAUCAUUAUGUUUGGAGGAAAAAGGGGGUCGCUUGCAAGCCGAAGAACACCAACCCAACCGUGAAGAACGGGGUUGGCAGCAUCAUGCUGUGGGGGUGCUUUGCUGCAGGAGGGACUGGUGCACUUCACAAAAUAGAUGGCAUCAUGAGGAAGAAAAAUGAUGUGGAUAUAUUGAAGCAACAUCUCAACAGAUCAGUCAGGAAGUUAAAGCUUUGUCGCAAAUGGGUCUUCCAAAUGAACAAUGACCCCAAGCAUACUUCCAAAGUUGUGGCAAAAUGGCUUAAGGACAACAAAGUCAAGGUAUUGGAGUGGCCAUCACAAAGCCCUGACCUCAAUCCUAUAGAACAUUUGUGGGCAGAACUGAAAAAGUGUGUGCGAGCAAGGAGGCCUACAAACCUGACUCAGUUACACCAGCUCUGUCAGGAGGAAUGGGCCAAAAUUCACCCGACUUCUUGUGGAAAGCUUGUGGAAGGCUACCUGAAACGUUUGACCCAAGUUAAACAAUUUAAAGGCAAUGCUACCAAAUACUAAUUGAGUGUAUGUAAACUUCUGACCCACUGGGAAUGUGAUGAAAGAAAUAAAAGCUGAAAUAAAUCAUUCUCUCUACUAUUAUUCUGACAUUUCACAUUUGUGAAAAACUGAGUUUAAAUAUAUUUGGCUAAUGUGUAUGUAAACUUCCAACUUCAACUGUAUGUAGGACAUCUGCAGAGGGCUAUUGUUAGAGGUCAGACCUACGCUACCCUGUCUCUCACACCUGGUCCCUGUAACUCUUAUCAAAACCAUUAUCUAAGAUGAUGUCAUCCUUCAUGGUAGCAGAGGGAAAGAACAUGACCCAGCACAUAGGUUUAAACAGGGUGGAUGAGCUUUAUCGUUUGACAAAAUAAGUUCUGAUACAAUGUCCUCCUCAUUUCCCAGUGAUAAACCCCAAGCAGUCAUAAUAUAUAUUCCAUUGCAUCCCUGAGCAUUGAAAACAGAGGGAGAGAGAGAGGCCAUAGAUGCGUCUCAAAUGGAACCCUAUUCCCUAUUUAGGGCACUACUUUUGUGCACUAUACUAUGUAGGGAAUAGGGUAACAUUUGGGAUGGAGACAAUGUAUAGAGUAUAUUUGAUGUGCUGUUGUAUGCAGUAUGUUGGUGUAACAUAGUAGUUGAUGUAUAUACAAUAUGUAUAUUGUUGAUGUGUCUGUAGGUGUAACAUCGCAGUGAUCUUCAUGACCGAGAUGGUGGUUGACCACAGUGUGAGAGAAGACUGGGCCCUGCACCUGCCACUGCUGCUCCACGCCCUCUUUCUGGGUAUGACACACACCAGCGCAUACUUUUCAAUGAGGAAUUACUGAGUUAACUGAUUCUGAACUCGCUCCAACUUGGACACGCCAGGAAGUAGCUGGCAAUUGCUGCCAAUCGUUUUGCCUCUUUUACAGCUGGAGACCAUAGGGAGCAAUAAUAUUAACCCCAACCCUGUGUAGUAUCAGUUAUUACACCAGUAGAGACACUGUAUGUAAGGAUGUUAUUAUUGACACCCUUGAUAAAGAUUAACAAUAAUGACUGUAUAAAAUAAAUAAUUCAUACUGAGCUAUAUUGUAUGCUCCCAAAAUGUGGGAAAUUAUAUUAUUUUAUACUAAUACCAUUGCUCAGAGAAAUAAAAAAAAUUUAACAAAUAAAAAGGUAGGGGUCAAAAUGAUUACCACCCCUAAAGAUUGUUAUAAAUAAAGCAGUCAAAAGUGUAGUAUUUGGUCCCAUAUCCUAGCAUGCAAUGAUUACAUCAAGCUUGUGACGCUACGAACUUGUUGGAUGCAUUUGCUGCUCGUUUUGUUACAGAUUAUUUGGUACCCCAAUAGGAAUGAAUAGUCAAUUAUGUAUUGUGUCAUUUUAGAGUCGCUUUUAUUGUAAACAAGAAUAUAAUAUGUUUCUAAACACUUGUACAUUAUUGUGGAUGCUACUAUGAUUACGGAUAAUUCUGAAUGAAUCGUGAAUAAUGAUGAGUGAGAAAGUUACAGAGGGUCAAAGAUCAUACCCCAAGACAUCCUAACCUCCCAUGUUAUUGGUGAAGAGGUUAGCAUGUCUUGGGGGUAUGGUCUUUGACCCUCUGUAACUUUCUCACUCAUCAGUAAUGUCCCGUGUAGCUCAGUUGGUAGAGCAUGGUGUUUGCAACGCCAGGGUUGUGGGUUCGAUUCCCACGGGAGACCAGUAUGAAAAAGAAAAAGCACUCACUAACUGUAAGUCGCUCUGGAUAAGAGCGUCUGCUAUAUGACUAAAGAUUUAAAAAAUUUAAAUGAAAUCAUUAUCCACGAUUCGUUCAGGUAGCAUCCACAUGAAUGUAGAAGUGUUCAGAAACAUAUUCUAUUCUUACAUUGUACAGUUGAAGUCGGAAGUUUACAUACUUCUUAGCGAAAUACAUUUAAACUCAGUUUUUCACAAUUCCUGACAUUUAAUCCUAGUAAAAAGUCCCUGUCUUAGGUCAGUUAGGAUCACCACUUUAUUUUAAGAAUGUGAAAUGUCAGAAUAAUAGUAGAGAGAAAGAUUUAUUUCAGCUUUUAUUUCUUUCAUAACAUUCCCAGUGGGUCAGAAGUUUACAUACACUCAAUUAGUAUUUGGUAGCAUUGCCUUUAAAUUGUUUAAUUUGGGUCAAAUGUUUCGGGUAGCCUUCCACAAGCAUUCCACAAUAAGUCGGGUGAAUUUUGGCCCAUUCCUCCUGACAGAGCUGGUGUAACUGAAUCAGGUUUGUAGGCCUCCUUGCUCGCACACACUUUUUCAGUUCUGCCCACAAAUGUUCUAUAGGAUUGAGGUCAGGGCUUUGUGAUGGCCACUCCAAUACCUUGACUUUGUUGUCCUUAAGCCAUUUUGCCACAACUUUGGAAGUAUGCUUGGGGUCAUUGUUCAUUUGGAAGACCCAUUUGCGACCAAGCUUUAACUUCCUGACUGAUGUCUUGAGAUGUUAAUUCAAUAUAUCCACAUAAUUUUCCUUCCUCGUGAUGCCAUCUAUUUUGUGAAGUGCACCAGUCCCUCCUGCAGCAGAGCACCCCCACAGCAUGAUGCUGCCACCCCCGUGCUUCACGGUUGGGUUGGUGUUCUUCGGCUUGCAAGCGACCCCCUUUUUCCUCCAAACAUAACGAUGGUCAUUAUGGCCAAACAGUUCUAUUUUUGUUUCAUCAGACCAGAGGACAUUUCUCCAAAAAGUACGAUCUUUGUCCCAUGUGCAGUUGUAAACCGUAGUCUGGCUUUUUUAUGGCGGUUUUGGAGCAAAGGAUAUAGAUAAUUUUGUACCUGUUUCCUCCAUCAUCUUCACAAGGUCCUUUGCUGUUGUUCUGGGAUUGAUUUGCACUUUUCGCACCAAAGUACAUUCAUCUCUAGGAGACAGAACGCGUCUCCUUCCUGAGCGGUAUGACGGCUGCGUGGUCCCAUGGUGUUUAUACUUGCGUAAUAUUGUUUGUACAGAUGAACGUGGUACCUUCAGGCGUUUGGAAAUUGCUCCCAAGGAUGAACCAGACUUGUGGAGGUCUACAAUUUUGUUUCUGAGGUCUUGGCUGAUUUCUUUUGAUUUUCCCAUGAUGUCAAGCAAAGAGGCACUGAGUUUGAAGGUAGGCCUUGAAAUACAUCCUCAGGUACAUCUCCAAUUGACUGAAAUGAUGUCAAUUAGCCUAUCAGAAGCUUCUAAAGCCAUUACAUCAUUUUCUGGAAUUUUCCAAGCUGUUUAAAGGCACAGUCAACUUAGUGUAUGUAAACUUCUGACCCACUGGAAUUGUGAUAAAGUGAAUUAUAAGUGAAAUAAUCUGUCUGUAAACAAUUGUUGGAAAUAUUACUUGUGUCAUGCACAAAGUAGAUGUCCUAACCGACUUGCCAAAACUAUAGUUUGUUAACAAGACAUUUGUGGAGUGGUUGAAAAAGGAGUUUUAAUGACUCCAACCUACUGUAAGUGUAUGUAAACUUCCAACUUCAACUGUAUAUAAUAAAAGGUACUCCAAAAUGACAGAAUACAUUAUUUACCAUUCAUUCUAUUGGGGACAAAUUACAAAUCUGAAACACAACUAAAACGAACUGCAAAUGCAUCCAAUGAGUUUGUAGAGUCACAAUCUUGAUAUGGUAAUUGCAUGCUUGGAAUAUGGGACCAAAUACAAAACUUUUGACUACUUUAUUUAUACGAAUCUUUAGGGGUGUCAAUAACUCUCUUUCUCUCAGCAAUUGUAUUAGUACAAAAUAAUUUCCCAAUUUCUUUGAGCAUACAACAUAGCUCAGCAUUUGAAUUAUUUAUUUUAUUCAGUAAUUAUUGCUCAUCUUUAUCAAGGCUGUCAAAAAUGUUGGACCCCACUGUAUCUGCUGUCUCUGUAUUAUGAUGUCACUGUAUCUGCUGUCACUGUAUUAUGAUGUCACAGUAUCUGCUGUCACUGUAUUAUGAUGUCACUGUAUCUGCUGUCACUGUAUUAUGAUGUAUUUGUUUCACCACCAGGCAUGGAUCACUGCCGUCCUGAGGUGUUUGAGCACAGCAAGCGUCUCCUCCUGCACCUGCUCAUUACUCUGUCCUGCAAUGGCAACUUCCAGACCAUCGCCUCCGUCCUGCUGCAGACACAAGAGGUCAAUGGCAACAAAACCUUGACCAGCGAGUCAGGCUACCUGCCUGAAUACUUCACUACUACAGGUAUUACACAGUACAGUAUUGACUCCUGGGCAGUGUUCACUAGGGCAUGCAACAGAUAAAAAACAAAAAACCUUUUGUCUUAAUCAUUAUCGUAACUUGUGUGGUCCAAGUCGGAGUUGUUGUUUUAAAACUAUAUAAAUGCACCAUGUAAAGUGGUGGUCCCAUGUUUCAUGAGCUGAAAUAAAAGAUCCCAGAAAUGUUCCAUAUGCACAAAAAUAUUAUUUCUCUAAAAUGUGCACAAAUGUGUUUACAUCCCUGUUAGUGAGCAUUUCUCCUUUGCCAAGAUAAUCUAUCCACCUGAAAGGUGUGACAUAUCAAGAAGCUAAUUAAACAGCAUGAUCAUUACACAGGUGUACCUUGUGCUGGGGACAAUAAAGGGCCACUCUAAAAUGUGCAGUUUUGUCACACAACACAAUGCUACAGAUGUCUCCAGUUUUGAGGGACCGUGCAAUUGACAUGCAUGCAAUUGGCAUGCUGACUGCAGGAAUGUCCACCAGAGCUGUUGCCAAAGAAUUGAAUGUUCAUUUCUCUACCAUGAGCCGCCUCCAACAUUGUUUUAUAGAAUUUGGCAGUAUGUCCAACCGGUCUCACAACCGCAGACCACAUGUAACCAUGCCAGCCCUGCUUCUUCACCUGCGGGAUCGUCUGAGACCAGCCACCCGGACAGCUGAUGAAACUGUGGGUUUGCACAACAGAAGACUUUCUGCACAAACUGUCAGAAACCGUCUCAGGGAAGCUCAUCUGCAUGCUCGUUGUCCUCACCAGAGUCUUGACCUGACUGUAGUUCGGCGUCAUAACCGACUUCAGUGGGAAAAUGCUCACCUUCGAUGGUCACUGGCACGCUGGAGAAGUGUGCUCUUCACGGAUGAAUCCAGGUCGUAUGGCGUUGUGUGGAGCGAGCGGUUUGCUGAUGUCAACAUUGUGAACAGAGUGCCCCAUGGUGGCGGGGGGGUUGCAUUUUAUCGAUGGCAAUUGCAUUUUCCCGCCAAUAUCCAGCAACUUCGCACUGCCAUUGAAGAGGAAUGGACAACAUUCCACAGGCCACAAUCAACAGCCUGAUCAACUCAAUGUGAAGGAGAAGUUGCGCUGCAUGAGGCAAAUGGUGGUCACUGACUGGUUUUCUGAUCCACGCCCCUACUUUUUUUUUUAAGGUAUAUGUGACCAACAGAAGCAUAUCUGUAUUCCCAGUCAUGUGAAAUCCAUAGAUUAGGGCCUAAUGAAUUCAUUUCCAUUGAGCUAUUUCCUUAUAUGAACUGUAACUCUGUAAAAUCAUAGAAAUUGUUGCAUGUUAUAUUUUUGUUCAGUAAAAAAAAUUAAGAAAGGCAUUUUCAGUUUAUCAAUCAAAUGAAUAUAAAAUGGCCAUCUUAGACAGCCAUGUUGUUCUACAGGGUCUAUGGGAGAGAGUGUAGCACUGGACACAUUGCUCCUCUCCAUGGUUAAUCUUGGUACAGUUAUCAGCAGGGAAUGGCUUACACUUUCAAGGGAGAGCUUUGUGGGGGAAAGAAAACAUGGUAGCCUGGCCAGCAACAAUCCUAUGUCCUGCAGCAGACGACAUCAAAAGUCCUGAUUAAAGCAUUCCAUUACGCUAUUUAUAUCCUCUUGCCCAAAAAGGGGCCAUCUACCAAGGCAGGGUUAGACACGCUGCAAGGAUAGGUUCUUUCCCCACUUUAAUUUGUUUUGCUUGAAGCGAUAAAGAAAACUUCACUUGACCUGACUAGCGACAAGCUGGUAUCUUAAAUUCAGUAGUUGUAAUAUAGAAAAACAGAGCAUAGAGUUCACCUCACAUCUCGCUACAUUGGACUCACAACAGGAGUAGUCAAGAUAUAAAGUGAAACCACCAAAUGUACCUCUGUUAUCUGGGUGCUGUUCAGUAAACACGGUUUUGAAAUGGACAAGUUCAGGAUGCACCUCCUGUUUCAAAACGUUUCUUCCUGUUUUGUGCCUUCUAAACUGUCCCUGUUGUGACUCCUCUCCUUCUCCCGUUCUCUCUCUCUCUCCUUUUCCCUUUCUCUCUCUCCUUCUCCCUUUCUCUCUCUCCUUCUCCCUUUCUCUCUCUCCUUCCCUCUCCUCUCCCUCUCCCUCUCUCUCUCCUUCCCUCUCCUCUCCCUCUCCCUCUCUCUCUCCUUCCCUCUCCCUCUCCCUCUCCUCUGCUUCUCUCUCUCUCUCCCUCCCAGGUGGGGUGGACUUCCUGCGAAAGGGCCAGGCAUCCCCUGUACCCGACUCUGGCUCUUCGUCCACCUCUUCCAGCCUCAGCCUGGGAGGCAGCACCUCCAACCUGCCCCACAUCUCCUCCCAGGACGCGGAGGAGAAGACCAACAAACUGAUUGAGUUCCUCACCACCAGGUAG